UUUUUUCCAGGAUGACCAAUUUGCGUUUGUUCUAGUCAUAUGUCUAUUCAGUGCUACACCAAAAACCGCCUUUAAAGGUAGGAAAAUGUACCAUAUUUCCAGCGCUACGCGGGUCUGCCGGUGCUGUGUCCGCCCCAGAUUUGCCUCCUUGCUGACAUUAUUAAAAUUUAAUUAUUUUGGUCAAUCCAGUGCUUUCUCAUAGGGAAAGCAUUGGACUGGCUGAAAUCUACAAAGAGGCGGGACAGGGGCGGAGCUGAAUGACAGCUUGUCCAAUCAGCACCUCUUUAUAGAGAUGCAUUGAAUCAAUGCAUCUCUAUGAGAAAAAUUCAGCAUCUCCAUGCAGAGCAUCUGAGGAAUGGCCAAUGGAGGUGUGCCUCGGGGGCAAUGUAAACACUAAAAGUAAAAAGAGAGAGUUUGCGCCAGGGAAAACUGUGUAUAAAGAUACUGAGAGAAAUAUAUAUAUAUAUAUAUAUAUAAAGGCAGUGUUUACAUGAAAAUGCCUGCAGGGAAUGGUUAGUCACCAGAACAACUACAUUAAGUUGUUAUUGUUCUGGUGACUAUAGUGUCCCUUUAAAAAUAUUUAUUGUGGGGAUGGGGCCUGAUCUUUAUUCUGAGCAGAUGUGAACUGCGGGAGCUCCCGCUCAUCUCGUGGAUUUUCAGGUGAUAUCCCCAAAGUGCAUAUUCUGGCACCAUCGCACCCUACCUUUACUGGCGGUGUCUGGGCGAAUCUACAGACCCCUCACUCGGGUUCCCUGGUUGAUGAGAAACUUCAGCAGCACGUUGUGGCUUGCAGGCGACUGAGCCGGGGAGAAAUCGGCGGAUUUCCCCGCUCAUAGGUUUGCCAUGUGGACUAAUCUCACCAAUGAACCAGGUCCUGUUCCCCUUCCUCUGGGCUGCCGGUCCCCACCAAGCAAGAACCUACUUACCACACUAACCCAGGGCGACCUGUAAGUGAACAGUUCCCGUGUGGUCGUUUCAAGAUGGCCGACGGCAGUAAAGCUACAAAGCAAGGUGCACCAGCCUCGACCUGAGAAUGGGAAGCUGCCUUCAAGAGCAAAUUUGACAACAGUUCUGCAAGCUUUUUCACAUUGUAAGAAAGAGGUUUGGAGUUGUAAGUUAGUAAUUGGCCUUUGUAAGCGACUAAAUAAGAGUAGUCAGUGGGUCAAUAGGACCAAUGUAGUUUUCUUCUUGUGGAAGAAUCCAAAGAAUUGAUAUAAGGCUGCCAGUGUUGAAAUAAUUUUUUAGUUAAAGUGAUUUAGCGGAAUGAUGUAAUUUAUUUGAAAUAAAAAGGAUAGUUUGCUGUGUAGAAAUUAUAGCAGUGGGGCGAUAACAAGAGGAAGGGUACAUUUGUGGGCUGCAGCCAAAAUCAUAUGGGCUGCACCCCCAAAAUUGCAGUCACUGGUUCAAAAUUUAAUUUCCCUCACAAUAAUGAGUUUAGAUAAUCUGUGGCUCUUUUCAAAGACAAAGCUUUCCAUUACAGACCUAGAAACAGUGGUAGAGGUCUGCUCCAUCAAUCCCACAUAUUGGGCACUGUGCUGCAUCCCUCAUUUAGAGAUUAUUGUUUUUGAGUCAAAUAAUUGUCAUUGUGUGCAAUUUUAGAAUGCAUCUCUUGGCGUAGUGUGACUGGAAGUAGUUUGAAUAAUUUGACUGCGGAAGAAAUUAGGUUUUCAGGGGCCAGCGAACGGAAGCGAGCAAGCCAUCGAUUGUAUUGUUGUGUUAUCAAGAGAAGGUCUAAGCAGAGAAUAAAGAUAGCUAAUAGAGUUAGUUGGCGUGUGAUAUGAUUAUCAAGGAGAUGAUGCCAAUCAUUGGAGUUAUAAUGUGGAAUAAUGGUAAUAAUAAAGCUACAUCUUACAGAGGUUGUCUAGAAAGUCAUAGUCAUCAUCUCUUACCUCUCUCGGCAUCCGACUCCUCUCACAACCGGAUUGGCAUGUCCCUUGCCAGAAGCUAGAAUCACACCCCUUCUUAUGACACAACACAUGCACAUCCACAUUAUUUUCACAUGCCCAGAACAUUCUGGGGGCGUGGCCUUUAAACAAGAGAAGCUCCCAUAUAAAAGGGGCGCCUUUUGCUUAGUUCUCUGCCCUAUUGUGGUUCUUAAAUUUCCCUCUAGUACUCCUUAUUAUAUCUCAGUGAUUUCUUGGUAUAUUCGAGUCGACUUGGCUAUUGACUCUUCCGUUAUCUGGUUUCCUAACUCGGCUUGUAUCUUGACAUUUCUCCUUUUUGGUAUCCUGACCUGAUUAUUCCUGUAUAGCCUCAUAGUCCUUAAACUGUGGAUAGGGUAGGAGAGGGAUAAACCUUGUGUAUUGCCACUGAAGUCUUUUAGUUGUCUUACUUGUAUCCACACCAUGAUGGUGGAUGUCAUAAUGUGGGGACAAAGCUGUAACUCCACUACUGUGCAGUUUUAUAAAGUUUAAGAUGUGGAAUCUUAAGAUCUAGGUUGAAAUUGUUCUGGGACAGUUUACGCAGCUCUAUGCUGGGGAAUUUGUUUUCAUAGAGAAAUUUGGAGAAUAGUCUAUUAAGAGCUUUUUCAUCGGAUUGUGUGAGUAUGGGUAGAACAGAUAAAAACUUUUUGGCACCAUGACUGUGGAGACAUGCCCUGGCUGAGAAAGAUCCGCCCAACAGGAGAGGAGACCUCUCACCUUGGCAAGAAGUGGGUCACGUUUAAGCAGUAGAGAUCAGACAUACAUUUAGGAAUAAGGACUCCCAAGUUUUAAAAAUGCUGGAGUGUCAAUAAUAAAGUGAUCGGCAUAUCAGGGACCUUGCCCCAACACCUGGGUGGUGGACUUAGACCAACUGAUAAGGAAACACAUUAUCGGGUAAUACUGGACGAAAAUGGCAAAUGCGUUGGGAAAGGAGGUAGUGGGAUUUGAAAUAUAGAGCAAGAUGUCAUCUGCAAAGCCUAUAAGAUUAGUAUAUAGAAUGUAAGCUCGAUUGAGCAGGGUCCUCUUCAACCUAUUGUUCCUGUAAGUUUAUUUGUAAUUGUCCUAUUUAUAGUUAAAUCCCCUUUCAUAAUAUUGUAAAGUGCUACGGAAUCUGUUGGCGCUAUAUAAAUGGCAAUAAUAAUAAUAAAUGGUGGAGACCAGUUGAAUGCCUGUGAUAUCUGCAGAAGAAUAACUGUAUAAUUAAUACACUUGUCUAAUUAACGCUGAAGAAAAAAAUAUGUGUAAAGGCAAAAGUAAACUUCUAAAAUUAAGAGUAGCAUCUAUGGUCUGAAAUACAUACAGCAAUAGGAUAGGUCUGUUUUCCUAAAUAUUUUAUUUUAAUAUUUGAAUUUGAUUGGUUUACUAUAAAAGAACACAAUACAUGCCCAAUAAAAAAAUUUUUAAAAUCACAUAAUAUAAAGAUAUACCGUAUGACACACGUUAUAUGUGUUAUAUAGGCAGCGAUAUUUCAAUGCUAUUUAUGUUAACAUUGUGUAAAUAGGGCAUUUUCCAUUUUAAGAGUCAUAAAGCAUACAAUACAAUGCAUACAAUGCAUUAAGUAGGAAGCGAUGAUUCGCAGCAGUGAGACGUUUAGAAACAAUAAAACUAACAUUAAUCGUACAAAAUCAUUAGCUAGGACUAUGGCCUCAAUUCAAUAUUUUUGCAUAAGCUUUUCAAAUGACUUAAUAUAUGUGGAUAAACAUUAAAAUAAUGUAAUAUUUUUAAAAAUAUGAAUUCAAUCUCUAUGUUGGUCACAUUCGGCUCCGUGAUAAGGUAUAGAUAGGUAAAAUUGUUCAAGCCAGUGACCCAUUAAGAUUGUCCCAUCCCUCCCCCAUCCCUCCAACCUUUCAAAAUCAAAUUCAAAUAUAAUGAUAGAUUUCAUAGCUGAAAUGGUUUCAAAGUUGUAAUCAAUAGACUUGCUAUUCAUCUGUAUUUUAGGCUACUGGUGGUUAUUCCAAAUUCAGUAACAAAGAAACACUAUAUGGAAACACUAAAUUAAACAGACAAUGGAUUUAACAGUUUCCAUUUGAUUUGCGAUUUGGAGUUGUAGCCAUUGCGCUAAAAAUAAAAGAGACGUUUGACGGGGAAAAAAAAUAUAUUUGAUGGUUAAGGCUAGCCACUAAUGUUUAUUUUAUUUAAGAACAAGUGAGAAGUGACCAAUAGGGUCUAUAUUAUAUAUUUAAUAAAUAAAUAAAUAAUACUUAGAGAUAUAUUUUGUCUGCACUGCCUUUUUUCCCUGUAUUGAUUAUUUCUUGUUACUUGCAUUGUCAGACUGGGAACAUAAAGCAGACAUGGAUAAAAUGUUUCUAGGCCUAUAAUUCACCGUGUCACAUAGUGUGUUCGUAUUUUUAUAUUUAUAUGUUUUGGGAGCUGUUAUAUUGUUUCUUACCUGCAGCCCCUCACUCCAUAUGAUCUCUGGGUAUUACAGCGGUGUAGCACAUACCCUCCAGGCUGCCACUGUCUGGUGUGAUUGGCCAUGCUUGGGGACACUUCUUUAGGCAAGACAAUCCUCCAUGUCCAUGCCGAUAUCAACAUAUCAGCAUCAGUGCGUAAAUGGAAUAAUUGCAGCAAAAAUAUAUUAAAAAGCAUGUUCCACAUGAAUAAAUCACACAAGCUCACUGACAAACACAGACAAAUUCAAUAGCACACACAACAGGCACUCUGACAUAUACAGAAGCUCUUUAAACCCGCGCAAGCUCACUGACACACACACAAGCUCACUACAGACAAGCUCACUGACACGCACAAUCUCACUGACACACAUAGAAGCUGUCUGACACAGACAAGCUCACUACAUACAUGCUCACUGACACAGACAAGCUCACUGACACAGACAAGCUCACUACAGGCAAGCUUACUACAGGCAAGCGCACUGAGACGUACACAUGCUCACCACCAUACACAAGCUCACUAUAGACAAGCUUUCUGACCUAUACACAAGUUCGCUACAGACAAGCUCACUGAUUAGCACACACACUCACUAUCAGUUAUGGGCAAACAUAGCUGAUACUAGCAGUGAGUCUCUGAGGACAGUAUGAUGUGUUCAUGAGGUUCUUAUUCUUCCUGUGUGAAAGGUCAGCUGGCAGAGGCUGAGGGGGGAUGUUCCAUUUUGGGGAUGGGACCCUGUCAGACUUAUCAUGCAGACUUUCAGUGCUCUCUCACUCCUCCCUGGCCCGAUGCCUACUCUGCCUUUGCACCGGCCUCUGGCAGCCUCAAUGCGGCCACAUAGUUGGAGCCCCACAACAAAAAGUCAGAGGAGGGGAAAAUAAAUAUAUAUAAUGUACUGCACUGAAGGCCCCUGGUGCUGCGACACAACGGGAAAUCAACCAACACGAUUUUUUUUCAGCCAAACUGAUACAGCUGAACUGAUUGUUUCCAAUGCCACAUAUAUACAUGCACAAAUGCCAAUAUAUAUAUAUAUAUAUAUAUAUAUAUAUAUAUAUAAAGAAUUGUCAUAAUAUUGAGGGCACCUGCAGCCGGUACCAUGCCUUAGCUUCCAUGUGGUUUAUUAUGAACAACACAAAGACAUAUUGUCCAGCACCGUUCUUAGACUCGACCAGUCUAGGGAAGGCAGUUGAUUACAGGCCAAAACUGCCCCAAACACUAGGUAAGGAUGAACAAAGCAGGUAACUUUGCUGUGCAGGGUGAUGAUCUUACUAAGUAAUAGGCUACAGAAACUUGCUGUAAUAUAUUCCAUGGAACUCCUUCUUACUUAUUGCCUCAUAGGGUUAGCAGAUCCACCAUGCUAAAUAAUUCUGUCUUUAUUUUGAUGGAUGAUACAUGAAAAUUGCUGCCCAGUGGCAUUUAAAAUGAAUCUGGUACAAAAGGAAAAUAACUUGAUGCUAAAGGAUCCCAAACGAUCUACCGUGAUAAGGGAGUAUUUCUUCAUCAUGCAGUAUAUUAAAUUAGUUCAAUUUUUUUUUGUACUGCCCAUCAGCAAAAGUUAGUGACAAGUAGAUUUGUGCACAAAUCCUUUCACCUGUGAUGAACUAAACAAAUUCCUUAAUCUACACCCGAACAAAUCAAUCAAAUCGUCAUGUAAGCCCCGAAGGAUCGAUUUGUUUGGGCGUAGACUAACUGGAAUUUGAUCUUUGACAGGUAUCCUGGUAAAUAUAGUGUAUCUGGCAAACCACAAAAGUGACACCUGUUACAGGAUGGAUCUGAUGAAACCUGAUAAGGAAUAAUAACAUGUGGUGCAAGAUGUUGCGAAUUGAGUGGCAUCAAGAGAGAUCUAGAGUCAUCUGAUCUGACAAUUGAUUUUUAGAACAUAGUUGGAAGGAACACUGGAUGACAGUGGCAGGAUUAUUCGCUAAAGUGAGAAUUGCUGGAAAUUUAAAUUGAAUUUUAAAUUAUUUUCAAAAAUAGUUGAAUUGGAAAAAUGAUUUCAAGUGAAUUCUGUUAUCAGAUGGCUACUAUGACCUUAACUUUUAAUUCACAACAUUUCUCGCUUUACUGAACAACGCUGAUAGUGACAUACACAUUUACAAGCGGAGUAGAAUAACGUCAAUGAUGGUCAAACAUAAUUGCAGUGGUUAACAAGUUAAAGUAGUCAAAUAUGGGGCUAUGCCGGAGGGAGGCAUCUAGUGAGAGCUCCGGCACUAACUCUAACAAAAGCAGAUAUUCCUGCAAUUUGUACCCUCAUCGACGACGAUGGAUGCUCCUGGGCUGCUCCUGAACCGACCAAGGUGUUACCCGGGUGUCCACGCGGCCUAGAGAAUCUGGGUGAGCAGGGAUGCAGCUGAUCUCUGCCCUGGACCUGCGCUGCCGAUUGGUGCCCCGUUUUCCCCCCCACUUUGGACCGGUGGGGGUUACCCCGGUCUGCUCCCUAGAGACUCCCUGGCAACACUGAAGACAAGCAGUUCCCCGCAGAAUAAACAACGGGCACUCACGCGACCACAAGAUGGUGGGCGCCACGUGCUCCUUCAAGCCAUAAUCAUCACUACGUCCUGCACCAUGUGAAAGAAAAACCCGAAGGUGCCCAAGGCCUGCUGCUCAGAAGAGCCAGACAAGUGCAAGGAGUCUGCAGAGUGCGGCUAAAAGUGAGGAAAGAGGCUCCUGUCACAUCGAGGACCAAAGAUAUAGGCCGUGACUCAUCGCGAGAUGCGCGGCCUGCUGGAUCAUGAGACCUCGAAGGGAUCCCUACUACCCACACAGGACUUACCUGAUUGCCACACAGCAACCCAACAUCACCACGCAAGUAGACCACUGAGCCCCGUGGUGGGACUUCUGUGGAGCGUCUGUACACGGCCCCUGCAAGACAGAGGUUGAAUCCACGGCUUGAUCGGGGACUACUGCUUUCUGAUAGGACUCCCAGGCAGUGCAUCUAGCCAAUGAAACAGCCUUUGUGCCAAUGAUGUUUCUCGAUUCUCAUAUCUUUUCCUCAUAGCCUGCUAGGGGGGCCCUCUGAGGGGUCUUUGCUCGUAGCUUGUCUGCCUAUACAGCGAAUCACUUCCUACUCUAUUAACCUUAUUUCCAGUGCAUAGAGCCUACAUACAUACUACUCUACUGAUCUUAUCAAUCUGCACUGUGUUUUUCUUGUUUUUCAUUUUUCUUUUUUACACAAUAAAUGUGCUGGCUUACCUGUACACUUGGAAUGCUAUGCUGUGACAAAUUACUUUUACACUAUCCAAUGUGUAUUAAGUACACUUUGAUAUGUCAAGCACAACAAAAAUAAAGAAUUUAAAAACAAAAAAAAUUAAGAAUUUCUUUUUUUUUAAAUUGGUCAAAUAUAAUAAAUUAUGUAUUGCACCAACACAGGAAAGGUUGUCCCAAAGCAUACAACCUAUAGAAAUUCUCUGCAUGCAAACAUUUCCAGAUUUUUAUAUAGCCAAAAGGAUGUGGAAUCUCAAAAAGUACCAAAUUCUUUAUUAAAAUCGACAUGGAAGAGAGGGAAGUACAUUUUAGAAACUAAAAGGGUAAAAGGAUGAUGGGGUGGGUGGGGGUUGAAAAAAGUAUGUAUAAAUCAAAUUUAGUUUGGAGAGAUUAAAUUAAACUCUAUUCUGGAGGAUAGUGAGCGGAAUUAACAGAUAGUAGAUUGAUCGGGUAGAUGGAUCCGGUAGAGAUCAAAGUCUGUAGAGAAGAAGAUGGAUAAAAGAAUGACAAUGGGGUGUGGGGAGACAAGCUAUUAGUAAAAUUAUUAAUAGUAAAAAUGCAAGCAAAUUCAAGAAAACAAGAAGGAGAUAUAUAUGGGAUGUUUUAAGGAUGGCAAAUCAAAAUUUAUCCAGGUGGCAAGGAGACGCCAAAUGUUAUUGAAAAUGUUGUAAUGGAGUCAUGUGUCCAUGCUAUUAAGUGCUCCGUUUCAUGGAUGUGCCUGACCUUGGAAAAAGGUAUGGCCUGGUUGGAGCGCAGGCCCUCCAGAAUUUAACUAUGCAAUGGUGUGCUGCUGAGAACAGAGUUUGAGAGUUUAUCUACUGAUUUUCACUAGUCUGGGUUUACUGUUCAGCUUGACUAUAACAGAGUCCGGCUGAAUUUUGACUCUUGAAAAAAGAAGUACAAUCACAAAAACUUUACGACAGAAUUACCAUAUCCAGUUGGGAAGCCAUCAGGUUUUUAAUGCUCUUCUAUCUAUGAAAUAUUUUAGUUUCAUGUAGUGAUUGUCUUUACUUCUUUACUCUAUUAUUAUAUAGAAGAUUUGCAUCAGUGAGUAUUACUUGUUUUUCUCACAUAUGUACGCUCUAUAUGAUCCUUUUUGUUUAUUUAAUUUUUCUUUCUUUUGUGUCUCUUAGUGUAGUUUUGUUUGAUGUGUUGGAUGAUAACAUAUCUAGUAGGAUUGUUAUCACAGCUGUAACGAAGAACAAGUUUUUAAACUGAUCUCAGGUCACGAGCUUGCAAGUACCACAAUACACCUGGACGCUAGAAAAGUAAAAGACUUAGCAUAAUGAUACUAUAACACCAACUGGCUAAACAGCAUUCCUUGCAUAACCCCUAGAAACUCACUAGAAUAUGUCUCACUAGAAUAUGUCUGCACUCACUAACCCCAGAUUGUAUCCGCACUGUAUCCACACAAUUAAACAGUGAGACCUAUGUCUCUUUUGUACGUGACUCACAAUUAGAGCACACGUUAAAACUAUAUGGUCCUUAAGGCACAUUGAUGAUACAGCUCUGGCCACCAGGGGCAAAAGCAAGAGGGUCCAGUUACAAAAGGUGAAGUUCACUGGCAUGCUUAGCUGCCAAGAAAGUGGUCAAUCAGCUGGGUACUUGUAAUUAAUCACUAGUACCAUCACACAUACCAGGUACUAUUAUCCUUAUGACAAGGACUCGGUGCACUGAUUCUCCAAGGUGAAUUUGCAGAUUUGGAGGACAAGGAUCUAAUUUAAACAUCUGAUCCCCAUACUGGCUUCUAGUACUUUAUGGUUUUCAGCUAAAGGAAUUUUAUAUUUUUUUAGAUUUUUUACAGCACUGACUGUUAUCACUGUCACACUUGCCUUACUCCUAUGUGAAUAGGGCCCUAGUCCGGCUCUGAAGGGGUGCGCAUUGCACCGUAAUCCCAGGAUUAGAGGGGCACAGGCCCAGGUUUACAAGGCAGAUAAGAAGCUUUCAUGAAUAAAGUGGUUUCACAGGAGUGGAUUAAUGUGGACACACAGAGUGUUUCAGAGCAGCGAUUCCAUGCAACUCCCCUCCCUCCCCCACGCUCGCCUCCUCAGCUCCCUCCCCACGUUUUUAUGCCCGUUAACUCUGAUUUAAUCUGACCUCAGUGCAUGGAAACUUAUAACAUCCUGUGCACAUGAUACAGUUAUUGUACAGCAGCAAGCAGCCCACAUAUAAUCCUGUAUUUUAGGAGGUCAUAAUAUUGCAGAGGUCCUUGCAUAUACAGGUGAUACUCGAAAAAUUAGAAUAUCGUGCAAAAGUUAAUUUUCAAUAAUGUAACAUAAAAGGGGAAACUAAUAUAUGAGAUAGACGCAUUACAUGCAAAGCUAGAUAGUUCAACCUGUGAUUUGUCAUAAGUGCAAUGAUUAUGGCUUACAGCUCAUGAAAACCCUAAAUCCACAAUCUCAGUAAAAACAAGGAGUGUACAUAGAACAAUAUCGGACCUCUGAAAAAUAUAAGCAUGCAUAUGGACUCAGUACUUGGUUUGGGCCCCUUUUUCAGCAAUUACUGCCUCAAUGCGGCGUGGUAUGGAAGCUAUCAGCCUGUGGCACUGUUGAGGUGUUAGACCAGGCCUUCAGCUCUUCUGCAUUGUUUGGUCUCAUGUCUCAUCUUUCUCUUGGCAAUGCCCCAUAGAUUCUCUAUGGGUUCAGGGCAGGCGAGUUUGCUGGCCAAUCAAGCACAGUAAUCCCAUGGUCAUUGAACCAGGCGGUGGUGCUUUUGGCAGUGUGGGCAGAUGCCAAGUCCUGCUGGAAAAUUCAGUCAGCAUCCCCAUAAAGCUUGUCUGCGGAAGGAAGCAUGAAGUGCUCCAAAAUCUCCUGGUAGAUGACUGUGUUGACCAGGGGCGGGCUGGGCCGGGGGGCAGGGAGGCAAUUGCCCCCCAGGCCGCCCUAAAUUCCUGUAAGGCCGGCCGCGGCGGGCCGGCCCUUUAAAUACUGCAGCCGCCUGAGCGCUCUGUUAAGAGCCUCAGGCGGCUGCAGCUUCUCCCCUCCCCUCCCCUGUAGCGUGGCCGAGCUGCACUCCAGUCCGCGGUGGCCGGCCAGCCGGCCGGAGUGAUAGGAGGGUGCACACUGAGUGUGCACUUCCUGUCAGUCCGGCCGGUUACAGGAAACAUAAACUCCUGUUCCGCGCGGAGUUUCUGUUUCCUGUUACCGACCGGACUGACAGGAAGUGCACACUGAGUGUGCACCUUCCUAUCACUCCGGCCGGCCGGCCACCGCGGACCAGAGUGCAGCUCGGCCACGCUACAGGGGAGGGGGUAAGAAGAGAGGGAGGAGGGGAGGGGGUAAGAAGAGGGGAGGGAGGGGAAUAAGAAGAGGGGGGAUAAGAAGAGGGGAGGGGGAUAAAAGAGGGGGAACAAGAAGAGGGGGGGAAUAAGAAGAGGGAGGGGGGAUAAAAAGGGGAAUAAGAAGAGGGGGAAUAAGAAGAGGGGAGGGGGGGAUAAAAGGGGGAAUAAGAAGAGGGGAGGGGGGAAUAAGAAGAGGGGGGGGAUAAGAAGAGGGAGGGGGUAAGAAGAGGGAGGGGGAGAAGAGAGAGGGAGGGGAUAAGAGAGGGGAGAUAAGGAAAAGAGGGGGUAAGAAGAAGAAGGGGUGAGUAAGAAAGAUGGGGUAGGAGUAAGAAGAAGAGGAGGGAGUAAGAAGAAGAGGAGGGAGUAAGAAAAAGAGUGGGGAGUAAGAAGAAGAAGAGGGGGGGAGUAAGAAGAGGGGGGGACAAGAAAAGGGGGAGGGCGGAGAGGGAGAGGGGGGAAUAAGAAAAGGGGGAGGGCGGAGUAAGAAGGAGGGGAGAUAAGAAAAAGAGGGGGGUAAGAAGAAGAAGAAGGGGUGAGUAAGAAAAAGAGUGGGGAGUAAGAAGAAGAAGAGUGGGGAGUAAGAAGAAGAAGAGGGGGUAAGAAGAAGGGUGAGUAUGAAGAAAUGGGGGGAGUAAGAAGAAGAAGGGGGAGGAAGAGGAAGAAGAAGGGGUAAGAAGAAGAAGGGGGAGCAAUAAGAAGAAGGGGGGUUAAGAAGAACAGGUGGGGGAGUAAGACGACCAAGGGGGGAAGUAUGAAGAACACAGGGAGGAGGGGGGUAAGACGAACACAGGGGGUGUGAGGAGAACACAUAGAGGGAGGAGUGAGAAGAGCACAGGGAGGGUGGGUGAGUGUGAGAAGAGACCGCUAGGGGAGGGUGGGGGAGAGGAGAGACUGGGGGAGAGGAGAGACCACUAAGGUGCAGGGGAGAGCUCUACGGGACAGAAGGGGCAGCUCUAUAGGACAGGGGCCAAGACAGGGAGCUCUUUCACACUACGCGCGCGCACACACACACAAUGCAUCCCUAUACAUACACAGAAACACAACAUGCUUCCCUUACACACAGAGAAACACACAAUGCAUCCAUUACACACACACACACAAUGCAACCCUUACACACAAAGACAAUGCAUCCUUUGCACACAUACACAGAAACAGACAAUGCAAACCCGUACACACAUAUGCAAACACACACACUUCUUUUCUUACAUACACACAGAAACACAAUGCAUCUCUUACACUCAAUGCACACACAUACAGACACACACCUUGCAUCCCUUAUGCAUACAAACACAGAUUCACACAAUGCAUCCCUUACACACAACCAGAAACACAUAAUACAUCCCUUAUACACAAAUACACACUGCUUCCACUACACACAAACACACUACAUCACCUGCACAAACUGGUAACCCUAUACACUACAUACCAUAAGCACACAUAUUAGAUCCUCUACAAUAACACAUAACACAUCCCCUACACACUCCACUCCCUGUGAGCGAACUCAUGGGUGGGUGGAACUUAUGAGUGGGCCUUAUGGGCAUACUCACCGUCAGGCCCUGGGGCCCAGACCUUGAGCUGUGUAAGGGGCCCCAAAAAAUGGAGCUGCUUCCAAUUCUCCCAGAACAUUGAAUUUUGUGACCACAGCUGCAAACAGCCUCCAGAGAUCCUGUUCUACACCAGACCAGUGGAGCCAAACUGCAGCCCAUCAUCAUCCUCAUCUGCUUGUAAGUAGGCAAUCUAGUAUAUUAUUAGUGACACUAAUCUAUAAUGUACCUCACAUUAAAGGGACACUAUAGCUUAAUGAAGUGGUUCUGGUGUCUAUAGCUGGUCCCUGCAGGCUUUUUAAUGUAAACACACACUGUGUGCAGCACUGGCGUUAGUUCAUAUGGGUGGGGCAUUGUGAUGUCACAUGGGGGGGCAGCAAAUUUUUAUUUUGUCUAGGGCGGCAAAAAUCCUUGCACCGGCACUGAUCCUGGGCAGGUGCACCAGUCUACUGGUGACCCACAGGAGGGGAGUGCACUGAUUGCACUGCACUCUCCUCCUGUCCAGCCCUCUGCCCCUAAUUUACAGUGGCUCACACUCACAACAAGCAGUGCCUGGAGCCGUGAAGGAGCGGGUAUAGCAAAGAGCUACUGAUUAGCAUAACAUCAAUAUCCGUUAUAAAACUAGGAAAAGGUGGGCAUGGAUGGUGAACUGAUUUGGUGGUGCAAUGGGCCACUUGACUGGUUUUGCCCCCCAGGCCUAAGGCUGCCAGCCCUCCCCUGGUGUUGACCCUGGACUUAAUGAAGCACAGUGGACCACACCAGCAGAUGACAUGGCUCCCCAAAUCAACACAGACUGUGGAAACUUCACACUGGACUUCAAGCAGUGUGUGCCUCUCCAUUCUUCCUCCAGACUCUGGGUCCUUGGUUUCCAAAUGAGAUGCAAAAGUUGCUCUCAUCAGAAAAGAGGACUUUUGGACCACUGAGCAACAGACCAGGUCUGUUUUUCUUUAGCCCAGGUAAGACGCUUCUGAUAUUGUUUGUUGUUCAGGAGCCCAUGUCCAGGAUCCGUCUGUGUGUGGUGGCUCUUGAUGCACUGACUCCAGCCUCAGUCCACUCUUUGUGAAAGUCCCCAACACUUUUGAAUGGCCUUUUCCUGACAAUCCUCUCCAGGCUGCGGUCAUCCCUGCUGCUUUUGCACCUUUUUCUUCCACACUUUUCCCUUCCACAUAACUUUCUAUUAAUGUGCUUUGAUACAGCACUUUGGGAACAUCCAACUUCCUUCGCAAUUAGCUUUUGAGGCUUUCCCUCCUUAUGGAGGGUGUCAAUGAAGGUUUUCUGCACAACUGUCAGGUCAGCAUUCUUCCCCAUGAUUGUGAUUCCUACUGAACCAGACUGAGAGACCAUUUAAAGGCUCAGAAACCAUUUGCAUGUGUUAUGGCUUACUUAGCUGAUUAGAGUGGGACACUGUGAGCCUAGAAUAUUGCACCUUUUCACAAUAUUCUAAUUUACUGAGAUUGUGGAUCUGGGGUUUUCAUGAGCUGUAAGCCAUAAUCAUUGCACUUAUGACAAAUCACGGCUUGAGGUAUCUUGCUUUGCAUGUAAUGCGUCUAUCUCAUAGUUUUCCCUUUUACGUUGCAUUACUGAAAUAAAUUAACUUUUGCACGAUAUUCUAAUUUUUCGAGUAUCACCUGUAGACCACUGCAUAUACAAGAUUGCCAAGUGCUCCUGCACAUAUAUGGUGAUCCAGUUGAUUGUUUCUCCAUGUUGGUGCAGCUUCUCCAUGUGCCCUUCUGAUCCACCAAAAUACCUGCAGAGAGAAAAAAAAGUAUUUAUUCUGGUUACACCCCUGGCUUUCAAGUAGACAACAGGUGCUGUUACUUCCUGGUAAACUCAAUGGAGGUAAACUACAGAGGCAACAAUUGCUCAGAGCACCGGCCUUACAAAGACUUCUGCAUUGGGAAGUCUGUGAUUGGACAGCCACAGAAAGUCUUUGCGAGAUUAGAAGAGGAAGGCUUGCAGAGACUACAGAUAAGAGAACCGAAAGUUUUGCAAGCUAUUUUUAGAUAUACACACAAUGAAAAAAUGCAUAAUUAAAUACAAGCAAGUUUCCAUUUGGGGUAUGUCUACAAAUAGUAAUUUCUAUUUUUUGUAUUUGGGCAGUGGAGUGUUUUUUUAAGUACAUCAAAACAUGUCAUGAUAAAGAGAAUCCAUCUGUAGAGGAUUGUGAAUAUUUUAAAUCCUGGAACAUUUGAUAUCCUAUAAUUUUAAUGAUUUUUUUUUUUUUGUCAUUAGGCCAUGGUUGGCAUCCAUGAGUUAUUACAGGUACACUGUGUACCUCAACUCUGGCCUUGCCCUCAUAUAAACUCACGAUUACAGCAAAAUACAUGUAAAUGGCAAGGUCACAGGUAAAGUACAGAUACAUUUAACAACUGUGGGAUACAAGCUACCUCUGGGUUAAGAGGGUUGGACAUCCAUUUCUAAAGCGGAGAAAUUAAAUAACCAGAGCAGCUUAGUUGUGAUUCAUAUGGCGUGUAUAUAUUGAUUCCCUUACUGAGGCAAAGGAUUGAUACACAUUGCAGGGCAAUAUUUUUCAUGGACUGCUCAUCCAGCAAUAAGUGACAAGUGUUGAGGAAAUCAUGAUGAUAUGGCAGUCUCGGCCUGUGUACCUCUUAUUGGACUACAGUUACAAUGUGAACCGGGCUGUGAGUGUUUUUUACAUUUACGUAGAAUUUUCCUGGUGACCCUAGUAAAGAUACCAGUGGGCAGGAUAGGCCCCAGACAUGUCUUUAAUACAAUAUAACAGUAGGACACUGUAUACAGGAUAGGCACCACCAGUGCUGUAUACCAAGGGGACCACCAACCCCUUAGCCAAAUUGUCUCUAUAUUUAAAGAAUUUAAAUGUCACCCUUAAAAAUUCCCAAGAUAUACACAUCACUUAUAUCCCAAAUAAUAAGGAAAUUACCACAAUAUUUCCCCCAAUCUUGUCCCCUUUUUACAAUACGCAGAAGUAUGCCUUUAAAUAUGUUCCCAAUUGCUUGAGCUAUUCAUUACUAAUGGAGUGGUGCAGUCUGUAUAUACCUCUUUGGAUUUGUUCAAACAUUUUUAAAUAUAUACAGUAUGUCACCAAAAUUAUUUCUAUAUUGUUUGGAUUGCUAAAACUUAUCAUACAUGAUUAAGGCCAUUUGUUGAUUUUAUUGUGAAAUAUGCUCUAAAUAGAUCCUUGGAAGUUUCAUACAUCAUAUUGUAUGUUGCCCAUUCCUUCUACAUUAAAUGUCUCUAACACAGUGACUAUCUGAAUGUCAAGGGCAGUUGGAGGGGAGGGUCAGAUGUUUAUGGUAGUUUUCUUUUAUGCAAACCAGUCACACAAGUCUACAAAGAGUGGUAUAGACUGUCCCAAACUGCUUGUGUGCGCUCCAGUACACCUUCAUGAAUACAAACAAAUAUGCCAGUAAAUGAAUAUUUUCUUGCUAGAUUGUCAUAGGGGGGUUUACUCGAUAAACAGUGAAUCGUAGAGCAUCGACAAGAGAGUUGAAAACAUAAGACCAAAACAAAAAAAAGAAUUGGAGAAUUAUUUUCAGUUUGGCUGCUUUGACCUAAAAUUCACAAUUUCCUUGUCAAUUCUGUUCUGAUAGAGUACAAGAACAUUUCGUUAGCAUUGAGCUAUUGCAACAAUGCAAAUACAGAUAAGAGUAGGCAGUAAUAACCAGGCAAGCAAUCGAGGAUUAAAGGGAGGAUGACUGGGGGGAGGGAUAGUGCCCACUAGAUUGGGGGAGAGCAGGAGAUAGAUCACGAGUUUGAAAUGGAGAGAGUGAGCAGAAACUAUCAAUAAACAGUUAUUUUUAACAAUGAACAAAAGGAUUGCAAGAAUGGGCAUAAGAGAUGGAAAGUUGUUUCAGAAUUGCUACUCUGAGAUCAGGCAGCCAAAGCAGAACUGGACAGCUGAGGAUCUAUCUACCUUUUGGUUUUCCCCAAAUUUCAUUUUUUUUGUUUUGUUUUUUCUUCAUCAUCAAAUGUUCCUUAACCCCUUCAGGACCGCUGACGGUUCAGGACCGUCAGCGGUAAAAUGUGCGUUUGGAAGAACGGACUGCGGGAAGCGAUCAAAGAUCGUUCCCGCCGGUAUAACACUGUAACUAUCUGCCAGACAUCCCAGGCAGAUAGUAACAGCCAAUUGCGGGGUGUGAACACUCACUUUGACAGUGAUCUCUGCCCCUCUCUCCUCUGUAGCGUUUUGUGAGGCGAGAGAGACAGAGAUCGUGAGUUUGUUGCAGCAGUGUUCAGUGACCAUCAGAAAGUAUCAGUAUUUUAUUUAAAAAAAUCACCUUUUAACUCCUUCCCUGCCAGAUCUGUUACAGCAGUGCAUUUGUACUGUCUGUAUUUUUUUUUUUUGCCCUUAAAGGUUUAAAUUUGUUUUAAAAAUCUGUGUCUUGGUCUGUCUUGGUCUGUCUUUGUUAGUCAGUUUCCUUCCCCCAAAUCUCCAUUACAUUUUUGUGACAGAAGUUAGUUUAGGGAUUACUGUUUAGUCUGUUUUAGUCAAAAAAGAAAAGAAAAAAAAGUAUAAAAAUUUUUUUGUGUGUUUGUAAUUUGUUUUAGUCGUGUGUAAAACAUGCAGUGUAUGUAUAACUUGCAGGAGGAGAUUGCUUCCCAGACUAACUUGUAUGCUACCCAAUUUAUUGAUAACAAUCCAGGUAGCUAUACAGUCAGGGAGCAUGACUGGCAUCCCAUUGAUGUCCCAGAGCUUAAAAAAUUCUGGGCUCUUACGCUCAUGGGGAUUAUAAAGAAGCCAUUGAUUCGCUCAUACUGGAGCACCAACCCAAUAAUGUCUAGUCCAGUAUUCUCCUAAACCAUGCCUUUUACAUUUCAGUGACAAUACCCUCUGCCACCCUAGAGAUCACCCCCAAUACGAUAGGCUUCAUAAAAUACACGCACUGCUAGACCAUUUUCAGGACAAAUUUUCGGAUGUUUAUACCACCCAACAAAAUUUAUCCAUAGAUGAAUCGCUAAUGAAAUACAAAGGGAGAUUAGGGUUCAGACAAUACAUCCCCUCAAAGCGCUCUAGGUAUGGCAUAAAACUGUACAAACUGUGCGAGAGCGAAAGUGGAUACACGUUUGCCUUUCGUGUAUAUGAGGGGAAAGAUGGUCAACUGGACCCUCCUGGCUGUCCUGACUCCCUGGGGACAAGUGAGAAACUUGUAUGGGACCUACUAAACCCCUUGUUUAAUAAAGGUUAUCACCUUUAUGUGGAUAAUUUUUAUAGUAGUGUCCGUCUGUUUAAAACACUUUAUGGUUUACAGACACUGGCCUGCGGCACUGCCAGAAAAAUUUCCAAAGACCUUCCAUGAUCUCUCAUAGAGGAAAAAUUAAAAAAGGCGAAUGUAAAGCACUUCGCAAAGCUGAAGUGCUUGCACUAAAAUGUAGGGACAGGAAGGAUGUCAACUUGCUAACCACCAUCCAUGACGAACACAUGUCAGACGUCUCUGUCCGGGGCAUGUCAGACGUCUAGAGUCCCGGUUUGCAUCAGGGUGGAUAAUAAGUACAUGGAGGAUAUUGAUUUGGCUGAUCAGCUGAUGCAGCCAUAUCUUAUUUUACAGAAAAACAAAGCAGGGUAUAAAAAGGUGGCUAUCUAUCUGAUACAAAUAGCAACCCACAACUCAUUUUUGCUUUUUUUUAAAAAAAUAAUCCAGGGAAAACCACCUUUCUCCAAUUUCAGUUGAAGAUUAUUUCUUUAACAAUUUAUGGAGAUGGACAAGAUGGACAAGUUCCAACAACGGUGCAAGCUGAGUGUCCAGACAUUUUAUUUUUAAGUUACCGUCAACUGCUAGAACCUCCACCCCCCCACCCCCAGAAAUGUUGCUGGGUCUGUUUUAAAAACGGGAAAAGGACAGACACCCCUUUUCACUGUCCUGAUUGCCCUUCGAAACUAGGAGUGUAGGAACAUGUUUCAAGCUGUACCACACAAAACAGUUGUAAGUAUUCCUGAAUUUUUAUUUCAUUUUUUGUUUCUUUGGAAAGCAGCCAUUUUUUGUUAGUCAGUUUCUUUCCCCCAAAUAUCCAGUUAGAUUCUAUUUGCAGGAGUCAGUUUAAAGAUUGCUGCUAAAUGUACAUUUGCUACCUGCACAUUUGGUCUAACAAGUUUUCUGGCAGUAACACAUAACCAGCUGGCCAAAACCAGAUGACGUGUGCAUAAAAACCAGAAUUAAAAAAUUACCACUACACUUUCUCUGUUUUUUGGGGGGACAAAAUGGUUGGGGGAAAGAAGUCAAAACACCCCAUCUUCUAUAACCUUUGAUGUCUACUUUAUAAAAAUAUAUACUAUAUAUAGUUUCAUGAUGGUAACAUUAACUGGGGGGUGCAAAAAUAUGUCAAACUGAAGAUAGACCAAGCAUACCUAUAUCAAGUUGAAAAACUGACAUGUACAAGUUCUGAAUGUUGCCUUUUGGCCCCCAAACAACCCAGCAACCCACUCAUGGGGGGUAUCACUGUACUCGGGAGAUGUUGCUGAACAUAUUGGGGUGUUGUUUGGCAGUGACACAUAACAGGAUCUGUUAAUUCAUGCCUAAAAUACAAUGUGUGUGACAAAGAAACAAAAAAAAGAUUACUACCAAAAAGUUUCACAAAGGCUGGUGUUAGAAUUCAGUGAAUGAAAAGUGUUAAAAUACCACCAUUUAAAAUACCCUGGGUUGUCUACUUUUCAAAAAUAUAUGGUUUGAUGGGGGUAAAAUACAUUGGCUCAAAUGGGACAUGGGCGCAGGUUGAUUACAUGUCAAAAUUCCAAGAUGGGAAACUGAUAUGCGCACCUGCAAAAUGUGGCCUUUUAGCCCCCAAACAACCAAACACAACUAUACAUGGGGGGUAUCCAUGUACUCGGGAGAUGUUGCUGAACAUAUAUUGGGAUGUUGUUUGGCAGUGACACCUAACAGCAUCUCUUAAUUCAUGCCUGAAGUACAAUGUGUGUGAAAAAAACAGAAAAAAAUUACUAACUCAAUGUUUGACAAAGCCUGGUGGUAGAAUUAAUGCAUGGAACGUGUUAAAAUACCACCAUGUGAAAUACCCUAGGGUGUCUACUUUUCAAAAAUAUAUGGUUUGAUGGGGGUAAAAUACAUUGGCCGGCUUCAAAAAUGUUCCAAAUAGGACAUGCAUGCAGGUUGACUACAUGUCAAAAUUCCAAGCUGGGAAACUGAUAUGCGCACCUGCAAAAUGUGGCCUUUUAGCCCCCAACAACACGACACACCUAUACAUGGGGGUAUCCCUGUACUCGGGAGAUGUUGCUGAACACAUAUUGGGGUGUUGUUUGGCAGUGACACCUAACAGAAUCUGUGAAUUUAUACCUGAAUUGCAAUGAAUGUGAAAAUAAAUAAAUAAACUACCUAUGCAAAGUUUGGCAAAGGUUUGUGGUAAAAUGGCUGCAUAGAAAGUAUCAAAAUAUUCUUAGAUGAAUACCCUGGGUUAUCUAGUUUAAGAAAAAUAUAUACAUGUGGGGUGUUUUUUGGAGAUUUAUGACAUAACAGUGUUACAAUGUCACUAUUGAUACAUUUGAAAAAUGUACAUUUUGAAACAGCAAUUUCCUACUUGUACUUAUAGCCCUAUAACUUGCAAAUAAAAGCGAAAAAACACAUUAAACAUUGGGUGUUUUUAAACUCAGGACAAAAUUUUGAAUCUAUAUAUCAGUUUGUUUCAUUCGAUUUUGUAGAUCAGUAAAAGAUUUUUUAAGUAAAAGUCAAAAAAAAAUUUUUUUUUAAUUUUUCACCAUAUUUUAUUAUUAUUUUUAAAUUAAAUUAUAUGACAUGAUAAAAAUAAUAGUAUGUAAAGAAAGCCCUUUUUGUCCUGAAAAAAACAAUAUAUAAUUUGUAUCGGAACAGUAAAUGAGAGAGCGGAAAAUUACAGCUAAACACAAACACCACAAAAGUGUUAAAAUAGCUCUGAUCCUUAACGUACAAACUUCGCAAAAACAGUCCGGUCCUGAAGGGGUUAAAGCACAUCAAAAUGGCUUUGCUUGGUCUCUAGAAGGCUUUUGUCAUAUCAUAAUUUAACAAAUAAAGUGAUAAUCCCGUUUUAAUAUCUGGUAGUAUAUAUUUUAAUAUCUGGAAAUACUGGAAGUCUCAGGAAUCACAGUCUACAUGAAGUUCAUUCUGUAAUUUGAGGUCAUUUCAUAGAAGGAAAAUGUACCCAAUAAAAAGAAGCUACUUGCUAUUACGAGUUGAAAAAUACAAUACACUUUAAAUAGAAUUUUAUCUAUGUGCUACACUUUAUUAAACAUAUUUUAUCGAAGGAAAAUCCUCUAGCAGCUGGGAUAGCAAAAAUAGCAAGGGAUCUAGCUUGGAGGGCCUCUGGAAAAUAGCUCCCAAAAAAUCCCCCACCUCUCUCUAGAAGGAAACCACCCCUGGGCACGUUAUGGGGGUAUGAGCCCCAUGGCCACACAGCCUCCAGCUUUAAUUAGGUAGUGAGCUAACCAUCCACUAUAAGUGGAUUUAUGUAGAAAAUUGGAGGAGGAGUAGAAGCAUUAAGGUGUAUAUGAGCAAAUAUGGCAUAUUUCACAUGCCUAUUGUUCUGACUUAUACAACCAAACAUUUCAAGUGGCCAAAGGUAGAUGUUGUCAGGGGAAGAGACUAUUCCAUGUCAUAUUUAUUUGGCUUCUUUACCCAUUUGUUUAUAUGAAUUCUGUCCUCCUACAAAAGUGCAAAUCCAUGGUAGGAAGGGGAAUUUCAAAUAGGAGUUUGGGUUCCAAAGGUGAACUCUACCUGUUAAAGUGAGUGACUUGACAGCAGUAACAGACUGGCCUUCAGGCAAAAAGGGCAAAUGUUAGGUAUGCUGCGAUGUGUUUGCAUCAAGGCCAACUGGGGAGCUUAAAGGAUCAGGCCCAUGCAAGACAGAGCUGAGUAGGUGCUGGGACGCUAACCAACCAGAUGAACUUAAUCCUUUAAUGGGUUGGUGGAAAGAUCUAAGAUCUCCGUCACUGGCCCAGUGCACACACAGCAGAGAAGGGCAUGGAGCAUCUGGACUGCACCUCAGGUUGGUAAAGACCAUUUAGUUUGCUCCUAUGAGCUAUCGUCACUAAAAAUGUUGCAUGCGGGUUACCAUGGUAAUGCUCCCAGUAAUGUUCCACCUUUGCACCUUGAAGCCCCUAUCCACCCAACACACUAAAGCCCUUACACACAUAAACACCCCUAAACAUACAACACACAACUGCCUAGUGGAUACACUACAGCCCCUUUACAUGCUACGGCUGCUAAACAAACACAUGCACACUACAGCCUAUAUAUAUAUUGUGAGAGAAAAUGUGGUUUGGCAGUUGAUGGCAUAUAAAUUAAGCCUUAUUUACUGAACAGCAGCCUGAGGUUUGAGAGUUAAAUGUCCCAGGGAGAGAUGUUAGGUUUGCAAGAUGCAUCACUGGUACUCUGCAAACCAUGGUAUGGGUCCCUGGGGCGGAGCACUUGGAGAGCAGGCUGGGCCAGUGCUCCAAUAGCACCAGCUGCUACAUAACAGCCGGACCAGAACUUUUAUUUUGCUUAACAGUUUCACUUAUGUCUAAUUGCACCUCAUCUGUAUCUGAUCAAUUAGCUAGCAGGCUUUUAAAAAGAAUGGAUCAGCAUGCUGCAGAGAGAGGAGGAAAAGCCAGAGGAAUGGUGUCUUGCAGUUAUACUUUUUGUAAAUUGGCAAGUGGGAAAGCCACCCAAUUCCAGAUAGGGAUUUGCUGUGUAUAGUAAGUAAUUUUGUUUUGUUUAUUUUUCAUUUUGGAACACCUGUAUAUAUAUUUCACCAAAUAAAUCUGAAAAACUGAGCUGGAUGUGUCCUGGACUUUCAUUACCCUAGAAGGCUGUGGCUACAAGAUCUGUCACAAAAUCCUGCCUGGAAAAGAGGUGGUGUGUUACAAUAUAUAUAUAUAUAUACUGACUGAUCCUGACUGAAAGUCCCAGAUGAGGACUGAAACGUUGAUCCAGUUUUAAUGUCAGAAAUGCCUUAGACUUAAGAAAGGGAAGAUUGUCCCAAAAGCUUGUCAUUAAAAAAUUCUGUUAGUCCAAUAAAAGUUAUUACAAGAUACCAAUUGUAUCUGUUUUUUUACAUCUAUAUAUGUAUAUAUUUGUAGUCGGGGCAAUAUAGCCAUGAUGAACAAGUAACCUAGCAUAUUAUAACCAUUAAACAUAUUUAGAUUUACACCAGUCGGUUGUGGUGUGCCGGAACCGACAAAGCAGUAGGCAUGUAAUAAAAGUGGGCCCACCUUAGAGGGUGAUGUGAAUAGAGGGAGUGGUGGGAGGGGUGGCUCGCCAGACCAUCAACGGUAAGAUGGGAGAGGCUUGGCAGCCCUUUUAAAGGGAAUUCAAGCCCCUCCCACAACUACAGGCCAAGGCCUUAAAAUUUGUAGUCAGGGCAAUAUGGCCAUGAUGAACAAGUAACAUAGCAAGUUAUACCCAUUAAACAUAUUUAGAUUUACACCAGUCGGUUGUGCCGUGAAGUUCUAAUAAGGGUUGGUGUGGUUGUUUCUGGACUGUGAUGAGAUAAGUAUCCAGGACUUUUACAGGGCACCAUUUGUUUUGAGUAAGGAACAGGGUAAUUUUGACAGUAUGUCUUAUAGUGCUAGUUUUAGACUGAUGUAGGGAUAGAACAUAAUGAUCUAAGGUUUUUUUGGAUAUCAGAAGUUUUCAGGUAUUGCGUGGCAGUUAUAUUUCUAGCGGUAAAUUCAUUGGGACGUAAGAACCCAUAGAAUGCUAGAUAAAUGGCAGUUUUGAUUAUCAAGUGAAUGAAAAAUGUCGUUGUGGAUGGGUAGCCUUUGAGAUGGUACAUGCGUAUCAAUCUUUUUUAUUCCUUUCAGUAAGGUCUUUAUCUGAUAUGAUGAAAGGAAUCAUGUAUUGUUGGGGUGUCGUAGAAGCAUGUGGUGUUGGAUGCCCGUAAGCUACAGUUUAAUUGUGUUAAAUGAUCAUUUUAAGUUAAGGUGGCAAAAAGAAGUGAACCCCAAAAAUAGAUUCCAAAGCAAACAUGUCACGCACAUGAAACUAUAACCGCUAUAAACUUAGUGAAAAUGUGAAAAGCCCUAUCAUAUGAUUUCCUAGUGUUGACAGAAAGUGCAAGGUGAAAAUGUGACGUGCAUGGUUUAAAAAGACAUUUAACCCAUGAGCAUGUCUUGGAAUGGCGAGGCAUGGGUAGCCAGUCUGGAAGCUGUAGGCAGUGUCUGGAAGAAAGCCUGAAAAUGAAACCGAGACAAAUGGUCAGCUGAGAUGUUUGUGAAACCUGGAACGUGAAUACAUGUGAUAAAGAAUUGGCAAGUGGCCGCUACCCAUGUAAGUUUCCUCAACAGUCUCAUGAUUACCAAAGAUGAUGAUCGGCCUUUAUUCACAAUGUGGCAAGUGGCUAAGUUAUCUGAAUAACAUCUGACCGAGUGACCGGACCAUUUUGUUCCCCAAGCAAUGGCAGCUGCCACAAUCGGAUACAAUUCAAACAAGGCCGAAGUAGCGGAGAAGCUGGGCAGGGACUUAACGUCUGUAGGCCAUGACCCCCAAAGCCAUUGAUCUCCCCAGAUGGCUGCAAAACCAGAGUUUGUUGCAGCAUCUGUCCAAAGGGUGGGUGAAAUGUCAGAGAGGGGGGGAAUAAACAUAGCUCGGCCAUUCCAAGAUGUGAGGAAAAAGCGCCACGUGAGUAAAUCAGAGGUUGCGUGAGUGUCUAACGUGAUGUGUCCGUGGUGAAUCGUGGGAAUAAAGAGAGUAAACGGGAAAUGAAGGAUCUACCCUGCGGGAUGAUUCUCAUGGCAAAACUGAGCAACCCCAGCAGCGAUUGAAGUUCCUUGCGGUUGCAAGAACCUAGUUGCAAGUAACGUUCACUGCUUGAUAGGGUGCGCUCAAUCUUAUCCUGGGGAAGGCUAGCUUGCAUGUGGAUUGAGUCCAAAUGGAUCCCCAGAAAUUGCAUGCUGGUGUCAGGACCUAAGGUCUUGUGUGGGAGACUGGGAUAGUCAGGGACUUAAAAAGAGCCAACAUGUGUGUAAGACUGCUAAGGGGGAGUGCGUUGUUUUCAAUCGUGAGGAAAUCGUCCAGGUAGUGAAUAACUGAUUGACAUCUGCACACAUUAAGUAAUAACCCUCACAAAGUUUCAGCAAACGUGUCAAAAAUGUUGGGGCUGCUUUGGAGACAAAAGUGAGUCGUGAGAAAAAAUAAUAAAGCCCUUGCCACUUAAUGCCGUGCAGAUGCCAUAGUGAAGGGUGGAUGGGAAGUAAUUUAAAAGCAUUGACAAUGUCCGUUUUACUGAGCCAUGCACCUGUACCAGCCGCCAAAAUUGCCCAAAUGGCAUUGUCGAUAGUGGCAUAUUGUAAGGAAAAUUCUUCGGAGGGUAUAAGGGAAUUAAGGUUUGGAACAGUAGAGUAAUGUGGUGCUGAACAGUCAAUGAUAAGUCUGGGUUUGAGUGAAGUUUUCCCCGUGACAAUCCCUAUAAGGUUGGUUCUCCAAGAUGUGAAAGGUGGGGAAACAAAAGGCCCCAACAAAAACACUUGCUCUACCUCAGUCCUUAUAAGUGUACACACUAACUCUGGUUAAUUUUAAGUGGUUUGCAAAUUGUUGCAUUUUAGUGUCCUGGUUGGCAAGUGUACUAAACCCGUGUGGAACCCUUCAGACAGUCCUUCGAUGAUAAAUUUAACCAAAUGCUGUGAGGGAUGUUGUUGCAACAGUGCAGCCAAUAAUGUGACGUUGAUGCAUGUGUGGUAAGGUUUAGGGAAAACUUUAUUCGGGCACAUGGACUUUGCAUGAGCCCUAAAACAAUGAGAACACACGUGUAAUAACCUACAUGAACUAAAACCACAAGUGCCCGCAUUUAAAUUAGUGCAAAUUUGAGAUUUGCCCAGGAACACAAUGUCCCUACCCAGCUUAUCCUUUUGGAUUCUGGUAGGUCUUGCCGAGUUCGGGACAGAGUGUCUCUGCUCUAUUUCUGCCGUAUUAGGGCAGAAGUUUGUACCAUGUGCGGUAGAUGCACAUACUGCACAAGCCGGGGGUCUGAGGCCUGCAAAGUGUCUGCAGAAUAACUCAGUGUCCAGCUUACUCCAAUUUAUGCUGUAAUUGAACUGAGUCAGAGCUGCAGCCACUUUUGCAUAGAAGGAACGGUGGUAGUCAUAAAAAGCAGUACCACCGUAUUUGUGCCCCAGAUCCACCAGCUUGUGCAUAUAAACGUCAAAUUCCUCUCUUUUCUCAGGAUAAAUCGAGCAAUUUACAUCCCUAUAAAUCCCGAAACCCAAUGGUCAAUUCAGGAAUAGACCAUUUUUUGUUCAAUCUGGGGUCUCUUGCCCUUAGAACCACUGAAACGUCCCUAUACGCAAAUGUCCUGUUCUCAAGAACAUUCUAGGAGGCAAUAAGAAGUGAGACAAGAUUAACAUCCUUGUCUUCCAGAAUGUCCUUUUUAAGAUGAGCUGGGACCAUUUACAAGGGAUUGAUACUCUCAGGAACUUUAAUUGAUGCCAGAGUAUUACCGGGCAUGACCGCCCUUCCUGCAUUAUUAGAAGUAACUGGGUCUGCAGGAACCUGGUGUCAGGUUACCUUUGGUGUCUACCUCGGAGGAGGUUAGACACCUAGACGUCCAUCCUCCCAGGGGGGCUGACUCACCCGAUCCUUGCACUCCUCCCGGUCGUUUACACGCCGGCCGCGAUAGCUCCGCCUCCUUUUAUGACGCGGCGCUCAGUAGCCGACGUCAUGACGGCAAUCACGUUCCGACCCGUCAAUCACGGCAACCAAGUGCCGAACAACGAAUCAGGACUCGUUGGGGGCGGAGCCAACAGUUAAAGAGCCAAGGUAUAAAAAAGGGUUCUGUGGAAUGAUUCAUUGCCCUGUCGUGGUUCUAGCUAGUCUGGUCACUCAGUGCAAUUACCUCUAUUGUCUUUUGGUUCCUGACUCGGCUUGUAUUUUGACCCUGCUUUCCUCUCUUGUCCUUUUGACUCGGCUUGUCUCUCGCUUACCUGAUCUCUCGUUCCCUCGACCUCGGCUUGUCUCUGACCAUUCUUUUGCUUUCUCCUUACGUUAGUCCGGCCAUUCUAAGGUCCGGUAUACGUACCUAUCUCCUGUUUGUAUUCUGCGUGUUGGAUCCCUGUCACGAUCCUGACAUUACGACAGGGCCAAUGGAUCCUGCAGGUACAAACUCUCAGGUCGGUUCUCCUGACUCUAGAUUUGAGGCCAUGGAUCAUAGAAUGGACCAGAUGGCUCUAGCUCUGCAAGCAUUGCUAUCUCGUCCUAGUAAUCACUCAGAGGAGAUGCGUACCCCAUCUAUCUCUCCUAUAAGUACAGGCCUAGAGGUAGCCACAGUGGCUACUUCUUCCCGUGUUACGUCCCCGUCACGCUAUGGCGGCGCUCCUGACACUUGUCGAGGUUUUUUAAACCAGAUAGGUAUUCAUUUUGAGUUACAACCCCACGCCUACCCUACUGACAGGGCGAAGGUUGGAUUUAUAAUUACCUUGCUCAUUGACAAGGCACUUAGAUGGGCUAACCCCCUGUGGGAAAAUGAUAACCCGUUAGUUUAUAAUUAUAAUGCUUUUGUCGCUGCAUUUAGGAGAGCUUUUGACCCCCCAGGAAGAAAGGCCAAUGCAGCUAGACUACUGUUACGUCUUAGACAGUAUAACCGAACCCUAGUGGAUUAUGCUUUAGAGUUCAGAUCCUUGGCGGCAGAAGUCAAGUGGAAUGAACAGGCUUAUAUGGACGUAUUUAUGAACGGGUUAUCUGAUGAGAUUUUAGAUGAGGUGGCCACAAGAGAUCUUCCUGAAAAUUUGGAGGAUCUGAUUUCAUUUAUUUCCCGAAUAGAUGAACGUAUGAGACAGAGGCAGAAUAUUCGGGAUAGAACCCGCAGAUCCUCCAUAAGACUAGCUCCCUCAUUUCAGACUUCUGAUUCUACUACUUUAGCUCUCCCAGAACCUAUGCAAAUAGGUAAUACUCGACUCUCAGAAGAGGAAAGACAGUACAGGAGAAGGGAGGGUCUUUGUAUGUAUUGCGGAAUUAGAGGUCACCUACGCCUAAAUUGCCCUAACCGGCCGGGAAACGCUCGCACCUAAGUUUCUCAAGAGGACAGGCCUUGGGUGUUUCUAUCUUGUCCUCUAUAUAUGAUUAUAAAGAUCAUAGGCUUCUGAUACCUGUUUCUUUAGCUUGGGAAAAGGGAGUACUUAAUGCUAUGGCUUUGAUAGAUUCCGGAGCAGCUGAAAGCUUUAUUGACCAAGCCUUUGUCACUAACCAUUCUAUCCCAUCUCAGCUAAGGGAUACACCCUUGGCCGUUGAGGCCAUAGAUGGUAGACCAUUAUCUGAACCUGUUAUUUUUCGUGAAACCAUACCAAUUAAGUUAACCACUGGUAUCCUUCACGAGGAAAGAAUAUCCCUCAUGCUGAUCUCAUCUCCUUCAGUUCCUAUAGUCUUGGGGUAUCCCUGGCUUAAGAAGCAUAACCCUAUCAUUGACUGGGAACUGGGUGAGAUAGUCUCCUGGGGUCAGGGUUGCCAGAGAGGAUGUUUGCAGAAAGUCUCACCGAUUUGCAGGGUUGACGCCCCGGUUAACUCUUCCCAACCUACAGAUUUACAGAUACCGUCGCAGUACCUGGAUUUAAAGGCAGUCUUUGACAAAAAGAGGGCUGAUACUUUACCUCCACAUAGGUCUUUCGACUGUAAAAUUAGACUCCUACCUGGUACUAUGCCUCCGAGGGGUACGGUAUAUCCUUUAUCCACUAAGGAAAACUUAGUCCUAGAGGAGUACAUACGUGAAAACCUAGACAAAGGAUUUAUUAGGAGAUCAUCUUCUCCGGCCGGGGCCGGUUUCUUUUUUGUAGAUAAAAAAGACGGCACUCUACGGCCUUGCAUUGAUUAUCGGGGCUUGAAUAAGAUAACUGUUAGAAAUGCUUAUCCUAUUCCUUUAAUUACUGAGCUCUUUGAUCGACUGAAAGGCUCCAAGAUUUUUACCAAGUUAGAUUUGAGGGGAGCUUAUAACUUGGUGAGAAUUCAGCAGGGAGACGAAUGGAAAACAGCUUUCAAUACCCGUUAUGGCCACUAUGAAUACACGGUAAUGCCCUUCGGGCUUUGCAAUGCACCUGCAGUAUUCCAGGACCUUAUUAAUGAGGUUCUUAGGGAAUUUCAGCAUGAAUGCGUUAUAGUAUAUUUGGAUGAUAUACUAAUACACUCUAGAGAGAUUGAGACUCACCACAGACAAGUCAGAAGGGUACUGCGCAAACUGUUACAACAUGGAUUGUACUGCAAAUUGGAAAAGUGUAGCUUCGACCAAUCUCAGAUAAACUUUCUUGGCUACGUUAUUUCUGGAGACGGAUUUAGGAUGGACCCCAUUAAACUCCAAUCGAUUUUAGAUUGGCCAUUGCCCAGGGGACUCAAGGCCAUUCAGAGAUUUAUCGGAUUCUCCAAUUAUUAUAGGCGCUUCAUUAAAGGUUACUCUUCUAUUAUUGCUCCUAUUACCAAUAUGACUAGACAGGGUGCUGAUACCAAGACUUGGUCUACAGAGGCUCUCUCUGCUUUCAAAACACUCAAAGAACAUUUUGCCUCAGCACCGAUAUUAGUUCAUCCUGACACAUCUUUGCCUUUUCUACUCGAGGUAGACGCCUCGGAGACAGGUAUAGGCGCUAUCUUGUCCCAAAGGCUAGGUUUGGAUAAACCGUUACAUCCAUGUGGUUUUUUUCCAAGAAAUUAUCUGGGCCUGAAAGUAGAUAUGACAUUGGUGAUAGGGAACUGUUAGCGGUCAUUAUGGCUUUAAAGGAAUGGAGACAUUUGUUGGAGGGGACAUUAUACCCGGUUACUAUUUUGACGGAUCACAAGAAUUUGUCCUACAUAGGGGAGGCCAAGCGCUUGUCCGCCAGGCAAGCUCGUUGGUCCUUGUUUCUGACACAUUUCAAUUACGUGCUCACUUAUAGACCUGGUUCUAAGAACUCUAAGGCAGAUGCAUUGUCCCGUCAACAUGAACCUUCUACGGUGUCUGAAGCAGCUUUGUCUUCUAUCGUUCCCAAGUGUAAUAUUAUUGCCAACACAUGUGUCAGGAUACACUCGCCGUUGCUUGCUGAGAUCAAGAAAGUACAACAUCUAGCUCCCAAACCUGUUCCUGGGGAUCGAUACUUCGUUCCUCCUGAGCUCCAAGUGGAACUGCUGCAUUGCUUUCAUGACAGUAAAAUUGCUGGGCACCCCGGCAUACGCAAAACGUGUUCCCUGAUUUCUAAAGAUUUCUGGUGGCCUUCCCUUCGUAAGGAUAUAAGGGAUUUCGUCAGGGCAUGUGCUGUCUGUAUGAAGACUAAGCAACCUCACGCGCUCCCUUGUGGACUUUUGCACCCCUUAGAAAUUCCCGAGAGACCAUGGUCGUGUUUGGCUAUGGACUUCAUUGUCGAUUUGCCUGUUUCUAAAAAACAUACUGUUAUUCUCACGGUGAUUGACAGGUUUACUAAAAUGGCUCAUUUCGUGCCCUUGCCUAAACUGCCCUCGUCUCCCGAAUUAGCUGAGAUAUUCGCGAGGGAGAUUUUUCGUUUACAUGGUAUUCCCUCUGAAAUUGUUUCUGAUAGAGGUUCCCAAUUUGUUUCCCGCUUUUGGAAGUCUUUCUGUUCUCACUUAGGCAUCAAGUUGAAUUUCUCAUCUGCCUAUCAUCCCCAGUCCAACGGAGCUGCCGAACGCACCAACCAAAAGAUUGAACAAUAUUUGCGUUGUUUUGUUUCUGAACACCAGGACGAUUGGGUUGGUCUGAUUCCUUGGGCAGAGUUUGCACACAACAAUCUCGUUUGUGAUUCUACUCGUUCUAGCCCCUUUUUCUUGAAUUAUGGCUUUCAUCCUUCCAUUCUUCCGUCGGUUUCCCCUUCCCAAGGGGUUCCGUCGGUUGAUGUUCAUGUCGCCAAUCUGAGAAAGUUGUGGGAUCAGACUCGACGAAUUCUUCUUCAGAAUUCCAUGGUGUUCAAACGACACGCUGACAAACGGAGACGGGUGGCUCCGGUUUUUGCCCCUACUCGUUUAGUUUUUCUUGAAUUAUGGCUUUCAUCCUUCCAUUCUUCCGUCGGUUUCCCCUUCCCAAGGGGUACCGUCGGUUGAUGUUCAUGUCGCCAAUCUGAGAAAGUUGUGGGAUCAGACUCGACGAAUUCUUCUUCAGAAUUCCAUGGUGUUCAAACGACACGCUGACAAACGGAGACGGGUGGCUCCGGUUUUUGCCCCGGGUGAUAGGGUGUGGUUGAGUACCAGAAACAUCCGCUUGAAGGUUCCUUCCAUGAAAUUUGCCCCUCGUUACAUAGGCCCUUACAAGGUUCUGUGUCGGAUUAACCCGGUUGCGUAUCGUCUUGCCCUUCCGCCUGCCCUGCGCAUCCCUAACUCUUUUCAUGUUUCUUUGUUGAAGCCUUUGGUUUGCAACAGAUUUUCCUCCGCUGAGUCCUCCCCUCUCUCUGUCCAGGUUGAGGGUCAGGAGGAAUAUGAAAUCAAAUCCAUUCUCGAUUCUCGUAUUUCUCGGGGGAGGUUGCAAUAUCUUGUUGACUGGAAGGGGUAUGGGCCUGAAGAAAGGUCUUGGGUGGUCCAUGAAAAUGUGCAUGCCCCUCGUCUCCUCCGGGCAUUUCAUGCUCGUUUUCCGUCCCGCCCCGGUUCCUUCCGCCCGGUGGGCGUUUCUGAGAGGGGGGGUACUGUCAGGUUACCUUUGGUGUCUACCUCGGAGGAGGUUAGACACCUAGACGUCCAUCCUCCCAGGGGGGCUGACUCACCCGAUCCUUGCACUCCUCCCGGUCGUUUACACGCCGGCCGCGAUAGCUCCGCCUCCUUUUAUGACGCGGCGCUCAGUAGCCGACGUCAUGACGGCAAUCACGUUCCGACCCGUCAAUCACGGCAACCAAGUGCCGAACAACGAAUCAGGACUCGUUGGGGGCGGAGCCAACAGUUAAAGAGCCAAGGUAUAAAAAAGGGUUCUGUGGAAUGAUUCAUUGCCCUGUCGUGGUUCUAGCUAGUCUGGUCACUCAGUGCAAUUACCUCUAUUGUCUUUUGGUUCCUGACUCGGCUUGUAUUUUGACCCUGCUUUCCUCUCUUGUCCUUUUGACUCGGCUUGUCUCUCGCUUACCUGAUCUCUCGUUCCCUCGACCUCGGCUUGUCUCUGACCAUUCUUUUGCUUUCUCCUUACGUUAGUCCGGCCAUUCUAAGGUCCGGUAUACGUACCUAUCUCCUGUUUGUAUUCUGCGUGUUGGAUCCCUGUCACGAUCCUGACACCUGGGGAGAACAUACUGCUUACAAUUUCUCCAGUCUGUCACUAAUAGUGCCAAUGGAUGACAUUAAAGACAUCAUCAUGGCAUGAAGAGCCGGCAACUGAGACCCACUAGGACCUUCCCCAGCAUCAGAGUUGUUGGUGUUAGUGUUCAAAAGUCUAAACAACUCCGCUUUCCUAGCAGUAGCUGGGAAAGGAAUGCAUCUCAUUCAUAGUUCAGCUGUGAGGCGUGGGAAAGUCCAUGAACUCAGGGAAGACUAGUGGCAUCACCUCCUUGGGCGGGAGUACCGGACCUAGCAGGUGUGCUGGAAAGGGACUGCUCCUCAGGAAUAUCAGAAACUUGAGACAUAACUUAAAAUAUAUACAUGCAACUUGAUUAUUCUGGGGCAAAGUAGAAGGGUACUGGCAAGCUACCUAGAUGCCAAGCGGCGAAAAAUUAUGCUAUUUAAAAGGUGAUAGAUGAUCCCUACUAAUUGCCAAGCGGCGUGAGAGGCGCUACCUAUGCGUUGGCCCAUGGGGAGAUUGAGGCCACCGAAACGUUGUGGCGGGGUGUUGGCCUCUUGGUGGUAACUAAAGCAUAAGAUAGAAUGGGAGUGACAUGUGAGGCCCUCUCUAUGCGACAAUGCGAGGCGGCUAACUAUGAUUUGGGCUGAGGGACGUAUACCUCCGAGUAUGAGGAUGGGUGUUGGCCUCGCAGGACCACUAGCUUAUGGAUUUAGACCGGAAAAUAGAACCUAGUUGGACAACCUAAAUCUCAAACAGCCAGUACCAUUCUAAAACUAGACAGGUACAGGGUUAUGGCCUGAUAAAGUGUGUCAGGACGAGAUUCUAUGCAGAAAAUAUGAACGAGAGGGUGGCAGUCGAUAAUGUGCAUAUAAAUAUAUGUUAGUGGGCCAGAUCGUGGGCCCGAAUUAAAAUAAAGGAACCUACCAGAUACUACUGAUGAGAAGUGACAAUAUGACAGAGGUAGAUGACAGGUUAGUCGUGCUUGCAAAGCAACCGUCUGUAAGAUAAGGGCACCUAAGGAAAGUGAAAUGUUAAAUGCCUACUAAAUUACAAACACUUUUACUAGCAAAAGCUACAAUAGUAACUGUAACCAAAUUACUAACUUAAUAAGGCAAAUAUUUUUUGACAAAGUUGUCACAAAUCAAAGUUGUUUGCAAAUCCGCAAUCAAAGUUUAAUUCCCGUAAUGAAACCUGUGGGAAUGACAUCAAGACACAAGUCAGCUAUAUGUAUCAAACCCGUCUAUAUCAUUUAAUUAAAAUAGCCCCCUAACUCAUAAGCAUAGAAUUGUAACUGUAGUAUCCUUUCUGACCAAUAGAGGCAUCUGACUUAACAACCAUACCAAUCGGCUGAAAAUUCGUGAACAGUCUCAUGCCAGUAACUUACUGUCGAACGGGGAGGAAUCCCCUAUAUAGAAUUUCUGUUUAAACCUAAUCAUUCGUAUGUCGUAUGUUUAGCCAACUUUAAACAAUUGUAUAGAAAAUGGCUUACUGAAACAAACAAACGUACUGUGCGAUAAAAACGAAACAAAUGGCUGCGUUCGUGCGGUAUAAGACACAAAAAACACAUGUAUAUAGACUGUUAUUAAAACAUCCGAAAUCUUGCCGAACGCGCCUGCAAGUAAAUAAAGUAGCCAAUUAACCGAACGCCAAAUUGUGAACGAACCCCUACCGUGAUGCCAUGUAAUGGUUGCGACCAUUGCCUUACAGUAAGGAUUUUGACUUACGGUUUUAGAACCACUAGCCGUGCCGAGACUGGGCUGCGAGGAAGCCGGAAGGAGGCCGUGGGUUAACAAACUGUUUUGUAAGAGGUCAGGUAAGCGUAGAACAGGAGCCAGGACCACAAGGGAAAGCAGGUAAGAUAAACAAGAUGGUGGUCUGACCGGAAGUAAUCCUCUCAAACUCGCCAGAGCAUCAACGGUAAGAUUUGAGAGGAUUGGCAGCCCUUUUAAAGGAAAUUCAAGCCCCUCCCACAACUAUAAGCCAAGGCCUUAAAAUAUAUAUAUAUAUAUUAGUGUUCAAGUAGAGAUUAGAGCCGUAUUAGUCCAGUGAUGUAGAUGUGUCGUCUUGCUCAGAAAUGCUUCAGACUUGAGAAAGGGAGGUUCUCCCGAAAGCUUGUCAUUAAAAAAUUCUGUUAGUCCAAUAAAAAAGGUAUUACAAGAUAUGAAUUUUAUCUGUUUUUUACAUAUAUAUAUAUAUAGUAAACCAAGUAAUCCACUACCUAUAACGUACACACACACACUUUACAGCCCCUAUACAUACAUACACUACACCCUCUAGACACUCUCUCCUCUACAGCUUCUAGACACACACAUAAAAUCUCUACAGCCACUAGGCCCAUACACGCAUUACAGCCGUGGACACACACUACAGUCCCUAGCCAUACAUAGUACCCCACAAACAGACCCCUUCAACCACAUUUCCACAAACAGCCUCCAAACAAUGUAAAAACAAUGGGAAGCAAAAAUACACAAGUAAGGCACCCUUUACCAACCGUGUCCACCUUUGUCCUCUGGUAUCCUACUCAUGGGGACACCAGAGACAAUUCACCAUUAAACACAGCACAAGCAUGUCAUUAAAGGGACAUUCAUCCUUUGCAUCACUUUGAGAAAACUAUCUAAUUCAAAUGCAGGCUGAACAAAACAGGUAAAUAUGAUUUUUUGUACCAGUUUUUUGUUUACUUGUUUCUUCUUUCUUAUGCUUGCCACACUCACUCCAGGAGAGGUGAAAUUUAUACACAUGCAGUUGGAAGUUCUCUUCACCUUGCAACAUCUGACAGGGGGAGAAGUAGGGAAUCUGAUCAGUGUGGUCAUGCAGAGCAGGCUCUGGUGUUGGGUUUUUCUUUCCUUCUGCUGCACAAUGAUGCCCAGUUUCUGUCAUUAGUUGUGUGUAUAAGAGAGAAGGGGAAGGAGGUUGAAGAAACUCCCCUAACUGAGAGGUGUGCCCAACAAUGCAAUCUGACCAAGUUUAUUACAUACUUUGCAGUUUGUAUAGUUUUUCUUGCAUUAUUUUGGUUUGUAUAUUUGUAUAAAAGUAUUUGCUUGCUGGUUUAAAAAAAUAAUUGUCACAUGCACAUUCCUUAAAAUUCCUUAUGCUGCAUAAACGACACAUUGCAUUUAUUUUCUUGUAGGGAUAUCAAUUUAAUGUACUCACUUGGAGGGGACAUCAUUGGUGAUGACAUAACAUGCCCAUUCACUGUCUCUGUCCCCCAUGACCCCUGCUAAAAGGACAGUGUUGGCAUUGUAACUGCUUCAUCUAGUAAUUGGAGUCUGGAGUCCCCUGGCGCAGUCUUUCCAAUUAGUGGUAAACGGUUUUAACUUUUAAUACUAAACAAGAGUCCCUGGUAUCCCAUCCCCUCUGUGCAAUGUGGGCUAAUGUGAAAUUAGAAAGCUGACCACAACUCCCAUUGCUGGUAGAAGGAAGGGUGUGAUCUCUGCCUUAGCCAUACCUCUGCUUGGGGACAGGUUGUUAGUGGCCAGGUACCCUCAUUCAGUGUGAACCUGCUUGAAAUGGAUAACAAUGAGUGGAGGGACAGUGCCAGGAGACUCCGGGCACUAUAAAAAAGUGAGAUGCUGCAGUGUCCCUUUAAAUGACUGGUACAAUUAUGUUUUUCUGGUCUGGCUUUGCUUGGCAGGUAUGGAAAACAUCAAACCUAAAAAAAAGUUCAGGUGAGCUCACAGACUGAAUCCUAAACUUGUUCAGACUACUGAAUAUUUUUGAAAAUACCUGCUGAGAACGUCCUUCAGAUACAGUAUUUUUCAAUAGGUUCUCACUUCAAUUUGGAAAUUAAGGCAAAGCAAUUAAAAUAAACUGGUCAUUGAUAUGCAGCACAUUGUCCCGUGCUGCCACCAGCAGCUUUGAGGCCUGACGUUUUUCAUUCAGACAUGUCUUCCAUUAAUACAUAUUUUCCAUGGGUACUUGUUGACCACUUGCUGUAUGCAAAUAUGUUGAUAGCAGACUGACGACUUUAAUAUCACUGAUAUCUGAGAUGACAAAGGUCAUCUUUGGUAGCGGCUGAGAUGCAGGACGUUUAUACCAAACUGCACUAACAAAAGAAAAAAACAGAGCCGAGAGAAAAGAAAUCUUCCGAAAUGCUACGUUUACAAACAAGUUAGAAAACGGGUAUUGGAGAGGUAUGUCUGUCUGAGAACUUUAUUAUCUUUUAUUGGGGCAUUUAAACAGAUUUCUGUUGAUUUUAAUUAAUAUACAGCACAGCAUCAGAUUCUGUACAAUUGGUGAAUAAAACACACACGAAAUGUAGACAGAGGAAGCUUAGCAAACAGGAACACACUGUGCUAGCAAGCCAGUGCAACAAGCUUCCAAUUUUAUCACGGAUGACAUCAAAUUUACCCUAUGGCAUCGAGGAAUUUUUUUCACUACUAGUGCCCUUAUGAAAUAGCCAUUAUAAUAAAUUGAAUUGUUUAUAGCAAUGUUAGAGUUAUUGAUUAAAACAGGGAUUACCGGGGAUUUGCAAAUCAGUUUCACGUGUUAGGCCAGAAUAGCCAAUAAAAAAAAAAAUGUUUAUUUUGUCCAUUGUGGCUUAGAAUUUACAAUUCCUUUGUCAAUAUCCCACAUAUCCUGGGUUCAGUAGUAUCCCAGAUAAUUGUAAAUGAUUUCUCUCAGAGAUGGGAAAAUAAAAUGUUUUGCUUAUAGUGUUUUCAUUUUACUUGUUUUUUUUUAUCUUCCUUUUAGAACCUUGGAAGCCAGGUUGACUAACACAAUUUCUAAAAUGUCAGGAAUCAAAGAAAGGUUUAGUGUCUCUAAAUCCUAUGUCUCUUUACCAUAGAUAAUGUAAAACCUGUUCCUAAAAUCCCAUUCUACUAUCAGUAAAAAUCUACUUGCAUUAUCCAUUUAAAGUGGUUAAGACUUUCCUACACAAUCAGAGACUGGUAAAUUGUUAACUUGUGAAAAAUAAAAAUACUCUCAGAUACAUCAAAUGACUUAAGUAAGGGUUAUCACAUAUCUAAUUCACUUGCAAACAGAGAUAAAACUAAGAUAGCAAAUAAUUGUGAGCAUUGUUGAUUGGGGAUAUAAAUCUAAUCCAUGAUGAUUGCAUUGCAACACAUUUCCAGUUCCAGGUAGAUGUAGCAUGUCUGGAGUCAUUCUGAUGCAAAAUACAAUGAGACUUCUGUCAAUCAAUAAACACAAUUUACCUAAAAUUAUUUUGUGCUUAGAAUGAUGCAUUUUAUACAUGUUUUGUGCUAAUUUAGUAAAAACUCCUGGAUGUUGGGCUACGGUGACAUUCCCAGGACAUACUUGAAAACCAGAGUAAUCUGAAUGUACCUUUCCUGUUAAAGGACCACUCUAGGCACCCAGACCACUUCAGCUUAAUUAAGUGGUCUGGGUGCCAGGUCCCUCUAGGGUUAACCCAUUUUUUUUAUAAACAUAGCAGUUUCAGAGAAACUGCUAUGUUUAUAAAUGGGUUAAUCCAACCUCCAAAUCCUCUAGCGGCUGUCUCAUUGACAGCCGCUAGAGGCGCUUGCGUGAUUCUCACUGUGAAAAUCACAGUGAGAACACGCAAGCGUCCGUAGGAAAGCAUUGUGAAAGAUUUCCUAUGAGACAGGCUGAAUGCGUGCGCAUUCAGCCGAAUAGGAGGAUCGGAGGCGGAGAGGAGGAGGAGAGCUCCCCGCCCCACGCUGGAAAAAAGAUAAGUUUUACCCCUUUCCUCUCCCCAGAGCAGGGCGGGAGGGGGUCCCUGAGGGUGGGGGCACCCUCAGGGCACUAUAGUGCCAGGAAAACGAGUAUGUUUUCCUAGCACUAUAGUGGUCCUUUAAAUACUUUGUUAUUAUUAUUAUUUGUGGUAUUUUGAAUUAAAUGCAAAUUCUUAAACCUGUGUAUGUUUAGCUGUUCUUUGAUCACACCGCUGCAAUUUUGUGAUGGAAGAAAUAAUGUUGGAAGUUAUAAAGGAUUGCGUGAUCAUACACAGUGCUAUUUGAUGUGUAUGUCUGUUGGGGAUUAUUUAUAAAAUUGACAAUGGAAAUCCAAAUUAUAGGCUACAAAUUUUGAGCAGGAAGAACUGACAGUUCUCCACAAUUCCUUGUUUAGUGAAUAUACUCCUCUUUCUCAAUCCUCUAUGAGGGAGAGGGGUUAUGUACAAAAAUACAAACAGUCACCUUUACUUACUUUGCUCCCCAAGAGCCAAUAAACCAAUUUCGACUGACACUUUCUUGAUACUGAAAACUGUGAAGAAGAGAUUUGUACCUUGCCAGCAAGAGUGCUUAUAGGAAAAAAAUGCUGAUGCCAAAUAAAUAUAUAUCAAACAGGGUUUGCCCUGUAACAAAAAUGAGCAGGAAUCAUUAAGCCUGUGUUUGUCACCAGGGGGAAUUGAUGAAUGAAGGCCCCUCUUUUUAUAACUAUCACUAUCCCUGGGAACUUUUGUAGUUUUAAAGCACUUAGCCAACAGAUUUUCUCCCUCUUCCCAUGGGAUAACAAGGGGGUAACGGAGCAAUUGUUCCCGUUCUACGAGCACACAGGGGUUGUAGGAUGCAGCUUCACAGUAAGCAUCAUUCGUUAUAUAUUGUACACUUGUAUUUGCAAGACAUUCAAAUAUCCCCUUUCUAUACUUGUAAAGCACUGUGCAAUAUGUUGGUGCUACAUUAAUUCUAAUUAUUAUUAUUAAAAACAAAUGGUGGUGUGUUGGGAUGCCGUUGACAUAAUACAGCGGGAGUAAGAUAAAAGACAGGAAUUGAGUAAGACUUUAGGAAGCCCAGCUCUGUGCCGCUUUCUCCUUGAGCUGGAUCCACACUCUCAUUGCCCUCCAGGCCUGGUGUAGCCUAAUGGCAUAUUUCCUGGGAUCUGUGAGUUUUGUAUGCAAAACAAAAAAAAGCCCACACGUAUUUGUACCUGCCCCAAGGCUAAACAUCUCCUACUUUCCUCUGGAAGGGAUUGAGAGUUUUUUCCCCUACACUGUUGUUAAUUUAAGACUGGACCUGAAUACUGACAAUCAUUUACAUCUAGAUUGUAAGCUCAAUGGAAGAGGGCCAUCACCGACUCUUUAUUUGCCAACAUUAUUCUGUCUGUUAUUGACUUAAACAAUACACUAAUGAAUACAUGUUUCCAUAUGUGACUUUAUAACAAAAGGGGGAGGUAACUGAAAGAUAAUGUAUAACUCAGUGAUUGCUAAAGAGAUUUUUUGGACACUUUCCACCGGCCAUGAAAGAGGACGCCCAUUUACGGUAUACAUUUUGUUUUGUUUUUUUAUUUUAGAACCCCUGACCUGCAACCAGCUGUACAAAUACUUGCUAUUUUAGCCAACCCAAUAAAAUAACCAGAUUCAUCUCAAUUUUUCCAGCAAAGUGAAUCUGUACAAUUUAAACAAUGGAGACGGUGUAAUAUAUAAUCUAAAAAAUCGUUUACAAGUUUGUCUAAGAUAGUGUCAUGUGACUGUGCAUAUCAAAACAACUGAGUUUACUCACUAAACAAAUUAUUGUGAAUUUAAAGCCAUAUUAUAAAAUUUAGGCAAAAAUAUUUAAUCUGGGGGAAAAAAUCUUUAUUUUUGCCUAAUAUUUUUCUCCAUUUAUUGAUAUACAAAAGGAUAUAGAUAAUAAAAUAUUAGUCCAUAAAAUAAUCUUAACUUUUGCUCCCUGUGUUAUUUACACAAGACCAAAAUAUCCAUGUCAUCUGGAUCAAAAUCAUUAUUUACUCAUAAUCAGUGCAUAUUGAAUAGCAGUAAUAAAUCCACUAAGCAUGUUACCAUAACAAUACUGCCAUAAACCCAUUUAAACAAUUCUUUCCUUUCUACAGGAAAAUAAACAGGUUAACUGGUGAGAUAGAAGAUGCUUUCAAUUAAUGAAAGAAGCAACACAGUCAGUUUCAGUAAUUCAGGUCAUUUGACCUUGACACUAAAUUGGCAUUUUGUUUUUACCUGUAUUCUUACACAGCUAUAAUCAGGGCAAUUCUGUCACAGGGAAAAUAGAAGCUGCCCCUGGUUAUUGCCAGAUUUGCAAUGCAAUAAUUUCUAUAAUAAAAUGUAAUAAUAUUUUCUAUGAUAUUAUCAGAUGGUUGCUAAACACAUGCAAUAAUAUUUAUAUCCUAUGACAGCAAUAAGGCUACCGGUAAAGUAAUGAAGUAAGGCACACAGGAAGAGAGGUAUGGGAUUGGGAGUGGGGAAAGGUUUCAGUGUACAAAAGUGAGUGAACAGGAAAAUGAGUGAGAGGAACAUUCUGUAAAGGAAGGGGGAAAGUUGUAACAAAGUGUCUUUCAUUCCUAAACCAUAAACCUCUCUCUCAUUUGCCUUCUCUGUAGAAUAGGAGGUCUAAGUCCCCCCCUCCCCAGAUUGGGGGCGGUGCCAGUUUGGCAAUAGUACCCAAUGGGACUGGGAGUGUAACUUGGAGUGACUCUUAGUGCAUUUCAUCUGUAGGAGUCACUACAACUCUGACUGAGUGCAGCUUCUAACCACAGAGCCAAGCUGACCUACAUAUCACAAACUGCCUCUUCUUCUUACCCCACGCCCUGCAUCACCCCCGCUGCUCUCCUAGUCUGCUCAGCACUGUACCUCAUUCUCCCCCAGAGCCUUGCUGCCCUCUCCUAGCUGGGGUUAGAAGCCUCUGCCGGAGCCAGAAGACAUAUAUCUAUCUGCCUAGCACAUGUAAGUACUGAUCCAUGUGUUCCUAGAGGAAGAGGCAUGCCUCACUGCAUUAAACGACCUCUGCUUUACAAUAUAGAUAUAUAAAAAUAAUAUGAAACCAUAUAUACAUAUAUUAUAUGAGAUCGAUAUAAAAGUAUAUGUUUGUAUGUAAGCAUUGGUGUGUAACAAUGUGUUCUGAGUGUAUGCUAUGUGAUCUGGCUGUUACAAUGUGUAUAUAUUAUUUAUGUAUGUGUGUUAGUGUGUAACAAUUCUCACUGCACGUGCUGUGGGUAAGUAUUGUUAGACUCCCAGAGCCAUGAGGCUGAAGGAUUCUCCCCCUUUAUGUUUUUGGCAACUUUUAAACUUGUGCCCUGUGCACGUAGCCUCUCGGUUCUUGGGGUUUUAUGUGGUUUUUAUUUAAUCAAAUCUCCAAGAACAGGUAAUUAUUUAAUUUUUUUAAAAUAAAUAAACCUUAAUAUUUUCAUUCUAAACUUAAAAUAAAAUAAACAUUGCCCUGUGAUCUUGCUAUGUAUGGUAGCUUUAUAAUGAGUCAUUUCACUAUUGUAUUCAGAUAAAAGUCAGAUGUAAAGUUAUCUUUUAUACAUACUCAGGUUUUCUCUGGAAGGCUGCAUGCUAUAUUGCUGCAGUAUUAUUUAAUAUCCAGAUAAUUGUCAAAUAAAACAUUUAUGGUAGUUGAACAGGGUCAUUUAAUGCUUGCAUAAUUUUUCUUUUACAUUGUAUUCAUCUUAUAAUUAUGAAAUCAGUGGCCAUAAUGUACAUGGAAAUACGUGUAAUUAUUGAUAUUUAAGUAAGAUGGCCCAGUGUGCAAAUACUUGUUAAAAUGUAAUGUUUUCUGUGAUGAAAGUAAUAUCUAAACUUUAAAGAUUUUUGAUACAAGUAGAUAUGUUUUGUAAGACAUUGUGUUUAAAACAUAUACAUUGUUAGUGGUACAAAUGUAUACAAAUGAGGAUAUUGUUUUUCAGGAAAACAGCAAUAUGUCCUUUUUAAUAUUUUGUUUUUGAUUGCUUAUUUUUAAUUAAUUACUCUUUAAAAAUACAUUUUAUAUUGUGCCUAUCAUGGUAGGUUACACGAGAGACCAUGCAAUGUAAUCUAUAUGUUGUGCUAGCGGAAUUGCUAGCAAAUGUACAUAUUUUUAAUUAAAUCUAAUUAAAGAUUGUCCCAUCACAUGUCACCUGACAGGGAAAGCAGGAGAACAGUCUUUAGUGUGGUUCUCCUGUUUUCCAUCACUGCAAUUAGCGCGCAUAUGCUGUAGUUCCUGCGAUAUUUCUUGCAUCUCAGAUGAAUAUAGGAUUUGAUUGACAGAUGUCACUUGGUAUAGAUGCCAACCCGCCAGAAUAUUGGUGCCAAGGGGAAAGUCUAUUCUGAUUCAGGCACUGUUCCCAAGCUGGGUAAGUAGCCUAGAAGGUGAACAGGGGGGACUGGGAGCCAUUUAUUGUGGGGCUAUAUACCAGAGAAUAGGGGUGCACUGAGAGAUGCUCCCUGUCUCCAUUACUAAUGUCGCAUAGAGUCAAACGUUCCUAAGCAAGAACUCCCCUUAGCUCUCCAGCACUAAGCCCUGCAAUGCACGGCUUAGCUCAUUGGUUGAGAGUGAUUAAUAGCUGAGAUUAUCAUGCAAUGAGAUAAGUUCUGCACUGCAGGACUAACUUAAGAGAACUAACAUAAAUUCCUACAUAGCAACCUAUGGCUCUCCAGCGUUGGUAGUGGAGUCAGAAAGUGUCACCUGGCAAAAUGUCAAGCCAUUCAAAAUCUGUGUGACUCUGUACAGUGGGGUACAUCAGGGCACUCCUGGCAGCGUAGCCACUACUGAUCACUGUAGUGGUUAUGGUGUUUGGAAUUUCCCUUUAGGUAAACACUUCCAAAGACAAUUAAAUACAUAAUGUAUCUUUGUGAUAAAUUGUACAUUUGUUGCUUUAAGAUAAUAAUUUCACUUUACUUUUUUAUGAAAUACAAUCAAAGGGAUGCUUCAGUCCCCUAAAGCACUUCAGCUUACUUAUGUCCUUUACUGGGUAACUAGAAGUCCCCUCUACAUUUUUUUUGGUUUUGAUGCUUCUCUGUGAGAAGAUUUGUUGGUGGAUUGCAGUCAAUUUUCUGUAUGUGACAUGUGUCCCAAUGCUUCUCUGAGUAGGCACAAGUUAUUACUAUUGUGUCCCUUUAAGGUAUUGGAUAUAGUACCUAAAAUGCCUCUUUUAAUGUUUGUAUGUUACUGAUGUAAAUAAGUUAUGCAGUUUGUGAUGACAGCGUAAUGUUGCCAAGCCAAAUUAAUUAAAAGUAGUUAAAUAUAUUAAGAACCACCUUGAAAUAAUAUAUAUAUAUAUAUAUAUACAAAAUAAUAAUUACUAAACUUAAGGAGUCCAUUCACUAAACUGUAAGUUGUAGUGAGUAAUUACUUGAAAACUUAAAUAAAAAAUUGAUGAUUUGCCAUACAGCUACUUUGGUUUAAAUUAGGCAAGCUAGUUAUCAGCUCAUCUUAAUGCAUUGUAUAGUAAUAGUCAUUUUAUGGAAUUGCUUGUUAAAUGACCAGAUGAUGACUUGGCUUGCUAAAUUUUGGAAACUAACUAACCUUACCAAGAUACACUUUCUUAGUUUAGGUGCAAAUUGAGUAAUGUUUUAGAGAUUAAACAAACAAAAAAAAAGAUCAAAAAUGUAUUUAGGAAUUUAAAAAUAAUAAUUUCUCUGUUAAGGAUACAUUCUUAUGAUAUUUAAUAAUGUUUCAUUUUACAGAAAGACAUAUGAAAGAUAGAUAGAUCGACAGAUAGAUAGAUAGUGGAAUGAUAGAUAGAUAGAUAGUGGAAUGAUAGAUUGACAGAUAAAUAGAUAGAUCGAGAGAUAGAUAUAUAGAUAGAUAGUUAGAUAGACAGAUAGAGAGAUAGAUAGAUAGAUAGAUAGAUAGAUAGAUAGACAGACCGAUAAAUAGAUAGAUAGAUAGAUAGAUAGAUAGAUAGAUAGAUUGACAGAUAGAUACGAUCAAAAAUGUAUUUAGGAAUUUAAAAAUAAUAAUUACUCUGUUAAGGAUACAUUCUUAUGAUAUUUAAUAAUGUUUCAUUUUACAGAAAGACACAUGAAAGAUAGAUAGAUCAAUAGAUAAAUAGAUAGACAGUGGAAUGAUAUAUAGAUAGAUAGAUAGAUCAACAGGUAGAUAGAUAGAUUGACAGAUAGUUAGAGAGAUACAUAGAUAGAUAUAUAGAUAGAUAGAUCGACAGAUAGAUAGAUAGACAGAUAGAUUGACAGAUAGAUAGAUAGAUAGAUCGACAGGUAGAUAGAUAGACAGAUAAAUAGAUAUAUAUAUAGUUAGAUAGACAGAUAAAUAGAAAGAUAUAUAGAUAGAUAGAUAGAUAGAUAGACAGACAGAUAGAUAGAUAGAUAGACAGAUAGAUAGACAGACAGAUAGAUAGAUAUACAGAUAGAUCGACAGAUAGAUAGAUAGAUAGAUAAACAGAUAGAUAGACAGAUAGGUAGAUAGAUAGAUUGGCAGAUAGAUAGAUAGACAGAUAUAUAUAUAUAUAUAGAUAGAUAGAUAGAUAGAUAGAUCGACAGAUAUAUAGAUAGAUAGAUAGAUAGAUAGAUUGACAGAUAGAUAAAUAAAUCGCUCUACAAUACUUCGAGGGAUAAACUAUGUAGGGUUUGUGGCUAAAUGUUUUCUCAAGGAUCACUGAAUUAAUAGUUGGACCUAGAGUGAAUACAGUGUGUUCCACGUUCCACACGUAUAGCUAUUCAGUAAGAACUGCCUUGUCGCUGACGUGUGAAGACAAUUUGCUGAGGAAAUUUGAUUAAUUUUCUGACUUAAACAGCUGAAUGAAAAGUUCUGUAUACUAUAUACACUUACAAUGGGCAAUUGACAAGAGAAGUGACAAUUUAAGGUCCUAAUAGCCAUGUUGAGGUAAUAGAAGAAUUUUUCAAAUGUGAAAUACCAUUCCUGACUAUUCCCGGUUUAGUAAACCACUGUCUAAAUAACAGAUAGUGAGAGAGACCCUCAUCAUGAUAUCUCAAAGUAACAGAGUUGGCCUUAGGUGCUGGAGAGUUCUCUGUUUUUUGCCAAACGAUUUCAAACUAGAUUGACAAGAAAUAAUAGAAGGCCACUCAAAACUCUCAAUCACUAUAACCACUAUAAUAAUCAGCAGUGGUUAUGGUGCUUGAAGUGUCCCUUAUAUGUCAGGCAGUUUGAGGUUAAAGAAAACUUACUUCCAUGUAUGAGGAUUAGAGCACCAGGAUAUAUAUCAUUCUUAUAUAGCUAUAUAUGGAAUAGCCUGCUUACUACCAUCAUACUCUCCCCUAGUCUUUAAUCGUUUAAGAAGUGCCUUAACACCCAUCUCUUAAGGAAAGCUUAUGGCCUCUCAGAGUAAACUCUACCUCACAUACCUGUCUCUUGCUCUCUCCUAAAGGGCAGCACUCUACUCUCUCCUCCAGCUCUGCCUCACUCCCACCUUAUUUGAUUGCUAUUUCCUGUCCUAAUGUGUUUUACACCCCACCUCCUAUGGAAUGUAAGCUCGUUUGAGUAAAGUCCUCUUCAACCUAUCGUUCCUGUAAGUUUUUUGUAAUUGUCCUAUUUAUAGUUAAUUCUCCCCUCCCUUAUAUUAUUGUAAAGCACUACAAAAUCUGUUGGCUCUAUAUAAAUGGCGAUAAUAAUAAUUUUUAAAAAUCAAGUACUCUGCAUAAUAAUUUAUUGCUGUGGCAGUAAAAGUGACAACACUAUGGUCGUAAAAAAACUUGAUGAAAGCUUUUUUGACUGUAACGUUGUCACUUUCACCUCUGCUGCUGCAAAAAAAAUAUCAAAAGAAACGUUUAAACCUUUAAAUAGUCUUGGAUUCAUUUUGGAUUCUUUGUGGAACCUGACAGGCUUUAGGCUCUGUCCAUCCAGCACCUUAGCAAGAUAAAAUGCUGGCCUCACACUAUUCAUAUGUUUGUGUAUUUAUCAGACAUUUUUUUGAGCUGCUUUUACAUGUACUGUUUAUAAAUAUUAAGUGCUUUUUACACACCAUUGUUUUGGGCACAUUUUUGAAUUUUACAUAUAAUGUUUUGAAUUAGCACUCCAGGCACUAAAUUGCAAAAGUAACAAACAACACUGUUUAUAUUUGUGUGUAGAUAUUUAUAUAUGUGUAUCAGGUUGUUUGUUAGGCCUAAGGGAAAGUUGAUUAUACAGGGUUAACAUGAUGCAAAUCUACAUUUUAGGGGUGAUACAAUUCAUUAUUAUGCUGUGAAUUUAAAAUAAAUUUGCAUUCAGAAAGUUUUGGCUGCAGGGUACUGCCACUACAAGUCAUGAAAAUUGCAUCCCAUUCCGCUGUAAUUGUUAUUAGUUUCUUCAGUACUUUAAGUUAAAAAAAGAAAUAUAAUUCACUAUAGGAAGGACAGUGUUCUUUCAGCAUAAUAAUAAUUUUUUCCCGGGACUAUAAAUUCUCUUCUAUUACUGUGACCACUGUCUAUCCCUUUUGAUGUUACAAAAGUUAAUAUCUUAAACUUUCCUCAUUUCCAGAGGCAAAACACCUCCAGUACAGCAGCCUACUCAGCCUCUGUCUUCAUCAGCAAGCCUGCUGAUGUCUUUCGCAUUCUCAUCCAGUCUAAUGCUUUUCAUAGAGAAGCCUUAGAGAUGAGAAAUGCACGUGUGGCAAAAAUCUCACUCAAUGGAAUGCUGUCGAUGAGGACAUUAGACUGAAUAACUGAGUCUGAUAACCCGGCUGUUACAGUGGAAAUGCCUCUAGUGUCUGUUAGGAAGACAGCCGCUAAGGUUGUGUUUAACCCUGCAAUAAAAACGUUUCUACAAAAUGGCAGCGUUUUACAUUGCAGGGUUAAAACAACAGGGGCACUGCACCCAGACUGCUUCACUGAGGUACUUAUAGUGUCCCUUUAAAAACAUCAGGCUUUUAGGAAGAAGUAUCUCUUGUUGUUGUUAGUUUGACAGCCACUUACGGUAUGUUCUCCGACAAAUGUAAACAGUGCUAUUUCCCAGAAACAUCAAUGUGCUACAUUGUCAUUCAAAAGGGACAGCAUUUGUCAUUAAGAAGUAGUGAUUAUUUUAUGCUUAACCCCUUAAGAAAACAUUACAUGUGUGACAUGUCAUGAUUCCCUUUUAUUGCAGAGGUUUGGUCCUUAAGGGGUUAAAGUGUCAAUUUAAAGCAGUAGCGACCUAUAAAAUGGAAAAUGGCUUCUGUACCUUUAAAGAUAAUAUAUUCUAAAACCAGAGUAUGUUUGAGAGAAUAAAUGACAGUUUAUUCCUUUCUAUAGUCCUGCUAUUCUUGGCUGUGGCUUGUCAGACUUCCAACACUUUCAUUUCUGAGGUAUUCAUAUUGAUAGAAUGUUUAUGUUUACAUUGUGUUGAAGUUACACAGAAAUUCCCUCUCAGUCAACUAUACACAUAAAGGAAACAACGGACUACUGCGUCAUAUGUAUGCGGAAGAUUAUCUCAAAAAGAGGAGCUCUAAUAAGCAUUUGCUUCCUGAACCCUGCAUUUUCCUAUGAUGCUGAAGGGUAUAAUCUAUCUAUUGGUGCAAAACAAGAUAUUCAAAAGGGUGUUGAAAAAUUAAAUUCCAUUGUAAACCUACCAGCAGUCCCUAAUUCAGGGUCCUCUCCAACCAUCCAGGGUUUGCCAGCAUUUGGGUAUAUCAGAGAUCAAGUCCCCAAAAAGAGCAGAAUGAGCAUAUCAUUAGAUACGGUCACACUGCGCAAACUGGACUCUGUGGCAUUCUGCAUGUGUGCUGCCCUGGGUAGGUUUGGCAAGCGUGAUUGGUGGUCAGGCUAGCUGACAUUCAUGCCAGGCUGACAUGCCCUUUUUUCCCAACGUUGAUGCCCCUUUGGGCAGCAAUUAAAUACACAUUUAAUGCAGGUUUCUUUAGGUUAUAAUAUUAUAAUACAAGGGAAAAUAUAUAUUUGUAUUAUGGUAUAGGAUUACUGUGUUCUCAUUAUAUAUGGUGCAGUAUUAAUCCUUGAUAUAUACUGCAUUUUUAAGAGACAGUAAACCCUUAUUAACGUGUUUGCAUUGAGAAUAUGCAAAAUACAUUGCCUUAUGGUCUGUUCCUAUUCAGUUGAUAGAUUUCCAGAUACUUUGGUGUUUUGUAUACAUCACUCACACGUACUUUUAAAUAACAUCAGUAUGUAUGAACGUCAAACGGUCACAGCAGAAUUCAACUGCUUUAGAAAUUUUAGUGACACCCUCAAGAGAAUUGUAAUAAGCUAAUCAAGAUUCGCUACAACAAAUUUCUAGUGCACUAACCAUGCAGAAUAUUAAAGGGACAAUAUAGGCACCCACACAACUUCAUCAUAAUGAAUUGAUCUGGGUGCAAUGUUCCACCCGUUGUUUUACUUCAUUGUUAUUUUUCUUUGUGAAUGGGCUUUUAAUUGUGUUGAAAUGGUGGAAUUUUUCAGUUAAGGAUUUCUUUUUUACAGUCAUGUUGUCCUACAUGCAUAUGUUGUUAAAUUCGCCAUCUACCCUAGAUCUUUAUGAAAUAUUUGGACCCAGUGACUAUAUUGUUUAUUACACAAAGGUAUGUUAGUUUUACCUAACCAUCUGAAAAAGAUGGUUGCUCUGCAAAACAGUGGCUUUAAAAAUUUUUAUUUUCAGACAUGCAUGGAACAUUUUUAACUUUUUUAUCAGUCAAACUUUUUAUAUGCUCAGUUAGAGAAUUAGUUUUCUAUGAAACAAGAAAAACAACAACAAAAUAUCACAAAUUAUGCCAAAGGUACAUCUAAAGAGCAGAUUAAUUUUAUGGCAAUUGUGUGCAUUUCUUAAAAGGACAUUCUAAGCCUCCUGAACACAACGCACUACAGUGGUUAUGGUGCUCGGACAUGCAUGACACUGUUCCACAGAGUCAGAUUGUUUUGGAAUGGUUUCAUACUUACCAGCGUUCUUAUGUAUGCAUGUGAUCUGGCCCAUUUCCACAGAUAUCAUGUAAGAGCAAGUUGUGCUUCAAAUUAGAUAUACAUUAUAUUAAUUUUAGCCAUAUUAUCAUUGAAUGCCUUGACUGAGCACCUCAGCUGAUGCUUAAAGCCAAUGAAUAGUUCCAGGAAAAUAUUGCUGUCCCUAAUGUGGAUGUAGGGACUACUGCUUUAUAGAUAUCUGUGAAAACAGGACAAGCCAAAGGAGCAAAGGGGACUCAAGUAAGUGUGAAACCUUUAAAAAGCAAUUGGACUCUUAACAGGCUGUAGUGGUUAUGGUGCUUAGAGUGUUUCUUUAAUUUGCAUUUCUUGAGAAGUGUUUUUUGAUGUACUUCACUAUAGCAGGUAUUUUUUCUUUAAAUUUGUAUCCUUUUAUUUAUAUCACUCUAACUGAUAAGCACACUUUAAAAAUAAUCGGCAAUCCCAAAAGCACGUGGAUGGCAGAUUUGGUUUUAGGCUGAUGCUCACAGCUUUAGCUGGCAAAAUCACCAGUGAAUACCCCCAAAAAACAAAAAACAAAACAACCUGAAACAUAUGUCCUCCAGGGAAAAGGAUGCCUUUUCUGCUGUAACCCACACUCAUACCAUGUGCAUGCCAUCCCACAAUGCACUGAGAGUGCCAUUUGGGUCAAAGGUCAGAUCCUCCAUUUUGAUGGCUGUCUUUGUUUUUUUUUUUCUGUACCAAUCAGCCUGACACCUUGUUCCUAGCAUUGUGUGCUGACACAUACAAUUAUUUAUGUGCACCCAUUGGCUAUUGCUCUCACACAAUAUAGUGAUAGAAUUAGGAUCACUGCAAAAUUUAAUUUUGUCAUGUUUGUCAUAAAGGGACAAAGUGGAUUUCCUGAAAAAAGAGAGUGUGCAUACUAGAGGAUCCUAGAGGCAAAAUUCACAUGCGUGGAAUAUCCUACCAGAAAUUAUAGAGACUGAGCAGUAAUCAAAAUCAAAUAUUAAAAAAAAAACCUGUAUUUUGCACAGAAAAUGGACAGAACAGGAUUAAACAUAAUGUGACCUUAGGCAGCUGCCUAGGACCCCGUGGCAUGUUAAUCCUUCUCUGGGAACGAGCAGACUUAGUUGGCCGACUAUCUGUCUGUACAAAUGUAUGUGAGUUGCUAAAUUCCCUUAAGUAUUUUGAUGGCUAAUGGCAACUAUACCUAGUUCUUUGUAUGUGUAAAAAAGGUUAAUAUUUAACCAGUUGUGGAAGACAUCAUGUGCUCCUGUUUGAUAUGAUGAAAUAAGGCCAGAGCCUGUUUUGUAAGGAAAGAUAAAUAAUCGUUGUAAGUCAGAGUACGGUUUAUUCUUUAAACCAACAAUUGUGGAGAACUAAAUAGGAAGUUGUGAAUUUGAGAACAAAAUACUUGAGCUAGAUAUUUUACAGAGUUUUAGAUUAUUACUUUUUAAAAAAAUGUAUUUUAAUUUUGGCUGCUUUGGCCUAAAAUUUAGAAAUUCCUUUGUGAGUUCUCCAAAAUCCACACUUUAGUGCAUAAACCCCACAAAUUGGGUCACCAAAUCUUAUUACCCAGAUUUCUGUGAUAGCAAUGGCCGAUACUGUUCUGUUACAGCAGUUUUACUCCGCACUUUGCUGAUACUCAUACAGGGUAGUUCACCAAAGUGAGAAUUCAAGGCGAAUUCAAAUUGACUUUGCCAUGUAAGGCCAGAGAAGUUGAAUGGAAAGCAUAGCUGAGUUAGAGAAUUCCUCCAUUUUGGCUAUUUUGACCGUACAAUUUAAAUUCACUUCGAAUUCACCUUAAAUUCUCACUUUAGUGAAUAAGCCUGAUAAGGUUAAAUCAUUUGCACACAUGUCUGGCCUUGUGGGAUAAAAUGAAUACAUAUAUACAAAAACAAAACAGAAAAAAAUAUUUUGUAUGUAGAACAACUUGUACUAUGAUAUGGUAAGUAAAUCCAUGGCCAGCACAGAUUCUUGUUGGGCAGAAUGUUGACAUUCUUUUUGGCCAAUUGAUUGACUUUAGUAGCGACUUCACCUUAUGCAGUUCUCUUCAUAUCUGAAUUUAAAUGUGCAAACUUCUUAUAAAUCUAGCUGUGCUCAUCAGCUUACAUGGCAUAUGCAUAGUGGGUAUACCGAGAUACAUCCUACACACACCAUGUUCGGAGCUACCAACAAGCUCGAACCUACCAUUACCAAUUCCAACAACAGGUAAGUGAGGAUUAGUUAAGAUGGCCCUUAUAUAUACUACCAUAGCCAAAAACCCUCCCCUACUUUCUCCUAGCCCACCCCAAACAUUACAUACGCUCCAUGCCUGUCUUCUAGCAAUGUCAAGGCCCAUUCCCCUUAGCCACGCUGCUCCAUGGGCUACAGUAAGCUUUGCAUUGAACUCAGCAGGAAAUCAGCCACAGAGUUCAACUGUCUUUCUUUUCCUUAUACAUGGACUUACAUAAAAUAAAAUGUGAAAUGAUACUUUGUUAAUUAAAAGGGGCAGUCUAAGCACCAUAUCAUCUACAUGCCAUUGUAGUGGUUAUGGUGCUUUUAGGAUGCUGACACAAACUGUUUAUGAAUGGUUUGAUCAAAAACUGAGAGGGACCAUCCUUCUAUUCGCCUGUUGCUAAUUCAGAAGGCCCACUUCUGCGUUUGCAAUAUUAUUUUGUAUCCGUACUUGGAUUGCAUUGAUUGACUGGGCCCAUCUGCACCAACUGCAUUCUAAUAGCAUCAUAAUUGUUAUUAAGCUGCCCCUUUAACGUAUGCCAACAAAAGGUGGAGCUGACAAACACCAGAUGCAAGACAGCCAUGGCUCCUAAAAAUAUUACAUUUUACUUCUAUCAUUCCUGAAUAUGUAAUUUGUGAAAUUGUGGGUUGACAUGUUUCCUAGCUCCUGAAAGAAAUGCAUAUAAAAAAAUAAGCAAAUGAAUGUAAAAAAAAAAAAAGAUACUCACAUUUGAAGUAUAUUUUGUAAAUCCUCCGGCUUCGUAAGUUAUGCAUUGAACUCUUCAGAGACCCAGAAGUGCCACAGCCAAUCGUGACACUUCCAUAAUAUCCUACGACAGAGCUGAGCUUACCCGGUAACUUAUUUUAAGCUUUUUAAUUCUUCAUAUAAAGCAUUUUUGUCUUUGAGUUACUCUUGUUUCUCCCUCUCUCCCUCUCUCUUUCUCUGUUCUGCUUCAAUUUCUUUUUCCAACAUGAUUACCUUUUGCUGAAAUACAUAGCUGCAGUGACACUCAAUAACUAUUUAUUGGUGGAUUGGAGAACAGGUGGAAAGGUUUUUUUAUGGUAUCUUUUACUUUAAAUAGGCAAGAGUGAUAAAACAUUAUAUUGCUGGCAAACGGACACCAGUAGCAGGUAUGUUCUUAUAUGACAUAUGUUUAUUUGAAAUAGGGUUGGUUUAAUUACUUUUGAACUAAGUCAUUUCUUCAGCUAUAUACAUAAGGCAGACAUAGCAUUAUAAUACACAUUAUAUGUUUAGUAGUCAUGGCAGCUGAAGCUCUCUAAAUGUUGGUGAGCAAUGCAUCAUGGUGUCUACUUCAGAUCUUUAGAACAUAAGGAUAGGUUGACUUUGUUAUUCCAUCUUGUCACAUGUUUAGUUUUUAGCACGUUUUCCUUGCAGUUAGUAUUUCAAUACUAAUUAUCGUGAUGUCUGUUGCAACAUAUAAUAUUCAGAAAAUGAUUGUCAAGCUUCUUCAGUCACACUUUUUCACACAGUCCACUCAAUCAUUGGACUGGCUGGAAGACUGAUGAAAAGUUUCAGGGGACACUCCAUACACCAUAAUAACCUGCAGCGAUUAUGGUGCCAGGAGUUCCCAAGAUGUUGCUCCGUGCCUCCUCUAUGGCCAGCAGAAAGCCAGAAAGCUUCUGCUUAGGAACUUCUGUUAGCCCUCCUGAGCAAGGUCUUGCAGUGCAGGGCUAGUUGAUUGGCUUAAAUGGUGAGCUGACUGCUCUCAGACAAUGACUGCUCUUAGCCUUAAACUGCCGGGCUUAGCUCAGAGAGAGAGCUUUUAGCUCUCUGUAGAGUCUGGUGGAGGCAGGGAGAAGCAUCCAGAGGACCACAGGUAAGAAGACUAACCAUUCUAAAACAAUUUGUCUUCUUACAUGGGGGAGAGGGUCAGAGCAUUAUGCAGUAUGGUUCCUUUAAAAGAGCUCCAGUGUACUUGCUAUUAAAUUCUGUACAUUUUGGGAUCAUUAAUAACAUUAUUCUUGGGGCACAAGUGUGAAGACAAGAACAGAAAGGCUGGGCAUAUGGAGUAAUACUAAAUAUUAUUUUUUUAAAUGACUUAGGAAAAAAAACAUGUAGAUGCAUUGAGUGCCUCUUAAAGAAACAUUAUAGUGUCAGGAAUACAAAUGUACUAUAGGUCCAAAUAGCCGUUUUGGUGACCAGCACCCCCUUGUCCCCUGUUAAAAGGGCGAUUUUACUCACCUUUUUCCAGCGCCACGUGGGUCCCUGUGGCUGGCUCUGUCUCCGUUCCGCCCGCUUGCCUGAGAUCAUAAAAUUUUCCCAUAGGAAAGCAUUGGGAGGCUAUUGUGCAUUCACGGCAAAACACAGUUCUGUGCCAUUCAGCAUCUCCUCAUAGGGAUGCAUUGAAUCAGUGCAUCACUAAGGGGCAUGUUCAGCGGCUCCAUGCAGACCGUGGAGACGUUGAACAUAGCACUGACCCAGGAAACAUCUGAGUGACUGAGUGAACACUAGAGGCGUUCCUAGGUGAUAAUGUAAACAAAACAUUUUCUCUACAAAAGGCAAUUUUGAUAUUACAAAGUCUGCAGGGACAGGCAGUUUGGCUAUUUUAAAUUAAAAUCUGAAAUUCACUUUGAGUUCUCAUUUAAGUGAAUAAAACUGUGGUACAUCUGUUUCUCUCAUUAACAGUUACAGGUUAAAGUUUACACAUUGGAGAUACUGUCUCUGCUUGUGUCUGUUUGUCCAGUCCUCCACACGCCCUGAAUUCUCAGAGACUUAUUUUUAAUAGAAAUAUUAUGUUAGAAGUGGAAUUUUUUAGUCUCUCAGUUGGAUAACCUGUGGUCUUUGGCCUUAGUUUGGUUUUAGGCUAGAACUCCAAACCUUGUGCACAUGUGCAUCCAGCCCUGCCCAGUCGUUGCACGCUGUGUAUCAAAACCCAAGGCUGCUAAGCAAAUACUUGUUUUAAUGUCACUGUGUCACUAUGUCAAAAGUGACAGGCAUUACAUUUAAAGGCACAUAACACCUUUUUAAAGCUUACUAUGUUAUAAAAAUAAAUUCACUCCACCAUCACUCCCAUACAUAUCCCUUGUAUCGGGCACAGUACAGAGAGUUUUCAUGGUUGUAUUUGUUUUAUUGAAGAGAGUUCUUGAGAUGUUUAUUACCAGGAGUGUAAUUAUAGUGCUGCUUUACUGCUGGUGAAAACUGAAGCAGUGGGGUGAGAUAGGCUGUUAGGAGUAAGUAUAGAACAUUGCAAGGCAGCAAUUUUGUGUCCAGGCCAAUGCCAGCCCCCUAUGAUCAUCGGGAAGCAGUCAUGAAUGAGUGCUUGGGCAUCUGCUUCAAAAUAUAAUGCGAGUGAUUACAAAUACAUAUUUGUUAAAUAGUGACUCCAUAUUUUUGUAAUGAAUAUUUAAAAAAAAAUUUAGAUUGCCCUGCUGGGCAUUAGUCAUUUGGUCUCACCCACUUUAUAAUUAAGAAAACCCUUCCCUUGCUGGUUUCCACGCUCUGUCCGACAUCACUGCUUUUCCCGUAAGGUCCAACCAGAUGCUUCUCAUUGAGCAUUUUACGCUCGGGCCCAGGGAGAAAGUGGGGGGACAAGGGAGGGAGGAUAUAAUAAUAAUUAAUAAUAAUUAUUAAAGGACAAGUAUUAAGAAAUGUAGGAUGGCAGGGAGGGCUGAAAUAAGGGAGUGAGGAGAGGACAUUGAACACUGGUGACAGAGGUAAUUUUUUUUCACAGAGUUCCGGGCUGCCUAAUUCACAUGUGCUAGGGGUGUAAUUAGCCCCCUGAACAAAAGUGCAUUCUCUGUAUGUGUAACAUUAACAAGCAGAAGUGCUGCACAUACAGAUUCCUACCACCAUUGCCAUUUCCAAGAGCAGAGUGAGGUCAUGGUGGUUGAAGUAAUCCUUUAAAUAUAGGGAAGAGAACAUAAUAUUAAACAUCCUGGGGUGUGACAGUUCCCAUUUAAUCUCUAUAACUUUCAAUAAAGACUAAUUGGCAAAAUUGAAGUUGGCAUCCUGUGUUCAGACAGACAGACUAUAGAUGGACAGAUAAAUAGAUAGUGACACUCCAAUAGUCUGAGACAUUCCUAUGUGAUAUGGACAGGCUAUAUAUGAGCAUAUCUGGCUGGCUGAGGGUAAUUACCAUUGUGUUAAAAAUUUAUAUAAAUGUUUAUUAUAGAGACACCACAUACAAGAUGAGCACGUAAUGCCCCUGCAUAGAAUAAUGUGCAGUGAGAUUGUAUGUCCAUGCACCCUCUUAACUUACAAAAUGCAGAUGUAUUCAUAUAAGCAGUAUAUGUGAGAUGUAGAGGAGUUGUUCACGUUGUGUUUGUAUAAUGUUUUAGUAAUUUUACUCCACGCUAAGCCUUCACAGUGAUCAGGUGACAUAUUAAAGGCUUGCUUGUUAUAAUUUGUGGCUUUGUUACAGCCGCAGCUGUUUAGCUUAUUGCUCUGUCACCAGAAGUUAUCUGUGUUAUUAAAAUAGAGAUGUUUAUCUGUUUGGCUGGUAUUUGUCCUUUUGUCCAAAAUGACAUAACAAUGUAGCAAACAAUUGUAAUUAUCUGUGCAACGUAAGCUAAUAGUGAGAGGCUCAUUUAGGAACAAGCAAGGUGUGUGAUUUUUUUUUCCUGUUUGAAAUCUUCCUUUCUUAGUUAAAAGAAGACACCUCCUGUGGUCAUGCUAAGCCAGAGAACAAAAUCAUGUUGGCAAGUUCAUCUGGGAGGCCCGUAGCUGUGCCCUGAUUUGUGUUCUGCCCUUGCAGGUAGACUAGGCACCUGGCACUGUAUCCAGCUGUUUCUAUUCUAUCAUAAACUGUUUUGCAGAGAAGUGCCUUAGUUUGACUCCUAGUCAUGGUCUGGGAACAAGCUUUACUUUAGUCCCAUUGAUGAAUCUAGUCUAUCUUGCUCACAGUAUCAUAUAAAUAAAAGUGUGAAGCAUACAUGUACAAAAUACUCUACAUUUUCUUCCUAGACUUAUACAUGAUACAUAAGAGCCCUAUGACAUCGUUAUAUAAAAUGUUAGCCCUACAGAUAAUUUUUAGAGCAGAACAAAUGUAUCCAAAUGAGUUAUAAAGACUCUAAGCUAGCUUGAUGAGUGAUCUCAUCCCUCAUCUUCCAAUUUGGCUUCAUUUGUCAGCUUUUUUUGUUUUGUUUCUACAUCAAGCAACCUUGUGCAAAGAAAUAAAAGAGGUUCAGUGACGGUGAUCUUGCUAAUUGGACCCUUAGACAGGAUGAUUCACAGUUGAAGUGGGAAUUGUCGUGGAUUUCAAAUGUUAGGCCAAAGUAAAUGAAUUGGAAAAUAAAUUCCCAAACCUCAAUGCUUUCAGUUCAGCUAUUUUAUUUUCGGUCUAAAAUGUGAAAUUCACAGUUACUACUACUAAGAGUAUAGAAAAUGAACAAUAAAAAGAAGCAGUUAUGUGAAGUAAUUCUGUGGAACAGGGGGAGACAUUUUAAAUGAAGUGGUUGGAAGGUGCAGUGAGAACAGCUAUUUCAGCUAGGAGGGGAUACAUAAUAAGGAAUAAUAGAAUAUAGCUUUAGGGCUUGUUAACGUGUAGAAGUAUAAGGCAUGAUUAUAUAAGUUGUAUUGUGCGACUACUACAACCCUUUAGAAAGCUACUGGUAGAGCACGUUUUUAAUACGUUGAGAAUAUUUGUUGGGUUUUUGGAGAGCGUUUUCAUAAUGUAGAUACUGCUAUUCAUGCUCUGGAACCUUACGGUGGUUUAUACAGCAGGGAGAGAACAAGUUCCCACAUGUCCAUAUCUGAAACAGUAAACAUUAAUCAGUGCUUGUCCCGGACAUCGUCGAUUAACACAUUGACUUAGCACGACCACAGGAGGACAGAGGUGUGGCUGGGAGGGUUACAAGAAUAUGAAUAGGGUGAUCUUAAAUACAAAUCCAGUGCUGGAUAUUCAUUAUUUUUUUUUAUCUUGACACACUCUCAAUAUAUUUAAGUUAGUUUUUAUACGGAUUUCAAGAGUUCUAAUGAUUUUACUUGUCCUCUUCUCUGUUAUAAUUCUAUCCCAAUUACUUCUCUGUUAUAAUUCUAUCCCAAUUAAUGAUGCAAUUACAUGUAUAAAUCCAUUUUCUAACUGUGUUAUUUUAAUAUGUGAGUAAUAGAUGGUUUUUGUGCUCUGGUAGUACGCAUUGCAUCAUUUACUGAUGUAACAAUGUUGAGUAUUGGAAUAUACCAUAAAUCUGAUAUGGUCGAGGCUUUAUUUUUGUAUGUCUCUUGGGACAAGAUCUGUUUCAUUAAUCAUCUGUCUGUUAGUGGCCAUUUUUAUAUAGCUUUUUUUGUUUUGGAAUGACACAUUUAUUGACACGUUUAUUCAGUUAAUAUAAGGAAUUUUAAAGAAUCGAAUAAGGAAUUGUACUUUUCUUUUUUUUUUAUUUAUUCCAAGGCAUGACACCACAUGAAAUCAUACAUUACAACAGGGUUAUAAAUAUUAUUCUAAAGACAUAUCCAUAUUCACACGAGGUGAACAAGCGUGCGUUUUUAUAGAAACAAACUUCAAUAUAGUGCAGCAGACCGUUGUGUGUCAGCUGCUGUAAUCCGUACAUCAGUGGUGCCCUGCUGGGUUUUUUGAUAAAGGGUAAAACAGUGAGAAUCUGAUCAACCAUUGUGAGCAGGACCCUGACAUCCAGUGCCUAGGUUUGUCGACCUAUAUAGUGCUCUGGUGAGAUCGUAGCAAUCAAGGUAUCUAGCUCAGCUUUUAGUGUCACCAGUGUUACAUUACCAGUUUAAAGUUAUUUCCUCCUGUGUCUCAUCAUAUGAAAGGUAAUGCCCUCGCAAUUGUUAUGGUAGAAAUGUAAGUGUUGGUCAGAGGGAAUUGUACUUUUCUUGCCAAAAUAACUGAGCUGGAAAAUUCAUUUUAAGUUUUCAAAUUUUCCCAAAUAAGCAAAUUCUAUUGAAAUUCCAACACAGUCUAAAUAUAUCAUAAGACAAAAUAUAGACUACUUUGUAUUUAUUUUAUCUCCACUUAACAAAUCUUGACAGAAGGUGGGGCUUCUGCCGUCUAGUUUUGUCACUUCCUCCAGCCAUCACAAACUCCAGCUGUGAGAAUAGGGCAUUGUCAUUGCACCACAAUAUCUAUGGAGGCUCUUGUGGUCUUGCCGGAUUCACCAUAGACAUCAGUUUUAUAUUCUCACCCAUGUGCAAAAAUUAAAGCACCGAUGCCUGUGGUAAGCAUAGCUUAGUUCUACUUCAACCCAGGCCACCUCACACCAAGUGGUGAUGUCACUUGGGACAGAGUCACUUAAAAUAUGUGUCUCUGUCUCGAUAAACUGAAAAUUGUCAGGAAUUGACCAGGGAAUUGUACAUUUCAGGCCAAAUUUUAUUUUUCAAGCCCGGCAACUUUAUCCUAAAAUGUGCAAUUUUUUAGUCAUUAUUUGAAAGCUCCCGGUUUCGUGGAUACACUUGACAGUGUUGGCAUAGAUCAGUGGACAGACUGGAUAUCAUAUCUGUGCCAAGCUGCUGUUGAAUGAGGCGAGUAAAUUUAGAGUUUUCUUAAUCAUGGUUGAAAAAGUCAAAGAUGUCACAGGUCAUCUACUUGGAACAUGUUAAAGUAUUUUGAGUUACCUGAUUCUAGAUCAAAGCCAGAACCGUGGGAGGAAGUGGGGGAGUCUUGAUUCCGACAAGUAAAAGAGACAUGAGUAGAAGGGGACAAACAUGCCAGAUAUUAUUCAAAGAGCAGUCACUGGCAGUGCCAUCCCUAGUGACUUAAAUAAGUUAUGGCAUCAUUGAAUGUGUAUAAUAGAACACGUAUAUACCACAUCAGCCUUCAUUCCAUCAUAUUGCUAAUGAAAUAUUAGAGUAUAUAAUGCUAACACAUUAUACAGAUAAGAACAAUAAGCAACAAUGUAUAUUGUGGGAUAGCUUUGUGGUUAGUGCUCUAGUUGCGGUAUCAUGGGUUCAAUUCCUGGCAAGGGAAUUCUUGUGUUAAAAUGAGUAGCAAUGAGUAUAUUAAUGUUAUCAUUCUAUACUACUGGACUUAAGUAGCUAAAAAAUUGUAUCCUGUUUUGAUGGUUUAGUGUGUUGAUAUUUUUACGUAAUCCAGAUACCAACUUUUCCUCCAUGCCAUUAUUCCUUCAGAAACUUUAAUGACCCUAUCUAAGAGCUCUGGAUACCCAGUAAUAUGUAACUACCUGCACUAGAUGUCAUCUUUCUGUUCUUGCUGCCUCAUGACACAAGCCUUUUUCCACCACCCAUAUUCCAGGCUUAUAGUGCCCCUAUUCUUAUUGCUUAUAGUUCCAUAAGUGGUUCAAUGAAUGCCAGGAGAAUCAAACACAUGUCAUGACCUAAUCAUUUUACAGGGCAAAUCCUGGAUACAAAAACACCUGGGUGCAGACAUUUUUUUGAUGCCCUCAGAUGGGUGUCAUCUUACUCACUCCUCCCCUUUUUGUAUGUCUAAUUUCUAUGGCAAAAAGACCACCUUUCCAUCUCUAUAAGCCCUACCCUUUUUUUAUAAUCAGACACACACACUCUCACUGACAGACACACACACACACACUGAUUUGACACAUCGACAGACACAUACUCACUGACAGAUACACUGGCGCACAAUCUCAUUGACAGACACACACUCUCAUUUAUUUGAAACACGCUGACUGGCAGACACACUCACUGAAAGAAACACACUCUGACAGUCACACAAUCUCACUGACAUAAACACAUAGACAUACACUCACUGACAGAUACACUGACGCACAAUCUCGUUGACAGACACACACUCCCACUGAUGUGAAACAAACUCACUGAUAGACACACUCACUAAAAGAAACACACACUGGCACUGACAGACACAUGCACUGAUACUGACAGACACACACUCUCUCACAGAUACACACACAUUGACAGACACACUAACAGAAACACAAUCUCACAGAUUUGACAGUCACACACUGACAGACACAUACUCUCAAUGACAGAAACACUCUCACUGAUUUAAAACACACUAACUGACAGACAAAAUACUGACAGAAACAAUCUCACUGAUUUGACUGUCACACUGACGGACACACACACACUCUCAAUGACAGACACACUGUCACGUCUACUAGAGUGGUCCAGCAGGCAGAAACUAUGUAAACAUAUACAUAGGCAAGAAAAGGAAAAUAAAAGGACAGAGCGUAAACCGGACCUUAGAAUGGCCGGACUAAUAUGCUAGAGACAGAGAAUGGUCAAAGGGAAAGCUGAGGUCAAGGAAGCCAGAAAAUACACAAUACCUUUUACACAAGACAAGUCAGGGAAACCAGAAUUCAGAAUAACCAGGGAAAAGCCAAGAUCAGGAUACCAGGGAAUCAGAUUCACAAAGAUAAAGCACUCUCAGGAAACCAGGAACAGGAAACCACGACAGGGCAAGGGACUGGGGUGAGCUAGGGAUUUAAAUAUCCCUCUCUAAGAUCUGAUUGGUCAGAGGGCGACCUCUGACCCCAAAACGUGCGUGCGCGUUGACGUCGUGACAUCACACGCACGUCAGUAUAAACUUUGGGGGCGGAGCUAUGUUUAGGCGCGACCACGCGGGCAGCGCCAUUUUGGAUCCCGGCGCAACGGCCGGAGGAUGCGGGGAAGCGGCUGUCAGCUUGCCGACGAGCAGGUAAGCUCGUGCUGUCGACGAGGCUGUGCCGAUUGGGCACAUCUGUGCCACGCGGCGGGCCAGCAGCCGCGACACACACACUUUCACUGAUUUGAAACACACUUACUGACAGACACACACACACACACACUGAGAGACACACACAGACAUUGAGAGACAUAUUCACACAUUUACACAUUCUUGCACACACACUCACAAAUUAAUUUUAUUUCUUGUGGUUUUAUUUUUUUAGGCUCAUUCAGCCUCCCUGCCUUUUGGAGAGCUGGUGAGUCUUCUCCCCCUUGGGUCCUGUAGCUGCUGUAAUCUUCAAGUUUCUCACUGCUCCCUCGUGCGUUAUUUAGUGUUGCUGGGGCCAGAGUGACGUCAUGUUCCAACUUCCAUCAUCACUGCAGUGCGCGCAUCACCACAGGGAAACAGAAGAACAUCAGGGCUCCCUCACCACUGCCUACCUUCUUUCUCCUGAACCCUGGUAUAUAUUGCCCAAGUAGACACCUUCCAUCCAGGUAAGCAGUUGCCUACUUUGCCUUAGUGAAUAACUGCCCACUUUGGGUGGCACUCUAAGCUGGCUACCACCUGGGCCCCCUAUGACUGGCUUUUGGCUUGCUCCUCUAUGCACCCCCUCUUCUGGCACCUGACAGAGCUGAGCCAUAUGUGCCUACCUAGAAUCAGCCCCGUCAAUCUAAACAUCGCUGUCCUUUUGAACCAAUGAUAUAAUAGUUUCUCAUUACAAACCAUCCAAAAUGCAAUGUUCCACACUUUUAAAGAAACCCCAACUGUACAAAGCUGCUAAUGUAAAAUAAACAGGACAUUCAGUAUUAGCAUAUCUGUCUUUAUAUUGUAAUCCUUAAAGGGACACUAUAGUCAGCAGAACAACUUUAUCUUAAUAAAGCAGUUUUGAUGUGUAGAUCAUGCCCCUGCAGUCUCAUUGCUCAAUUCCCUGCAAUUUAGGAGUUAAAUCACUUGUUUAUACAAUCCUAGUCACACCUCCCUGCAUGUGACUUGCACAGCCUUCCUAAACACUUCCUGUAAAGAGUCAUCUACUGUUUACACUUCCUUUAUUUUAAAUUCUGUUUAACUUAGAAUUUCUCAUCUCCAGCUCUGUUACUAGCUUGCUAGAUCCAGCAGGAGCCUCUUGUAUGUAGUUAAAAUUAAAUUUACAAAGUAGGAGAUAAAAACUUUUAAAGUUAGUUGCAAUCGGAUUGAAAAUGAAACUAUUUUGUUUUCAUGCAGGCUGUGUCAAUCACAGCCAGGGGAGGUGUGGCUAGGGCUGCAUAAACAGAAACAAAAGUGAUUUAACUCCUAAAUGGCAGAUAACUGAGUAGUAAAACUACAGAGGCAUUAUAUAUACAUCCAAACUGCUUCAUUAACCUAAAGUUGGUUUGGUGACUAUAGUGUCCCUUUAAAGGGAAAUAGAUGUGGUCCAUAAAGGGAUUUAGAUUUCCAUAUCUACCUUCCUUCAAUGAACUGGAAUCUUUCCUUGAAGAAUGGUGCCUGCUAUCCCUUACAAUACACUCCAUGAAUGGCUCUAUGACAGUAACUAUAUUGCUCUGGUGUUACUGUUAUUUUGUCUAUGCUCUGCAAGUCAUAGCUCAUUUGUAUUGUCAGGUAUGUUUAUGUUUAUACCAAACUUUGUUACUUACUACUGAUAAUUGAACUAUUGGAAAUUCAAAGGUCUUAUUUAUAUACAAACACAUAUACUGUAUUUAUCCAGACAGAUAGAGAGGAAAAUGGAGAGAGAGAGACACACACACACUUGUGUGUGGAAGACAGUAUAUAUAUUUCCAUAUAUACUGUUGGCUGCUGUAAGUGUACAUUAUACUCUAUACUCUGGUUACAGUGCGUCAUCAGUGGUUCGGGGGGUUUCUUUCUCUUCCCUCAGCCUGCGUCCUAUAAAUAAAGAAUGGGGUCAGGACUAAGAGCUCACAUUCCACUCCCCACCCACCUACAGGCACACCGGGGUUAAAUCAGGUCACAGUGUCUGUGACUGAGAUGGGAGGGGGGGGGGGGGUUUAGGAGGGCUGCACAGAGGAUAUGUACUAACUUAUGAACACAAACAUAUAGACAUCUAUUAAUAUCUCCCUAAAUUUAUCUCAGCUGCUAGUUUUGUCACUGGCACAGUUCCCAUCCUAUAUUUAUAUUUUAUUUAGAUUGCUUGCACCCGGUAUCCAGUAUCCAAUCGCUUUCUUUGCCCUUGUCACCCCCAUAUCCCUCCCAACACAUUGUAAACUCCCUUUACUUGUGUGUGUUUGUUUGGGAAGAUACAGACUGCACAUCUGACAAUCACUCUCAUUUUCUGGAUACAUUGAUCUCUUCUGGAUGAGCUGAGAUGUAAAAUCUAUUAAACAGGCACUCUUUAACUUUCUGUUCUUUUCACUGUACCUUGCUAGCAAUUUUUCUUUGUUGUUUAUUCAAUAGUAUUGUAUACCCGUUAUACAGUUGUGCGUUAGACAUUGGCUUUCAAAUCAUCCAUAUUAUAUUUUACCAUCUUUUAUAGCGCACAACUUUAAAUAAAAUCUGUUUAUGUCGACAACUAUCUCCUCUUUUAUUGUCUUCUGCUUUGAAAGCUUCUUAGCCCUUCCAGUCUUCCCAGAUUCACUGUGUUUUCCUGCAUAUGUAUCAUUUCUUUAUACUGAUGGAAAUUCAUUUAGAAAUCCUGACAAUUCACGCGUUCGUAAAUAACCUUGUUGUAGAUCCUUGACCCGGUAUCCCCAGGCAUUUUAAACUUGUCUUGUAACUUGAUCCGUAAAAAGUUCACAAUGUCUUAGUCCAAUAUGGGUUAAAUGGAUACCUAUUAAUGUUAUUCAUUGAGCUUCAAACUUACAACUUCAAAUCGGAAUAGCAAAAUACAGGCUAAAAUAGCUGAUGUAGAAAAGUGUUGUAAUAUGACUAUAGUCACAGUUUGGCUAUUUGAGCAUACAUUUUGCUGUUUAGAUUUUACUUUGCUACACUACAGAGUUAUUGAAUAACCCUAAGUACAGGGUUUAUGAAUAUUUCUAAAUACAUUUGUUAAAAUGCAUAUUAUCUGUGUUUAACAUUUGAGUAUGUUUUUCAAAAUUUUAAGAGUUCAUUUUAUUUCUCCAUAAAGUCUUUGAAUUUUAAAUCUGAAUCCAUAAGCGUUCCCCUGAGAUCCUCAUAGAAGCUAUGGAAAGAGUGGCUCUUUGAAUUACUAUCCUGCUGAAAUAUAAAACUUUUUUAUAUAACUGUUAGGCACUCCCCUUCCAAUCUCAUCCAACCGUCUGCAUUCCUCAGGAAACUCUGCGGCUCUGUUCAUGUCAUUUCCUUUGCUGUGGUCAUUGUAAAGACUCACACUGUAACGGAUCACCAAAGUCAGAAAUGUCAGGAAUUCAAACAUAAUUCAAAGUCAAAUUCAAUUGUAAGGCCAAAGUAGCCAAACCUGAAGCUUAGCUAACUUAGAGAAUUUUUCCAGUUCAGCUAUUUUGGUCUUUAAUUUUAAAUUAACAUUAAAUUCUUGACAAUUCUCUCUUUAGUGAAUAAUCCUGUUAAAGGAAAACCAUGAGGUAUAAUGCACUUUUUGUCUUUUUAGUGCAUUAUAAAUGCGAUGCAAUGCUUUAAAAGCAACAAAAUACAUUUAAAAGUAAAAAAUAAAAAGUUUACUCACCUUGAUAGGCUUACUCGAUGCAUUGCUUAGUAAAUCUGUCUGCCAAUCCAGGUAGACACUUCCGCACCAGGAAGAAACUUGUAUCCCACAAAUCUCUGAAUGGAAUAAGUAGUUUAUCCACAAAGACCAGUUUCAUUCAUCACUUAGAAUAAGUGGACCUGCUUUGUUAACUGGUAUGUGCUGUACUGAGGGUGCUCUUAGUUGACAUUUAGCCCGUUUCACUGUUUAGGCCAGGGGUAGGCAACCUUCAGCACUCCAGAUGGUGUGGACUACAUCUCCCAUAAUGCUCUUACAACCAUGAUGCUGACAAAGAUGUAGUCCACAACAUCUGGAGUGCCCAAGGUUGCCCACUCCAGGUUUAGCCAGUCUGUUUCUUGGCUGUCUUUUCUCCCAGGAGACACAAUACCUGGACAAAAUCGAUAUAGUCAGACCAAAACUCUCGAUCUGAGCUGGAUAAUUGACAUGUUGAAUCUGACAAUGUUUCUUUCUGAAAAGAUGUGAAGACUGAGUCAUUCCGCUUUGACCACAUCAGUGAGCUGAAUUGGUUAUAGUGCUUAGAGUAAGCCUUUAAAAGAUCUUUAGCUGCAGUCAGAUAUGGUUAUUGCAUGGUGGAGCUUGUAUUCAUCAAAUCCUUAAUCUCUAAUGGCAUUACUAGGGCAGAGGAAACCUGUUGAUUUAAACAUUCUCCUCUGUGGCAAGUAAUGAAACCAGUCUGUGUAAAAUACACUGCAAUCCUGCAUUGAGAUCAUACAUGUUAUCUUUCACAUUUAUACAGCUAUGUGUAUUAUGUACUUAAUAUACACUUAGUGUAAGACGGAGCCCAGGAUAUAAAGACCCCAUAGCAUUUUACUUAAUAUGAAGUUGUAAUAAGGGUUGUUCUGUCCAUUUAACUACUUAGGCCUUGAUUUAAAGGGACACUAAAGGCACCCAGACCACUUCAUUUCAAAUACGUUAAUUGGGUGCAAUGUCUGCCUGUUCAAGCCUGCAGUAUUAAACAUUCAAUUCUUUCAGAACUGCAAUGUUUGCAUUGCAGGUUUAACAUGCCUCUAAUCACUGUCUUCCUGACAGCCACUAGAGGGACUUCCUCUGCUAUAUACAAGUACUUUCGUAGAGCAGCAUUUGAUUGGUGCUGCCUGGCGUCUUGCCACACAUUUGCACUAGCUUCUCUAUGGGGUAGCAUUGGAUUAGCUGAGAUUAUAAACAUUGAUGAUCUCAGCCAAAGAGAUGGAGCAACGACAGCGAGGACAGCAUGGCGUGGACUGAAAGGUAGGUAAUAGUCACCUUUCAAACACUCAAAUGGUGAGUGGCUAGGUAACAGGACUCCAAUAGCGUUAGGAAUACAUGUUUGUAUUACUAACGCAAAAAUAUUCCUUUAAUAUUUUUGGAUAAGAUUUCCAAUAAUUAAAUAUUUUCAGAUAAACUUUUCAAAUUAUUUAUCUGAGAAAGUCACUGUAAAGUCUACGGAAUGUUUGUAGGUAAAUAACUUGAAAAGUUUUUCUAACAGAUUGUGAUUAUUUGAAAGGCUUAUACAAAGGAAUUAAAUCGAGGUCUUAGUCUCUCAAGGAAGAACAUUCCAGGAAUUCACAAUUUUCCGAAAAUUACGGAUACGUGACACAGUAAGCCUCACUUCUUGUAAUUAGAAGUACAUACUAUUAUAGAUAAUCUUAGUAAUACAUUCUCUUGGAUACAAGUUAUGUGUGUUCAAAAUAGGGUUACCAUGUGUUUAAUUAAAAGAUCAAAUGGGUUUCCAACAAUGCCGAUUUUUAAAUAGUAAAGAGAUUUAAUAGUAUGUAAAUCUUUCAAGGUAUUUAAGAAACACACACUAAAGGUUGGCAUGACAGAGCUUCAGCAGUACACAUGCUGUAUCAGUGUUCACUAACUAUGGCACCCCAGAUGUCUCAUGGGCAAUGCAAUUCAAAACCAAUCUUUUUUUUUUUCAGUUGUCAAUGUUCUGGACAGAUGCUCAGUUUAAUGCCUAGCACAUAUUGAACUUAAAUAGUUACUGGUCAGGUACAUGGACACAAUGAGUCACGAGUGAUUAUGUUGGAUUCACAUAAUUGGCGAUUUUGGUGACGCUUGGUUUUCCGGAUUCAGUAGGAUUUUUUUUUUUUUAUCAGAUAACUGACUCCUCUUGUCAAACAGAAAACAUGAGGGCUCGGUGGGAGGAAAAGGGUCAGGGUAAGUUCAGGGGCGCGCAAGCACAGGUUUCACAAUCCCAUGCUGUUGUGUCAGUCGUUGGGACACUGCGUUCUUGCGUUGAGAGUGACAUCACUGUCAUAGUGUUUACGAACGACUGCAGAACAGGCGUGAUUAUUGUAAUUGCCUUUUAAAAUGACUCUGAUCAUAUGGAGUGUUGUUAAUAAUUCCAUCUAUUACAUAAUAAUUCCACCUAUUACAUAGAUAUAAUAGUUCCACUUAACAUAAAACAACAAAAACCAUCAGCAUGAUUAUAGUAAGUGUCUGGAACACUUGCUGUCCAUAAUUCUAUUGAUCUAUUGUUCAUAAUUCUACCCAUUUUGUUCAAUUUUACCGAUCUAUUUGUCUUACCAAAUAUAUGGUGCAUUGCUUGUUAGUAAAAGUUUAUGGAACUCUAUACUUACAAUCCAUAAACACCAUUUCACAAAUUGGCAAAAUUGAUUCGCUUUAAGUGACAUUAGCAUUGGAAGCUGGCAUAUAUGAAUACUUUGCAAAUAAAUACAUAAACAUAUGCACGCAUUAUCCUAUUUAAAUACAUCCAAUUUAUUUUUAGAACUAUUCUGGGUAGAUAUGUCUGUGAUGAGUCUUACUGUUCUAUAAUAACAUGUACCAGGGCUUCUCUUAACAGAUCUGUAUAAAGGAUUUUUAAAGCACCUAUUAUCAUCGUAGCAUUGAUCUGUACAACUACUGGCUAAUCAUUCUGUCUCUGUGACACAUGGUACUAUAAUUUCCCUGUAGUCUUGUGACAUUUUAGCACAGUUACAGCCAAAAAGUAGAACUUCAGCUGUUCUAGAACUUGGUGGCAAAUUGUUCUGGGAGUUGGGUUGAGAUUCCACCACUCCACAUAGGCAGAGAAAAUAAUACGUAAUAUUUGAAUAACACUAGUGCUUUGAAUGUGGGAGAGUCAUAUUAAUUUUCCACUAGGCCAGUGAGAAAGCUAAUGCAUCAUCAGUAGAAUCUGUUCAACCCUUGGGUCGCAGGUUUGAAUCCUGGCAGGGUUGAAUCAGCCCUUCAUCCUUCUGAGUUAGAUAAAAUGAGUAACAACCCCUGGAUGUUGGGCUAAAGUAACAUUCCCAGGACGUACUUGAAAACCAGAGUAAUCUGAAUGUGCGUUUCCUGGUUAAAUACUUUGUUAUUAUUAUAUAACUGGGCUGCUCCAGCGAUUCAGUUUUCGAGUGAUGACAUGCUAUGUUCUUAAUUUCAUCUUUUUAUGCCUAAUUUUUGUAUUUUCUUCCACAAUACAUGGUUCCUUUGGCUGUGUAUUUCAUCCUAAACACACAAGGUGUCACUUAAAUCAGCACAAGCAUUGUCUCCAUGUCUAACAUGUAAAGGAGUCAAGCGCCCACCCACUCAGCAGUUGGAUGAACAAACUCUCCAUCCCCUCAGGCAAGUUGAAAUAAAUCAGUUACUGCCACUGACUAGCACAAUGUAUAACUCAAGCUGUACUCUAUGUACAGUGAUAUCAAUCCACAUUUCUCAUGAAAAGCGCACUUUAAGUAUGGAAUGCCAACGUCAACGCCAUAAAAAGAGCAAUCACAGUUUUAAAAGAAUGAACAAAAAUAAUGCCAUAAUAAACUAUUAUAUUCGAAAGACCUUCAAAGUAACAAUGCAAUCAUGUUUAUGGUGCAUACAGUGCUGACACACAAAAAUACAUACGCACUCGCACACACAAAUACACACGCACUCACACACAAAUACACACACACACACAUAGUAUAAUACAUGAUGUAUUGCUGAAUUAGCCAUUUAUGCAAACUGAAUAGUUCUGGGAAAUCUAUACAAAUUGUUUUUCAGUUGAGAAUUUGUUUUCUUAUUUUUCAGUUUGUAUUUUUUUAACAGGAGGGCAAAGUCUAAACGUACCUCCCCCAUUUCACACACACAGACACGGAUAAAAAAACAACACAGUUGUAACAGAUUCACGUGCAUAAAACCCCACACAGAGUUACAUGUCUACUCUUAAUAAACAGAUUGCAACAGAAAAUCACUCAUGGAAAUGUACCUGUUUUAUUCACCUUCCCUCCUUUACCUUUUUAACCCAUUCAGGACCAAAGGUAGGCAAAUCUCUUGCUAUUGUGGCAGUCCUGAUAUAGCAUUGGUCCUAAAAGGGGUUAAGGGAGUGUGUAUGUACCUAUCCCUCCCUCAGUUUGCACAACUUAUCUGUUUAUUUUCAGGGAGCAGGAAAGAGCAGGAGGUGGAGAGAGGUUAGAUAUUAAGUUCACUCAGACAUAGCCAUGUUAAAGGGACCUUAUAGGUUCACAACAAACAGACAUUAUAUUAAAGUAUACAGAUUAAAGAGUAGUGCACACAUAAAAAUAUAGUCGCUACUUAUUCCCUUUUUUCUUUAUUAUAUUAAAUUAGACAUUAAGCAACCCAUGUGCGUUUUACAUGACAAUGUUAAAAAGCAGCUUAGCUAUUGAUGUUUGUUUUUGAUAUAGCAACCUAUUAUCCAUAAUGCUUCCAACCAGGGACAAUUGUGCUUAUAUAAGGCUGCCAUAAGGCUGGUAUAUGAUUGAUCCACUAUACAGUGUCUCCUGCAGAAUUAUUUGAUCUGUCUCAUACUUCUCUUUGCCAGUUUAUAAUAUCUGUUAGUCUGUUAGUCCACCCAUUGUACAGCGCUACGGAACUUGUUGGUGCUUUAUAAAUAAUAAUAAUAUAGAUUAAACAUAUUUUCUGUUUUUGUUGGAAUGCAUUAACUUGGCUGUCCCCAAGUUUAAAGGGUAAUCCAGAUGUGGAUCCCAUGCUCACUGUGCCUAGAGUGGUAUUAGCUACACCUCGCUGACGAGGCCCCGAGAAGGCUAAAACAGGUUUGCUGUAGCUCUUGUUCAGAGAGUAUUUGCUGGCAUUUUCGUUCUGGACUGCCCUUAUGGGUGGGUUCAGUCUGAAAUGCCUUGGAACUGGUUCUCUCUGUAAUGGCACAAGUGAACAAAAAGUAUUUUGAGACCUGAGCGGGAAGUUACUGAAGUACAAGCUAAUGAACUUCUCUAAGCUUUUGUCCGUUCUCAGAUUUCUCUCAUUCUCUGUUUUUGUUGCAAUUUAUAAUAUAAAUUAUUUGUCUGUAGGUUGUGUAAAUUCUGUAUUAAACAUGUCUCAUGCAGUGCACAAUUUGCUUUAUAUUUAAACUGUAACUUGGUAAAUUGCAGUUUACUGUUACCCCCUACUUUCUGCUUCCCUUAACUAAUGUGCCCUGUGCUUUUCUCUUGCAGUAAGUGGAGGUUAAUCACAUUAUCAUGGCGUUUCCUGCUCAGACAGAGAUGGUGAACAUGAAUCUUAAUGAGAAACAAGUGGGGACUUUUGGAACUGAGACCCCAGAACCAAGGUAUACGGUUAACAUGUUUUAUUAUUAAUCUUGGGGUGUAUUCUCGCUCUCAUUUCCCUCUCAGGUCUUACCCUUUGAUUGCCCGUGGAUUGUCUAAUACUUCUUACCUCUAUGGUUUCUACCCUACAGUUUUCCUGGAGCAGAGAGUCCGGAGUUAGAAGAAUUCCUGCCUCAUUCAUCUGUAAAGGAAAAAACAAGAUUCACAGAUGUGAGUAGAUGAGCCACACAAACUGGUGACGGGGAUUAGUUAAAAAAUACCAGUGUUUAUUGAUACAUUAUGGAAGCAUGAUUCUUGUCACGAUGAAUAGGAAUUAGCUGCUUGUGUCACAGUGUUUUUGUAUGUUUGCAGUUCGAGGGCAAGACUUCUUUCGGCAUGUCGGUAUUUAACCUCAGUAAUGCCAUCAUGGGAAGUGGUAUCCUUGGAUUGGCAUAUGCCAUGGCUAACACUGGAGUUCUUCUGUUCCUGUAAGUAGCUGUGGGACUUGGUACAGUAAUAGGGUUAUCAUGAACUAGGAAAAUAAUUGCUACUAAAGCAUUUUAUGGUUUCCAGCAGCAAAAUAGCCCACAAUUGCCAGCGAUCAACUAUCUCAGCUUCUCUUCUUUUAGUAAAAAAAAAUUGCCAUCUCUAACCCUCCCCCCCCUUUUACAAAUAAGCCAUUUCUUUCUCCUCAUUUACAACUUAACAGCAAUUUCUCACCCCCUCAUUUCUAGUAUAAGAGCUUACUCUCCAUCCCUCUAUUUGACACAUUAUUCGUACAUUUCCUGAUGGCAUUCUCUGUCUCCCACCAGCAAUAUGGCUUUCUGUCCCCAGUCCCCAAUAUAAAAACCACAACCCCCAAUUGCCAAUCCUAAGGAUCUCCCAAAACUUCCAUGCCAUAAAGAGGCCAAUGUCUCACUUGCUCCCUAUACCAGUUUUUCCCAACUCAUUCCACAAAGCACACAACCUGUUUAUGGUUUAAUCAUUCCGUAAUUCUGUUACAUUGGUAAUACUGACAAACCCUGGACUGCUGAUGUGUUUUAAAGACUGGGUUAAGAACCACUGCUCAAUUCUACAAACAUAUGUUUCUUUCCAAUGUUUAUGCAACUCUGUAUAGGGGAUAAGUUAAUGACUCCACACCUGCUUAUUAACUUGUUACCUAAUUAAUGCAGCCAUUUAAAGUACCGUAAGCAUUGCGAGGACAUGUGUGUUGUGUAAAUACUCAGUAAUGCUGAACACUGCACCCAAUAACCUGUGAUAGUAAUAAUGCUGACCCACACUGGGCUAUAUUAACUAUAUGUUGUUCCUCUGUUCUAUCAGAGAGAUCUAUAUUGGUUGGAUCGAACUGGUAAUUAGCAAUGGAUAGAGAGUUUUCCUGUAACCUCUUUCCCAGUUAGUCAGGACUGCUGACUAUUUAACCUGCCAGAGUGCCUGCUGGUUUUAAAAACACCAGCAGAUCACAAUACUUCCACGUUCCAUGAAAAGACCAAUCUUCACUUGCUCCCUAUACCAGUUUUUCCCAACUCAUUUCUCAAAGCACACAAACAGAACAAGGUUUAAAGGGACACUAUAGCAUUAGGAAUACUAAUCAGUUUUUCUUACAUCAGCCUGUCCCUAGUUUGGUUUUGCCCCCUACCCCAGUGUGCUGUAAAGUAAAAGUGAUUUACUCACCUUUUCUACAGUGUUGAGUCUUCCUUGGCGCUGCGUGUGCUCCUUGAUGUCUUCAGGAUGAAGGUCAAAUCCAAUGGUCCUCAUAGAGGAACAUUGGGGACCCUAGGUGCUCAGCGUGAUGCGCCAAUCAUUUUGCCAUACUGACACCGUGACAUACUGUGAUAUCACUGCGCAUGUGCAGUAGACGUCAGUGUAUGCCAGGGAAUGGGAGUUGGGAUGCAACAAUCCUGGUUCUCCUACCAGGAAUGCUUGGACUCGUGGCUUGAAAAUACACUUCCAAACCUUCAAAGUGAUGAGAAAUUUAAUGCAGAGGGGUAGGACAUGGGGUAUGUAUAUGGGGGAGGUAAGACGAAAGACUAAAGGCACUAUAAGAACUUCAAUAAUAUGUAAUAGUGCCUGCGGUCCUUUAAGCAUUUAAGCAUUCCCUAAUUAAGUUUGAUGAUACUGAUAAAACCACUGCCAUAUACUACAAACAUAUAUCUAUCUUCACCUUGGUGUAGCUCUCUGUAUAGGGGAUAAGUUAAUGACACCACAUCUGCUUGUUAACUUGUUACGUAAUAAUGCAGCAAUUUAAAGUACCGUAAGCAUAGUGAGGACAUGUGUGUUGUGUAAAUACUCAGUAAUGUUGAACACUGCACCCAAUAACCUAUGAUAAAAAUAAUGCUGAUCCACAUUGGGCUAUAUUAACUGGGUACAUGUUGUUCUUCUCUUCUAUCAGAGAGAUCUAAAUUAAUUGGAUUGAACUGGUAACUGGCAAUAGACAGAGAGUCUCUCUGUAACCUCUAUCCAUGUAAAUCAGGACUAUGUGCCUAUUUGACCAGCCAGAGCAUCGGCAAGGUUGGGCUGGAGAAAGCUGGCAGACUUUAAGUAUAUGGUAAUACACUUGUGAUCAAAUGACUGGAGAGGUGUCAAGAUAGACUGGCAUUGCUAGAAAUGCUCGAAAACUAGUGUGGCAAGCUGGCUAAUUUUAAUGGCAAUAAUAUAUUGUAUUGAGUACUUUUAGUGGGAAUAGGUCUUAAUAUAUAGUUUAGGGAAUUAAAGAACUCUUGCUGUUACAUUGCUUAUUGUACUCAUCUAUGCAUACAUAGCUAGCAAAUGUAUAUGUGUACUGUAGUGCAUAGGCUUGUAACAUUAAUCUGUACAACUCCUAAUCAUUCUGUCCCUGUGACUUAAUUUAUGAAAAUCUCCCUGUAGACUUAUAACAUUUUAGCACAAUUACAGACGAAAGGUAGAAUCUCAGUUUUUGCAGAAUUUAGAGCUGGCAAAUUCUUCUGGGAGUUGGGCUAGGAUUUCACCAUUCCACAUAGGCAGAGAAAAUAAUGCAAUUAGUGGUAUUACUGCAUGGCAUCUUCUUGUUGAGAGACCCUGACAAAGUUGACAAAAUGCGUGGGGCAGGGGGCGCAUGUUGAUGAUAUUGUGAUAUGCGUUUAAUCUUUUUUUUAAAGUCAACAGCCCACCAUUGCCAGUUACCAACUAUCUCCAAUUCUCUUCCUUUAGUAAAAAUAGCCAACUCUUACACUCCCUCCUCCAUUUACAGCAAAACAGCAAUUUCUCACCCCCGCUCCUCAUUUCUAGUAUAAGAGCUUACUCUCCAUCCCUCUAUUUGACACAUUAUUCGUACAUUUCCUGAUGGCAUUCUCUGUCUCCCGCCAGCAAUAUGGCUUUCUGUCCCCAGUCCCCAAUAUAAAAACCACAACCCCCAAUUCCCAAUCCUAAGGAUCUCCCAAAACUUCCAUGCCAUAAAGAGGCCAAUGUCUCACUUGCUCCCUAUACCAGUUUUUCCCAACUCAUUCCACAAAGCACACAACCUGUUUAUGGUUUAAUCAUUCCGUAAUUCUGUUACAUUGGUAAUACUGACAAACCCUGGACUGCUGAUGUGUUUUAAAGACUGGGUUAAGAACCACUGCUCAAUUCUACAAACAUAUGUUUCUUUCCAAUGUUUAUGCAACUCUGUAUAGGGGAUAAGUUAAUGACUCCACACCUGCUUAUUAACUUGUUACCUAAUUAAUGCAGCCAUUUAAAGUACCGUAAGCAUUGUGAGGACAUGUGUGUUGUGUAAAUACCCAGUAAUGCUGAACACUGCACCCAAUAACCUAUGAUAGUAAUAAUGCUGACCCACACUGGGCUAUAUUAACUAUAUGUUGUUCCUCUAUUCUAUCAGAGAGAUCUAUAUUGGUUGGAUCGAACUGGUAAUUAGCAAUGGAUAGAGAGUUUCCCUGUGCCCUCUUUCCCAGUAAGUCAGGACUGCUGACUAUUUAACCUGCCAGAGCGUCUGCUGGUUUUAAAAACACCAGCAGCUCACAAUACUUCCACGUUCCAUGAAAAGACCAAUCUUCACUUGCUCCCUAUACCAGUUUUUCCCAACUCAUUUCUCAAAGCACACAAACAGAACAAGGUUUAAAGGGACACUAUAGCAUUAGGAAAACUAAUCAGUUUUUCUUACAUCAGCCUGUCCCUAGUUUGGUUUUGCCCCCUACCCCAGUGUGCUGUAAAGUAAAAGUGAUUUACUCACCUUUUCUACAGUGUUGAGUCUUCCUUGGCGCUGCGUGUGCUCCUUGAUGUCUUCAGGAUGAAGGUCAAAUCCAAUGGUCCUCAUAGAGGAACAUUGGGGACCCUAGGUGCUCAGCGUGAUGCGCCAAUCAUUUUGCCAUACUGACACCAUGACAUACUGUGAUAUCACUGCGCAUGUGCAGUAGACAUCAGUGUAUGCCAGGGAAUGGGAGUUGGGAUGCAACAAUCCUGGUUCUCCUACCAGGAAUGCUUGGACUCGUGGCUUGAAGAUACACUUCCAAACCUUCAAAGUGAUGAGAAAUUUAAUGCAGAGGGGUAGGACAUGGGGUAUGUAUAUGGGGGAGGUAAGACGAAAGACUAAAGGCACUAUAAGAACUUCAAUAAUAUGUAAUAGUGCCAGCGGUCCUUUAAGCAUUUAAGCAUUCCCUAAUUAAGUUUGAUGAUACUGCUAAAACCACUGCCAUAUACUACAAACAUAUAUCUAUCUUCACCUUGGUGCAGCUCUCUGUAUAGGGGAUAAGUUAAUGACACCACAUCUGCUUGUUAACUUGUUACGUAAUAAUGCAGCAAUUUAAAGUACCGUAAGCAUAGUGAGGACAUGUGUGUUGUGUAAAUACUCAGUAAUGUUGAACACUGCACCCAAUAACCUAUGAUAAAAAUAAUGCUGAUCCACAUUGGGCUAUAUUAACUGGGUACAUGUUGUUCUUCUGUUCUAUCAGAGAGAUCUAAAUUAAUUGGAUUGAACUGAUAAUUGGCAAUAGACAGAAAGUCUCUCUGUAACCUCUAUCCAUGUAAAUCAGGACUAUGUGCCUAUUUGACCAGCCAGAGCAUCGGCAAGGUUGGGCUGGAGAAAGCUGGCAGACUUUAAGUAUAUGGUAAUACACUUGUGAUCAAAUGACUGGAGAGGUGUCAAGAUAGACUGGCAUUGCUAGAAACGCAUGAAAACUAGUGUGGCAAGCUGGCUAAUUUUAAUGGCAAUAAUAUAUUGUAUUGAGUACUUUUAGUGGGGAUAGGUCUUAAUAUAUAGUUUAGGGAAUUAAAGAACUCUUGCUGUUACAUUGCUUAUUGUACUCAUCUAUGCAUACAUAGCUAGCAAAUGUAUAUGUGUACUGUAGUGCAUAGGCUUGUAACAUUAAUCUGUACAACUCCUAAUCAUUCUGUCCCUGUGACUUAAUUUAUGAAAAUCUCCCUGUAGACUUAUAACAUUUUAGCACAAUUACAGACGAAAGGUAGAAUCUCAGUUUUUGCAGAAAUUAGAGCUGGCAAAUUGUUCUGGGAGUUGGGCUAGGAUUUCACCAUUCCACAUAGGCAGAGGAAAUAAUGCAAUUAAUGGUAUUACUGCAUGGCAUCUUCUUGUUGAGAGACCCUGACAAAGUUGACAAAAUGCGUGGGGCAGGGGGCGCAUGUUGAUGAUAUUGUGAUAUGCGUUUAAUCUUUUUUUAAAAGUCGACAGCACACCAUUGCCAGUUACCAACUAUCUCCAAUUCUCUUCCUUUAGUAAAAAUAGCCAACUCUUACACUCCCUCCUCCAUUUACAGCAAAACAGUCAUCUCUCAUCCCCCACCCCCCAUUUAAAAUCAAGCAGCUCUCCCUCUAUCUCUCUAUUAGUCACGUUAUUUGUGUAUUCCAUGAUAGCAUUCUCUGUCUUCCCUCAGCAAUGCAGAUUUCUGCCCUGAGUCCUGGUUUUACACACCUAUAUCCCAAUCCUGCAACAUUUCAUAGAAAGACCAAUCUCUCACUUGCUCCAUACACCAGUUAUUCCCAACUCGUUUCUCAAGGCACACAAACAGGUCAAGGUUUAAAGGGACACUAUAGUGUUAGGAGUGUGCAGUUGGCAUUACAGUAUGCUAGGGUAUGAGAGCCGGGAUGUAACAAUCUUGAUCCUGCUACCCAGGAGGCUUGGACUCAUAGCCUAAAGGGGCUUUUUCAAGCCUUCAAAGUAUUAAAAAAAAUAAAAUCUAGAGGCAUAGGACGAGGGGAGGGGGGCAGUAAGUCUAAAACAACUUCAAUAAGAGUUCCUUCAAGCAUUCCCAAAUUCUGUUCCGGUGGCUAUACUGAUAAAUCCUGGACUGCUGGGGUACCUUAAGGACUUGGUUGGGAACCACUGCCCUAUACUGCAAACAUAUAUUUCUCUUCACCUUGGUGCAGCUCUGUAUAGGGGAUAAGUUAAUGACUCCACACGUGCUUGUUAACUUGUCACCUAAUUAAUUAAUACAGACAUUUAAAGUACCAUAAGCAUAGUGGGGACAUGUGUGUUAUGUAAAUACCCAGUAAUGCUGAACACUGAACCGAAUAACCUAUGAUAGUCAUGAUGCUGCUGACCCACACUGGGCUAUAUUAACUGGGUACAUGUUGUUCUUCCCGUUCUAUCAGAGAGAUCUAAAUUGGUUGGAUUGAACUGGCAAUUAGCAAUAGGCAGAGAGUCUCCUUGUAACCUUUCUCCAAGUAAAACAUGACUGUUGACUAUACGGUAAUACACUUGUGAACAAAUGACUGGAGAGGUGCCAUGAAACACUGGCAAUGUUAGCUAUGCACAAAAACUAGUGUGCCAUACUGCAUUAAUGCCCGACAUGACAAGCUGGCUAAUUCUGAAGGCAAUAAUAAAUUGUAUCGAGUAUUUGUAGUGGGAAUAGUUUUAAUUGUAUAGUUUAGGCCCAUAGGGACACAAUGAACUCUUGCUGUUACAUUGCUUAUUUUAUUAAUCUAUUGCAUUAAUAUCUAGCAAAUGAAUACGUGUACAGUGCAUAGGUGUAGAACUCUAACUGUUGUGAACUACAACUCCAGUGCUGCCUUUCUUAAAAUUGGAAAUCUCCCCAUUUGUGUUUAACAUAUUAGCUUGCACAUCAUACAAGUAAUAACUAACCUCUAACAAUCCAGUUGUCAUGGACCACACUUCCUAUGAUACUUUAAAAGCUAAAGGCAUUAUGGUAAACUGCAUCCACAACAGGAAGAGUGACAUAUGUCAGCUACUACUGCACUAUAGUGUGUCCCUGAGCAAUGGGAACGGCUGCAGCUGGGUUUGGGAGGAUGUACGGAGAAUGAAGUAUAACCUUCCCAAUUCCUUUACAAAGCAGGUGCAAUGUGUCACAAACAAGGGUGUAAAAUACAAAAACUGUGCCUCUUCCUUGCCCAGCAUUCGAGCUAUCAGAAGAAUCCACGUAGCUCCCCCAUGUGUUGCUGACCCCCACCCCCCUCUCCCCCAAUUCCUUUCUCUGUUUGUGGGAUCUCUCCUGCAUAGACUGGUCAUCUGCCAAAGCAAAGGUAGAAAGAAAAUUGCAGAUUGUUGUUCUCAAGGUAAAACUCAAUCCCUCCCUGUGUGUUCGAAAAACAUAAAAAGUAUAAAUAGCUUUAACGGUACUGUGAGACCUGUGAGACCUGUUCCCCUCCACACUUUUUUCACUUAUAUCAUUAUAUAUAUUAUAUUACUCCAAAUUUAUAUGUGCAGUCACGUAUAGCUUUAUUAUAAAAUACCCUGCCUCUUUCAGACUGGGCCACAGAGCAUAUGUGUGUAUGCCUGAAUCUGACCCAGCAUGCUUUGCUGAUUGUUCCUUGCACUAAGCUUUUUUGUGGCCACUGAUGUCAAAACGGGUUUGCUCACUAAUAGAGUUAUUCACUGAAGUGUACAUUUUGUAGAAUUCAAAAUGAAUUUAUUUUUUAGGACAAACUAAAAACAUAGCUGACUUGGGGAAUUUUUCUUGCUUGACUUAUUUGGCCUAAAAUUUACAACACUCUCGUCAGUACUCCAAAAUACCCAAUUUAGUGAACACACCCACUGUAUAUUCUGUACAGUUUGUGUCUGUGCAAAAUAUAUGUGAUGUGUAUAUGUUUUGUAUACCUGUAAAAUUGGGAAGGUUUUGCCAAGUAGUCUAAAUAAAUCACCUUUAUAGUAUAAAGCCUGCUUUCACCAAUGAUAUAUUACUAUUUGGACUGUUUACUCCUGCAUUCUGAUGUGGUUUCGCUGUGAGUACACUUCAUUCCUAACUCUGUUUAUACUCCUGGGUAACUGAGCAGUUGUUUUGUUUCAUAGAUACUAUUUGUGAUGUAUUUCUCUUUUGUCCAGGUUCCUUCUGACUGCUGUGGCUUUGUUGUCAGGUUACUCCAUCCAUUUAUUAUUGAAAUCAUCAGGAAUAGUAGGUUAGUAAAAUAAUAUAUUGUAACAGACUGAUUUAUAUCCCGGUAUAUUCUCAACCAUUGAGACAGCAGACAAAACAGACUCCAUUAUUUAGUCCUGUCCGUGCGACUGUUCCACUAUGCACCUUUGGCACAGCAUGUGGUUUAUGACCCACAGUGAGCACUGACCCAAAAUAAGCUUUUGUUUGUCUCACAACAAGAAGUUACCAGACACCUUCCCUCUCUUGUGUAUCACCAUUUGCUCAAGUCACAGCUCUACUGCAUGAAAUCAUUCUAUCAAUGUCAUGGCGUCUGUAUGGUAAUAUUUACACAGCGUUCCUUGUAUCAUGCAGGAAUUCGAGCCUAUGAGCAGCUCGGCUACAAGGCUUUUGGGACCCCUGGAAAGUUGGCUGCUGCUCUGGCCAUAACGCUACAAAAUAUAGGAGGUGAGUGGGGGGAAAUUAACAUUUAUGUAUUUCCAAAAAUAUAUAUUGGAAUUAGGUAUACUAGUAUAACGUGCUUAAAAACCUCUAGUAAGAGAUUCCAUGUGAUGUUUGGUACCCACUAACAGUUCAACAGUGCUAUUCACGCCCCCCCCUUAUAAUAUUGUAAAGCACUAUGGAAUCUGUUGGCGCUAUAUAAAUGGCAAUAAUAAUAAUAGAAAGUUACUUUGACUGAUUGAUGCUAAGGCUUGAGAGAUUUCUGCAGAACCUGCAAAUACAGGGUACUUGCAGCAAAUGCAGGAAUUUCAUUCCUAAACCCAGGAUUAAAAGCUGUGAAAUAGAUUCAACAAAAAUCAGAUAUUACAUAGUAUUAAAAACUGCAGAUUCAAGCAAAAGUAAUCAGUGUUAAUGCAAUGGAAAUAUAUUGGCUGUAGCAGUUGGUAACUGAGAAAACGUAACUCUGCAGUGCCAGUUGGCGCUAUCAUCGAUUGAUGUUCAGUUUUAUUUUUGCUACUUUCUUUACCUUAUUAUCAUAUUUUAUUAUUUGUGUAACACCCUUGUUUGGUAUUUUUGUAUCACAGCUAUGUCCAGCUAUCUGUACAUUAUAAAGUCUGAACUGCCUCUUGUCAUCCAGACAUUCCUCAAUGUUUCAGAGAAAACCUCGUAAGUUCUGUUAUCUGUCCACUUGUGUCGCUAUCAUUCUGUCCCAUAAUACUUUGCUCGGUUGCCUAGCAACAUUUACAAGAAAAAAAUCAGGCCACUGUACGUUAUGUGACAAACCAAUCUAACAUAUAUUGACUUGGGGGUUUAUCUGCUAAACGGUACUUUGGGUACCGAAUUGCUAUAUUUGUAACAAAAUGGUUGCUUUGAAUAAAAAAAAACAAUUUAAUCCAAUUUUGCUACAUCAGGGCAGUAUAAAUCACUGCUUAGUAAAUAUGACCCUAGGUAUCGUCCACCCCCCCAGCCAGUAGUAUAGAGUUUAUUAUGGGCGGCUGCCUCACAACACAAUAUUAAACAGUGUUAUGCAACCUUAUCCUUUUAUUAUUAUAAUCUAGUUCUUACACUCUUAACAUAAAACAUUUUAUAUAAAAUGAAGAAAGAGAAUGGGAUUUGCUGGUUAGGUCUGAAGUUGUGCUAUUUGUUUGUAGUUGACCCCAGGGCAGAUGUACCCAGCCAUCCCUGCGUUUAGAUGUCAGUAUGCAUAUACAUAACCUUACACAGCAGGAGAAAAUUAAGAUGCAGUUACGGCAGGAAUAUUGCCAACAUUUUUAUAGGCAGUCUGCAGUUCUGCAUCACUCCUUCAAAAAUCCAUCAGGAUCAGGCUUUUUUGUAGGUUUUUAUAUGGUACUACCACCUGCUAUAGAGAGCAAGGCUGUUAAAAUGCAUAUGAUAAGAAUAUGGUGAUUUAAGCUUUGGUACUUUGACAAUUUACCUGAGUGUGUUAGACCAUAAUACCUGAGCUGGACAUUUUUAAACAAUAAUUCUGCAAUUUAGAAAUCUCACCUCAUCACAAGUCACUAGCUAAGCAACCACUCCAGAUGUUGUAGCCUACAUGUAGUCCACAAAAUAUUCUAUGCUCCUCAGGCCUCUUUAGAAGCCUUUUUUGUCUUUAUUUGAAUGAAAUACACAAUAAUGAUCAUGAAACAAAGCAAGGCAUUAAUUUAGGAAGUAUUCACUAAACAGUGAAUUGUGGUGAAUUAAAAUCCAAACUGCAAAAUUCAGGCUAAAUCAGCCAAGCCGCAACUAUAGUCGAACUAGAAAGAGUUUCCAAAUCAACUACCUUGGCUUAAAUGUCCUGAAUUUUGUGACUCAGUUUUCAAUUCAAUGUCUGCUGUUUAGUAAAGAAACCUCUUUGGCACUCCUAUUAUUUCUCACAGCUACAGAGAGCUUAGGUGCAAACGACUACUGAUAACUGGUAUAUAUAUAGAUAGAUAUAUUGAACAGAGAUGGAUUUUUUUUAAACUUGGCAGACAUUCAGGAAAACUAUGUUUAUGUUUCUGCAUAAGACACACACUCAUGCAUUCUGCAAAUGUCCUCUUUCCUCAUACUUUUCCACUAUGCUGCACAGAAACAGAGUGUCAGCUUCUGGGGUAAUUAUAUGUUUGACCACCUCAACUAAGGGACUUCUUAGACUAGUCCGCUCCCCUUGCCUAGAUUGCAUGUUAUUGGCUGAUCCAUGGGCUGGCCUAUGUCCUCCGGACACCUUGACUCAGAAUAGAGAGCCGCAGAAUUCUCGAAGGCUAUAAGCACAGCCUGUCUAGUGCUCUCUCCCCUCCUCCAACACAAACAGCCCUUAGCACGUCCGCCUUUCUCAAAGGCUCCCUUAUUGGAAGUGACGUGGGUCUCUGACCUGAAACUCUCUCAAUAUACAUAUCUUUGUCUCCCUCUAAUAUUCUAUUCUCUCUCCUCUCCUUAUCCUUUUAUCUAUCCCUCUCUCUGGGUGUCUGAAAUUUAUGUCUCUCUCAUCCUCCCUCUCUCAUACCUCUCAACCUUUCUCUCUUUUGUUCUACAAUCUCUCUCUCCAUCAAAUCCUACACACAUUCCUUUCUGAUGCUUCUUAAUCUAUCUCUCCCCCCCCCUCCCCAUUUUAAUCUGUAAAUUAAAUGAAGACCUACAAUUCUCUCUUUCUCAUGUCUCCUAAACGGUCUAUUUUAUUCCCCAAUCACCUUUUCAGUCAAAUCAUACAAGUGUCUCUCUCCUAUUGCUUUAUUUACGUUUUAUUGUCAGAAAAACACGCAGUCCCACAAUCAGGGCCUCUCGCUCAUCGUCACUUUCUGCUACUUCCUUUCUAUCCUUGCUCCUUCUUCCCAUUCCUGCCCCUUCUGUGUUACUUCCUUUCCUUUUCUGCCCCUUCUUUCUAAUUCCCGUCACCACCUUCCCUUCUUCAAUGCCCUUUCCUGUCUCCUGGUCCUCUGCCUGGUAUAAUCAAUAUCCAUGUUCAGUUUGCUCUCUGUCUCUUUUCAGUGUCUCUAACUCUCCAGCUCUCUGUAGCCUGAGCCUCUUCUUUCUUCCGAUUUAUUAAAGAUAGUUUAGGGGAUAUUUAACAAAGUGUUCUGAAAAAUGCCGAUUAAAUUCCAAUAACAAUUAUGAUCUGAAUAGCAACAGAUGAAAUUCAGAUUUCAGAAGACUGCCAAAUUUACCAUGGCUUCAAAAAAUCAAACAAAAUUUUUCUUUUGGAAACAGUGUUGUAAAAUGUGUUGCAUUUCUGGAAAAGUUUCAUAUAUAUUAAAAAAUGGUUAGGGUUCAAAAAAGCAACAGAUGAAAAAAGUCCAAUAGAGUUUAUAAAUUGCAUCUGUGAUUCAGAGAGCUUGCACGCUGUUUUUACUUUAUCCUUGACUUCCCCUUGUUCCAUGUAUUGCCGCCUCCAUUUUCUAUAGUCUUGUGGAACCUUCUGCCGUUUUAAUUUUGUUUCUUUAUCCCCACGUCUAUAAUGUUGUGGUAUUUAAAUUCCAGCCUUUCGGUGACUAACCUGUCUUUGUCCCCAUCGUUAAUGUUCAUAACUUUUUCCUAUCUUCUAUUCUUCCCUACUCCCUCGGCAUUUUGUCACCCUGAGCAUUAGUUUUCCUGCUGGUGGCAUCACUGGUCCCUGUCUCCUAUCCUCAGACUCUUGCUUUUCCUUAUUGAGAAAUGGCUAGGCCUUCCAGCUGUGUGUUAACUCACAGCACCUAAAAAUAACGCAGUAUGAGAAGAGAGCAAUGGAAAAACACAGCAUGCUUGUCAGGAACUCGUAGGGGUGGGGAGAGUGGGCAGACUCACAUACAUCACCCUGACGUCUACUAUUUACCUAUCCACAGACUGAUCCCAAAUAACAAUAUAUAGACCUGACAAAGUGGCACCUUUCCCCAUAUGAACACACAUCCUACUAUUCCACGUCAAUACCACAUAUAAUUUAAAAACAUAAGUCUUAGUUUAUAAUACCUGUUUGAUGUUUUCUCUCCAAUAUUAUUAAAUAGUGCCUUCACUUUCCCCCAGGCCUGUCUCAUUGCUCAGCUUCCAAUUGAAUUGGUUUUAUUUUGUGUUUCCCAUCUUUCACACAGCCUCAUUUAUAUUCGCUUAGUCUUUCCUGUGUAUUAAUUGUGAUUUUAUAAUUCUAGAGACUGGUAUAUGAAUGGGAAUUAUCUGGUGAUAAUGGUAUCAGCAUGUAUAAUCCUACCGCUGGCUCUGAUGAAACAACUUGGUAAGUGUGACAUGGAAUAGAGUACCAACGUGUUUAGCACAGUAUAUGCUUUGAGCAGUGGUCAUUUGAAUGCAUGUCAUGACUACAGUGCCUACAUAGACUUGGAAAAUGAUUUGGAAAAAUAGAUCUGCAGUACCCAAAAUGCUUAGUAAACAUUGCACACUAUAGUUUGGAAUCUGGUGCAGCUGGACAGGAAACAGUUGGCUUAGUGAAGUUUGACAAAACAGCUGCUGUACCCAUAGUGUUCAACAAGUAUAGAGCUUCCAUGUGUCUUAUCUUGAAAUUUACUGCUGAUUUACAAUUAUGUAGCAGAAAAUAUACUCUUAACAUAGAUCUAAUACCUAAAAUUCACUUUGUACAGUACAUACAUUUUUUAAAACAAAUAGUCUAAAGAUAUUAAUAUUAAUUUUGUGCAACCUAACCAUAGUAAGUUUAUUACUACAUAUUGACUAAAAGUAUACAUUUUGUAUGUGGUUUUCCUGAAAUAGCACACACAAUUCUAUAUCAAAGAAUAUUAGUUCACAUGAUUCAAGUUUGUACAGUUGAUAGCAGCAUAUAUGAAUCAUUUUAUUUAUAUUUGCAGUGGUUAAAGGACUGCACAAUUGUACUAAGAACAUUUCUGAUGAUAGAGCUUGUUGUAUAGCACAAGAAGGCAACUCAGCACUCGAGAUGUUGUGGACUACAACUCCCAUAAUGCUCUUACAGCCAUAAUGUUGUCCACAACAUCUGGAGUGCCAAAGGUUGCCUACCCCUGUUCUAUAAGAAACUAGUUUCAGUUUGCUUGUAGCAUUACAAAGGAGAUAUUUCCAUUUACGUAUCAGUUGUAGUUUACUUGAUAAAUGACUACAGAAUAGUUUCCAUGUACAUAUCCGGCUAUUGCCAUAACAUAUCACAAAUGCCAGGCAGUUUUUCUCUCUAUUGGAGAACUAGCAGCCUUGGAUAUCACAUAAACUUUGUUAACUUAUGUGACAUGGACGUUCGCCACUGGUUCCUGGAGGAGUAUGGAGACUAGCCUCCUGCCCACUGACUAUGGGCCAGCAGGCAGCUGUGUUUGGGCGUCAAUCACGUGGAAUUAAAAUUGGACACUGAAACUCCUGAACACUGCUGAACUUGGACGAAUGCCUGCUCCUUCCCCACACACGUCAGGAGAGCGCCAUUCGGUAGGUUUGUUCAUAUGGUUCAUACGAACAAACGCUACCAAGAAGCCAGAGUGUGCGUUCAGUAUUUAGUUCGCAUUGAAAUCCAGAAGUUGACUGGCAAAAGGACAAAACGCCCUAGAACUGUUUAAGACAUAGAACCAUGUGUGCGGCCGGUCAGAACGUUUCGGCUGUGUUUGUGGGAUCUGAGCGCUUUAUGGAAAUGUUGGGCACUCAGAUCCAGGCUACCUGUCGAUGUAAAGAUUGUGGGGGUUCCUAUGUGGGAAAUAUAUAUUUUUGUGUGUUCUCAUAUUUUGGCAUUUUAUGCUUAGUCAUGGUAAAAUGGAAUUUUGGGGACAUUUUGUAGGCGUGUUUGUGGGUGUGUUGUGGGAGUGUCAUGGGUGUGUUUACUGUGUACCUCUAUUGUAUAAAAACACGCCAUUAAGCCUGGAUUAAACAGAUUAGUUUUACCCUUCAUCAAGUCUAGGCUGAUGUUUGGGGAACUGGGAGCUAUAAUCACUGCAUCACUUUGGGAGAUGGGAGACUUAUAACGGAUAUACUCAGCUGGAGUACUGGGAUCCAUUACAGCUUCUAACUGCAUAGCAUCACAUGUAUUGCCAGUGAAUAUUUCACCAUUGACUGUAAGACACAGGAAUCUCUGCUUUAAACACUAUAGACUCUGAGUGUCUCCUCUCUCUCCAGGGUACUUGGGCUAUGCCAGUGGAUUCUCCCUCAGCUGUAUGGUGUUCUUUCUGUGUUCAGUGAGUGUUACCAACUUCCAUUUUAUUCCUAACAAAUCCUUAUCACUUGGUGGUCACUUUGCCAUGUUGUUGUCUCAGCUUCCACCUCAUUAUUUCUCUGUGCACAAAGCUCAUCAUUUGUUUCUACCUAUGUUGCAUGUGCCCACGUUAAAGUCUAUGCCAAUCUCACAGUCUAUUUAAAAUCUAUAUCAACCCUUUCUUUUUAUUAUCUCAGCUCAUUAGCAGUUUUUGAAAAAGGUGUUCCCUUUAUCCAUUUACUGUUCUUCUCAAAAAUACUCAUAUCUAUUGUCCAUGUUCAAGAGAACUGUUUAUUCUGCCUUGACUUCUAAGCAGGGUCAGAUGUGAGCUUCUAAUUCUUGUUCCUUACUGAAUAUUUCUACUCAUACACUGAUCAGCCACAGCAUUCAAACUACCGUAUAUACUCGUGUAUAAGUCGAUCUCAUGUAUAAGUCGAGUGCAGUUUUGUGACCAACAAUUGUGAAAUAUGAUAUGCCUCGUGGAUAAGUCGAGGGUAAAACUUGGAGCUAUGAAAUUCUGUGAUUUUUAUAAUUAUAUACACACACUCAUACAAACAAACACUCUGCAUUAUAUAUACACACACUCAUACAAACAAUCUGCAUUAUAUACACACACACACUCAUACAAACACACACUCUGCAUUAUAUACACACACACACACUCAUACAAACACACACUGCAUUAUAUACACACACUCUGUGUAUAUAAUGCAGAGUGUGUGUUUGUGUAGUGUGUGUGAACUAGGUGGGGGGAGGGCAUUUUUAUUAUUUUAAUUUUUUUUAUUUUAAUAUUAUUAUUUUUUUAUUAUUUUAAUUUUUUUUGUCCCCCCUCCCUGCUUGUUAACUGGUCAGGGAGGGGGGCUAUCUUAAUCCCUGGUGGUCCAGUGGCAUGGGCUGUGAAGUGGGGGGGCCGGCAGGAAGCAUUUACUUACCUUUCCUGCAGCUCCUGUCAGCUCCCUUCUCCACCGUUCCGGUCAGCUCCACAGUAAGUCUCGCGGUCUGGUUGCCGCGCGGAUCGUUGCCAUGGCUCUGACGGCCGCGGCUCUCUAAGUUGCCAUAAUACAGACAGUGACUCGAGUAUAAGUCGAGUGGGGGUAUUUAAGCACAAAAAAUGUGCUGAAAAACUAGACUUAUACUCGAGUAUAUACUGUACUGACAGGUGAAGUGAAUAACAUUGAUUAUAUUGUUACGAUGGUAGCUGUCAAGGGGUGGGAUAUAUUGGGCAGCAAAUGAACAGGCAGUUCUUGAAUUUUAUAUGUUGAAAGCAGGAAAAUGGGCAACCAAAACAUCUGAGUGACUUUGACAAGGGCCAGAUAGUGAUGGCUAGAUAACUUGGUCAGAACAUCUCCAAAAUGGCAAAUCUUGUGUGGGGUAUUAGCAGUAUGCAGUGGUUUCAAUUACACAGAAGAACUACUGUAACUCAAACUGCUGAAAUACCUAAAGGGACACUAUAGGCACCCAGACCACUUCAGCUCAUUGAAGGAGUCUGGGUGCAAUGUCCCAGGUCCCUUAACACUACAGUUGUAAUUAUUGCAGUUUCUGAGAAACUGCAAUAAUUACCUCUUAGAGUUAACUCCACCUCCAGUGGCUGUCUACCAGACAGCCACUAGAAGGACUUCCGGGUGCUUAGACGACUUUUGGUUCUCUAAAUGACGCUAGACGUCCUCACGCUAUGCAUGAAAACUUCCAGAGUCACCGGAAUCCCCAUAGGAAAGCAUUGGUUAAUGCUUUCCUAUGGGGAAAUCCUAAUGCGAGCGUGCCCAUUGCUGCGCAUGCGCAUUAGGUCUCCACCACUGGCUGAGGAGCCUGACCCAUUCAGGUAAGUGACUGAAGGGGUUUUAACUGCUUUGUUUUACUUGCACUAUAGAAUCCCUUUAAGGCUGGCCAUGAUAGAAAGGUGUCAAAACACACAGUGCAGUUUGCUUUGAAUUUGGCUGCACAGCCACAGACCAGUAAGAGUGUUCUUGAUAACCCCUGUCAACUUCCGAAAGUACCUUAAAUGGUGACGAGAGAGUUACAACUGGAACAUGAAGCAAUGUGAAAAUAUUGCCUGGUCUGAUGAAUCACGUUUUCUUUUAGAUCAGGUGGAUGGCCUCGUGUGUGCAUAGUUUGCCAGUGGAAGAGAUGGCAGCAGGAUGCACUAUGGGAAGAAGGCAGGCUGACAGAGUCUGAGCAAUGUUCUGCUGGGAAACCUUGGGUCCUGGUAUUCAUGUGGAUGUUAGUUUGACACGUACCACCUACCUAGAGGUUGGGGCAGACUACUUACACCCCUUCAUGGUAGCAGUUUGUGCUGCUCUUGGGAGAAUCUCACAGGGGCUGGUAGGGGUUCAACUUUAAUCCCACAGAGGGGAGGGACUGAGGGAGGAGGAAAUUCCCCCUCCUCUAAUCUAACAGAGAGUGCUUCCUCCGAAGCACUGAAUUAGAGACCAAGCAGGUAGAGCGUCCUGACGGUCUCAGAGACUGUUAAAUUGACUGUCUUACUUAACGCUGGGCAGAUUGAGGAGAUCAACUGAUCUCCCCAGCCAGGCCACAGCAGCUCCAGGCCCCUGACUGCUACUGGCCCUCGGUCCAUGGCCAAUGUGCCCGAGUGGUCGGUCCGCCCCUGUUCAGAGGUCUUGUGAAGUACAUGCCUCGAUGCAUCAGAGUUGUUUUCGCAGCACAAGGGGGACCUACACAAUAUUAGGCAACUGGUUUUAUGUUGUGGCUGAUUAGUGUGUAUAUGUAUUUAUAAACAUAUUAACACUUUGUGUGGCUUGGGUGUCUUGAGCCUAACCCUUUUAUUAUUAUAAUUGUGCUCAUCAGUUCCCUAUGUUGGAAAGUACAGGAAAGUUGCCCGUAUUGCACUAUGUAGGAGCUUUCUCUUUGUGCACAGAUCAAUUUGGUUUUCAUUCUUGUUUCUUUUCCUGGUUCUCUACAUCACUCUCGGUUUGCCACUCACCUGACCUGCUUCUUUUCCAGGUAACAUACAAGAAGUUUCAGAUACCAUGUCCUCUGCCAUGGGAUAGCUUUAACCAGACCCUGCUGGAGAACAUGACCAUGGUGCCUUCAGGUUUUGCAUAUCAGAAUGGGCACGCUGAUGUGGUAGAGUCUGCAACUGAGCAAUGCGGGCCAAAAAUGUUCACACUGAACUCACAGGUACAGUAGUAUUCAAACAGGGCAGACAUUCAUCACCUUAUUUUAUAUCAUUGCAUCUUCCCCUCCUUUGCUGAAUUCACUGUCUCUCAAACCUAAACUAAUUUCUGUCUCCUCCUUAUUGGCUUUUCCCUGUUCUGUUGUUUAUAAAUUCUGUGUUGAAUAAACCUGUUUUUCAGAAUUUCAUGAAGGCCUCCAUAAACAAUCAUUAUUUUUAACAUUUUACAUACUAUUACAUUUUAAGUUCACUGUAUAAAAUGGUAUAUUUAUAAUGACAUUUUAUCCUGAAACGAUGAGGGUAGAUUAAAAAAUAUUUCCCAUCUUUUUACAGACAGCAUAUACAAUCCCUAUCAUGGCUUUUGCCUUUGUGUGUCACCCAGAGGUCCUCCCCAUAUACACUGAGCUGAGAAAGUAAGUAUGUCAGGGGCAGCAAGUUGGGUACAAAUCUCUGUGCAGUGUGCAUUAAUUAUAUUCAAUGACAGGACUAGUUUGUGCAAUAUGCUUGUGGUAUAUGGCAAAGCUCAAAUUUCCGCUCACCACAACAAACUGUCAAGUGAAACUUUAGACUCGGCAAGUAGAAGCUCAACCCUGGUGAGUGUUCCAUAGAUCCAUGAAGUGGCAAGUAACUUUUAAGACCUGACUAGUAGCAUAGGGCUUGGAAUUUAAAGCUCUGAUUAUGGUGCUUUUCAAUGUCAGUGCUUAUUUGUGGGAUGUACGCCUAUUCAGUGGCAGUGUUAAAAUUGUAUGUAAUUCUAUUUUGUGGUUGUGUUACUUUGUAAUGUGUAGUUGUAUUCAUUGGUAGUGCUGGUUUGUAGCAUACAAUUCCAUUUAUUGACAGUGCUAGUUUGUAGUAUGCAGUUAUAUUUAGUUGGAGUGUUGGAUUGUAGUAUGUAGUUUUGUUAGGUGACGGUUAGUGUGUGCAGUGUGACUGUAGUAUAUUCAGUAGCUGUGCUAGUUUGUUAUGUGUAGUUCUGUUAGGUGACGGUGUUAGUAUGUGCAGUGUGAUGUUCAGUAACAGUGCUAGUUUGUAAUGUGUAGUUAUAUUCAGUGGCAGUGUUAGCGUGUCUAGUGUGAAUGUGGUAUAUUCAGUAGCAGUGCUAAUUUGUAAUUUGUAGUUCUGUUAGGUGACAGUGUUAGUGUGUGCAGUGUGACUGUAGUAUAUUCAGUAGCAGUACUAGUUUGUAAUGUGUGGUUCUUUUCAGUGGCAGUGUUAGUGUGUGCAGUGUGAUGUAUUCAGUAGCAGUGCUAGUUUGUAAUGUAUUGUUCUAUUCAGUGGCAGUGUUAGUGUUUUCAGUGUGACUGUAGUAUAUUCAGUAGCAGUACUAGUUUGUAAUGUGUGGUUCUUUUCAGUGGCAGUGUUAGUGUGUGCAGUGUGAUGUAUUCAGUAGCAGUACUAGUUUGUAAUGUGUAGUUCUGUUAGGUGACGGUGUUAGUGUGUGCAGUGUGACUGUAGUAUAUUCAGUAGCAGUACUAGUUUGUAAUGUGUGGUUCUUUUCAGUGGCAGUGUUAGUGUGUGCAGUGUGAUGUAUUCAGUAGCAGUACUAGUUUGUAAUGUGUGGUUCUAUUCCGUGGCAGUGUUAGUGUGUGCAGUGUGAUGUAUUCAAUAGCAGUACUAGUUUGUAAUGUGUGGUUCUAUUCCGUGGCAGUGUUAGUGUUUUCAGUGUGACUGUAGUAUAUUCAGUAGCAGUACUAGUUUGUAAUGUGUGGUUCUAUUCCGUGGCAGUGUUAGUGUGUGCAGUGUGAUGUAUUCAGUAGCAGUACUAGUUUGUAAUGUGUAGUUCUGUUAGGUGACGGUGUUAGUGUGUGCAGUGUGACUGUAGUAUAUUCAGUAGCAGUACUAGUUUGUAAUGUGUGGUUCUAUUCCGUGGCAGUGUUAGUGUGUGCAGUGUGAUGUAUUCAAUAGCAGUACUAGUUUGUGAUGUGUGGUUCUGUUAGGUGACAGUGUUAGUGUGUGCAGUGUGACUGUAGUAUAUUCAGUAGCAGUACUAGUUUGUAAUGUGUGGUUCUGUUAGGUGACGGUGUUAGUGUGUGCAGUGUGACUGUAGUAUAUUCAGUAGCAGUACUAGUUUGUAAUGUGUGGUUCUAUUCCGUGGCAGUGUUAGUGCGUGCAGUGUGAUGUAUUCAGUAGCAGUGCUAGUUUGUAAUAAGUUGUUCUAAUUAAUAACUGUGCUAGUUUGUGCAGUGUGUUAAUGUAUUUCUAUUCAGUGUGCGACUGUGGUAUUUAAUUGUAUUUUGGAAGUACUGCUAGUUUACAGAGCAUGAUAGUGGUGUAUAGUUUUAAUCAGAAGCAGUGCUAACUCAUGGAAUGUGAUUGAGGUAUGUGUCCCUAUACAGUAGCAUUGCUAGUUCUUGCACUCUUAUUCCAUAGAUAUAUUGAGUGGUGAUGAUUUGUGGUAUAUGGUGUUGUCGUUCAGCCAUACUAUUGGGUGGUUUUACUGGGUUGGUAUUUUGGCUCUAUAUGUUGGCUACUCACUGACUGUAUACAAUGUAUUGGGAUCUGUGCAUGAAUGGUAUUUCUUCCUUAUAAGUUGCAUGUGUUGAUUUGAAAAGGUUUAGCCUAAAUAGCCAAGCUAAUAACCAAACAUCUUAGCCGAGCAGUAUAAAUCUGCUUAUAUUUUUCAUCUCAGUUGUCUGUCAACAAAACAAAUUGUUUGAUUUGUAUGCAGCACUUAUUAUAGGCAGUGGUUGUGUGAGACUGUGGAUGAGUUCUGCAACUCCAACCUUUUUCAUCAGCGCCAACUGCAUACUGGGCAAUGCCGAACUUGUGCAUUACUUGCUUUGAGCAGUGUUAGCUGCUGGCAAUAUUUGCUGUGUAAAGAAUUUGCUGACUGUAGUAUUUGGUGUGUACAGCAUUUGCUCUGUAUGGGGUUUGGUGUGUGCAUCAUGGUGUUCAUUUUCUCCUUUCUAGUCCCACCAAGAGAAGGAUGCAACAAGUGUCGAACAUCUCCAUUGCAGUCAUGUACUGCAUGUAUUUCCUGGCCGCUCUUUUUGGCUACCUCACUUUUUAUGGUACGUUUCAGGCUGACCAAUGGGGUUUUGGAGAUGAGGAGAAAUGUAUGUGAUUCGUAGAUCUCUUCAUCCUUUACCUCUGGCUUACAUUUUUUAUGUGUGUUUCUUUUAUGCUCAAUUAGUGUGUUUCUUCCCCAUUUACCUCUGUUUUCUUAUUGCUUGCCUAAUAAUCUCUCGUUACUUCCCACAGACCAUGUAGAGUCAGAGCUCCUGCACACAUACAGCUAUGUGGAUCCUUUUGACAUUUUGAUUCUGUGUGUGCGUGUUGCUGUACUAACAGCUGUCACACUGACUGUGCCCAUCGUUCUGUUCCCGGUAAGAACACAGCAUCCUGUACCAUCUGAUAGCAUGUGUAAAAGACCUGGCUCCCCCAAAACAUGAUGGAUGUAGUAACCCUACCCCCAAGUCUAUUUUAUAAUGUACCACAUUAUUUUGACCUCUUUUUCCCUUUUUUGUCCUCAGUGCUAGUGUUAUCUUUUUUCCCAACCUUUUUCUUUUUAUCAAUAGAUGUCUCCAACACAUCCUCAGAUAGGGCCCAAAGUAUAAAUAGAAACAACAGAGUCAAACUGACGUUUUAUAUGGUUGCAGCACAUAUACUUGAAACAUUCAAGUUCCAUAAGUUUAGUAGAAUUUUCUUUUUAUCACACGUUCUAGUUCUGAACCAGGAAUAACAAUAGGAGAUUUUGCGUGAAGUGACAACACUUCUCAUUUUGGUCUGAAGCUACUGGUAAAUUUCUAAAAUAAAAUUAGAUCCCAAUAAAAUUAUAUUAAUUGAAUAUUUAUUUAUAGUGUGUGUAUAUAAUGAAUGCAGUGUUUGUUUGUAGUGUGUGUAUAUAAUGAAUGCAGAGUGUGUGUUUGUGUGAAUGCAGUGUGUGUAUAUAAUGCAGGGUGUGUGUUUGUGUGAAUGCAGUGUGUGUAUAUAAUGCAGAGUGUGUGUAUAAUGCAGAGUGUGUGUUUGUGUGAAUGGAGUGUGUGUGUAUAUAAUGCAGAGUGUGUAUAUAAUGCAGUGUGUUUGCAUGAAUGCAGUGUGUGUGUAUAUAAUGCAGAGUGUAUGUUUGUGUGAAUGAAGUGUGUGUGUAUAUGAUGCAGAGUGUGUGUGUGUUUGUGUAGAGUGUAUAAACUGGGUGGGGGAGGGCAUUUUUAUUAUUUAAAUAAUUUUAUUAUUUUAUUUAAAUAUAUAUAUUUUUUUAAUUGUUUAAUUUUAUUUGUUAGUCCCCUCUCCUUGCUUGUUACCUGGCCAGGGAGGGGGGGCAAGGUAGGGGGGCAAGGUCAUUCCCUGGUGGUCCAGUGGCAUGGACUGAGCAGGGGGAGGGCGGCAGUAUCUUACCUUUGCUGCAGCUCCCUUCAUCUCCCUGUCUAAAUCUCGUGGUCUGCGUGCCACGCGGAGCGUUGCCACGGUAACCCGUGGCAACGCUCUGACCGCGGCGGGUCUCGCAAGAUUUACACUGGGGAGAUGAAGGGAGCUGCUGCAAAGGUAAGAAACAGCUCGCUGCCGGUCCCCAACAGAACCGCCGGGCUUGUAAUGAGCCCGGUGGUCCUGGUCUGUAUUAUGGCAAUGUAAGUUGCCAUAAUACAGACUGUGACUCGAGUAUAAGCCGAGGGGGGCUUUUUCAGCACAAAAAAUGUGCCGAAAAACUCAACUUAUACUCGAGUAUAUACGGUAUUCUGUAUUAGGCUAUUGAUUAGUGUUGUGCAUGUAUACAGGUAACUACAAUGAAAUGUGCUUUUGCAAUAUCGCAAACAACAUUGUUUGUUCAGAUAGUGGCUGUAAUAUUGUCAUAUUACUAAUUAAUUACUUGAUCAAUCAAAUAGUUUUAGAGAUGUUGACUGCUCUUCCAGCUAUUAAAACAUUUUUGGUAACAAAUUUAGGAGGUAUAUUUAUUCCCUUUUGAGGUUUGGUAGGUGUAUUUAUUCGUUUUAUAAGUUUUCCUUUUGGAAGAUUAGGAGGUGCAUGUAUUCUUUUUGGAGGUUUAGAAGGCAUAUUUAUUAAUUCUGCCUCACGACUUCAUUAGAAGUGACUGUGUAACCGCUCUCAUUACUUAGGUGCGACGUGCCAUCCAGCACAUGCUGUUUCCAAACAAAGAGUUCAAUUGGAUCAGACACAUCCUCAUUGCUGUGGUGCUUCUCACGUUUAUUAACUUGCUUGUGAUCUUUGCCCCUUCCAUUCUUGGAAUCUUUGGAAUUAUUGGUAAGAAUGUAUCUUUUCUGAAGAUGCUGUCCUAUCUGCUUUUCCUGAAUGGUCUUUAUUCGUCACUCUUGCAGGAUCUUAUUAGCCAUAAUUUUCUUUUGAUCUCUUUUGAUCUCUGCUGCUUCACAUAUGUCUCACAGGGCACUGUAUUACCUUACAUUUCAAACUACUCACUAGUCUUCAAUUAGUUGCCAAUAUGCAAACUCUAUUUUAAAACAGUUAUCAUUCUUUUAGGUGCUACAUCUGCUCCAUGCUUGAUCUUCAUCUUUCCUGCUGUUUUCUACAUCAGGAUCAUGCCCAAAGACCAAGAGCCCAUGAAAUCCACACCAAAAAUACUGGUACAUGGUUAUUUACUUAUUUAUUUUUUGGUCUUAUUUUGUCAAUCUUUAUUUUUGUUGAGCAUGAAGAUACAUAGGAGCUUGUAAAGCUACAACAGCAAGACAAGCGAAACAAUAAUGUACAUAAUUAAACCUUGGCAUGGCAUUCAGAGUAUGUGCACAUUUUGAUAUGGCUAACAGGGAAUUACUCAAAGCUUAACGACACAUGAAUAUAAUCUAGACAUAUGAAAUAGGCAGGCUACAAUGUUGAUGUGUUAUACUAAGUAAGGCAAUAAAAGGUAUUAUAGACAUGACAGGGCUCGAGUCCUGCAGGAACGCAUGGGAACGGCGUUCCUGUCCUGCAGGACCGGCCCUGCUACCUGCACACAGGGGCCAGCACACGCUGUGUUCCUUCUCCAGCUAUAAAUCUCGCGAGACCCGCGGCUGUUACCAUGGCAACGCUCCGCACAGGCGAGUCUCGCGAGAGUUAGAGCUGGAUAGGGAACACUGCGUGUGAUGGCCCCUGUGUGCAGCGGCUGCCUCCCUCCACCGGACCACCAGGCGAUCUCCCCCCUCCCUGACAAGGUAAGAAGCAGGGAGGGGGGAAUAAAAUAAAAAAAUAUACAUACACAUAAAGUAAGAAAAAAAUGCUCCCCCCCCCCCACACAUCAUCCAGCACACACACACACACCCAUCAUCCAGCACUCACACACACAUCAUCCAGCACUCACACACACAUCAUUCAGCACUCACACACCCAUGCGCGUGCGCAUUCAGCCCAGGAGGAGGAUCGGAGGCAGAGAGCUCUCCGCCCAGCGCUGGAAAAAGGUACGUUUUUAACCCUUUCCCCUUUCCAGAGCCGGGCGGGAGGGGGACCCUGAGGGUGGGGGCACCCUCAGGGCACUAUAGUGCCAGGAAAACGAGUAUGUUUUCCUGGCACUAUAGUGGUCCUUUAACUACAAACACAUUACAUUCAUUAUACACACACUGCACUCACUACAAAUACACUACAAUUAUUAUUCACACUGCACUCACUACAAACACACUACAUUUAUUAUUCAUACUCUGCAUUCACUACAAACACACUACAUUCAUUAUACACACCUUGCACUGCACUAUAUGCAUAGGAGUGUUAUUUUUUAAGGGGCAGGAAUCUUGGGUGAGUUCCCACACUUUUUUCCCCAGGACUUGACCCCUGCAUGUGAACAUCAGAAACUCCACUUUCUACCAUGGGGUAAUACUGCGUUAGGUUAACCCUAUACACAUGAGGGUUCCCACUCAGAUCUGGCCCUCUGAUACCUUGCUGCAUUUCACAUAUGUAAAUGGCGAAAAAGAAGAUAAAAAUAAAAUAAAACAUAGGCUCACUGCGUAUAUUUAGAGAGAAAGUCUUGUAAAUGCAAAAUUAUCAGCUGGCAUCAGGAUGUGGCGUCAGAGAGCCAGAUAUCCAUCAUGUGUGGUAUGUGCAAAGUCAGCCGACACCUAGACUCGGAAACUCCCAGAGGCAGCAAAGAGGUACAUCUAAACAGGAUUGAGGCAUGGCAAACCCCCCAGCCCCAGGCCAUAGUGAGGGCCUGCAUAAUGGUACCAUGAGCUUGGGGACUUGUGACAGAGUCCAAGUCCUGCCCUCUUGGGAUUUGACAGAGGCUGUUCAAUCGCUGGUGGAGUCGUCUGUCGCUAUGGUUGAUUGUUCGGGAGUACCUCCCCAUCGGCUCUCCAUAUGGGUAGGCCAAAGCUGGGUUGCAUAGGUGUGGCUAAGUUGUGCCUAUAGAGGGCCCCUGCACCUCACGCUUGUCCUCUCCCCGCUCUCUCCAACCUGGUUUGGAACUGGUGCCGCCAGGGUAUGAGCCUCUAGUUGUGUCCAGAAGCUUGCAAAGGUCUCGUCGAGAUGUGUCAGUGAUUGCGCGAGUGCGCCAUUCAGAGCUGAUUCAGACUAUGUAGGCUGAUGCUCAGGAGGUGAGUGUGUGCUCGCAAUCUUGUGGAAGAGCGCCAAGGUCGGGACCUAUGCAGUAGUAGCUGCUUAUAGUCCGUAGAGGUUAGUGGAGCUUAAGGAGCCAGGCUAUCCCGCACCGGCAGGGGGAGGGGGGAACAGUGUAUUCCACUGAGGCAUCCCUUGGCUGAUCUUGGGUAGAAGGAUUGGCCGCCUCCCUCGUUGCUGUGUUACAGAGUAGGCCGCAGAAUUGCUCCAGUUGGGUGCUGACUGAAGUAAUUGUUACCAGAAUCGUUGAUUGAUAGCCCAGGGUUUACACUAGCUCAGCAGGAUCCCCUGGAGUCAGAUUUAUGAGCCAAUAAAUCAGCUGGAGAGGCUAAAUCAUGUGAAAUCUCCAGGAGCUCAUGUAGUGUACGACCACUCGCCAUGCCAGUCAGACUCAGCCCUCGAUUAUUUUUUUUUGUUCUUAACCUAUUCUUCACAUUUCGUUAGGUCUGUUUUAGCCUUCUUUAAUGUUAGAAGUUCUUCUUUUAAUGUCUCCUUAGUAUUCAUUUCUGUUCGUUUCUUUUGGUAUAUUUAUUACUGUUUACCUUUCUCUAUAUUUUUGUGUCUAUUUAAGUAGCACAAUUUCUUUUUCUUUUGUGUGGUUCUCAUUCUGAGUUCAAUAUCUUUUAAACGUGCUGCAAGAAACACAAAAGCCUCUACGUUCUAUAACCCUCUUUUUCUGCUUAUAUUACAGGCUGCCUGUUUUGCUGCUUUGGGUGUUCUAUUUAUGAUCAUGAGUCUGAGUUUUAUCAUCAUUGACUGGACAAGCGGAACAUCUAAAAGUGGUGGGAGCCACUAACCCACCCUGCCACCCCUGCCACCACCAGCUAUUCCUCCAUCCUUUAAUUUUACCAGGACUUCACACUGUAAAGUGACUUUGCUGUUUGUUGUACAUCACAAUCCAGAUGCAGGAUGUCACAACUUUUCAUUUUCCUUGUGUUCCUCUGGAACGGGGCUAAUAUUUAUGUUCUGAAUAAGGGGUGCUGUAACCCCUGUACUCAUGUAGACGUUACUGUGGUGGCAAACAGAGGUAGCCUACCCAGCUGCUCGCUAGAGAGGCAUGUGUCCUACCAACCAUUGCUAAACUGCAGUGGAGAAGGGGCACACUCCAACAGUGACCACCGCUGCUCUACAGUUCAUAGGAAUCAACGAGUUGGAUAAAAGGUUGACACAUGUCUCUUCUUUCUAAUGACACCUCAAUUUCAGUGCGUGAAUGGUUGGGUGUUGGUCUUUCUGUACAACAGGGUGGUUUAGCACUUUUAUGUAAUGUUACACACUAAAGGGGAACAUCCUGCAUGAAUUAGUAUCUACCUGAGGUAUGUCUCCUAAAAUCCAUGCUAUUAGGUUUUAGCUGUUUAGUUUUUAGUAUUAAAAAAUGAAGAAAACCCCUCAAAUAAUAUGACAACAAAGGGGUUAAUGGUGUGUACCUCCUACUAAGUAAUGUGGUGAUUUUUCAUCUUUGAAAGGAAGGGAGACCGGAUAAAUAAGAGACAACUGCUAAACAAAAUAGUGGUAUUGAGUACCAGAGAGAAAUAUCCCACAUGGAAAAAAUGUAGUGGGGAGGUCAAAUUUCAGAUCGAAAAAGCAGAAAAGCAGAAAGAGUGAAUGUGUGAACAGAAAAUGUGAAAUAUGGGGCUCAUUUAAAAAGAAGGAAUCACACAGCGUUGGGAAAGCUAGGGGUUAAAAGGCUGCUGGUUAGCAUUUAAUGUAGAACAAAGCCUGGCAAAUAUUAAAUCAAGUCACAUCUACUUUUGGUGACAGUCUCCUACAGGGCUUUGUCAUUUAUUCUGCAGUUCUGUUUCCCUAAAUUGCUGAGCCAGUGGGUGACGCACGUAGGGACCUCUUCAAUGAAAUUCACAGAACAGAACAAACGGAAACUAUUUUCCAAGUAAUUAAUAUUCCCUACGUCGCUGCCCAACAGUAGAAUUGGAGAAUACACAAUGGGGCAACAUAAUAAACAAGCGGAAGCAGGAGACAGUGAAAUCUGUGCAAACACCUUCGAUGUCCCAUGAAGAAUCCUCAGUUUUUUUCUAGGGCAUAAUCAUUAUUGCACGCACCCGUGAUAAGGGGUGUGAAUACAGUAAAGUCAUGGGAAGAGAGCCUAGCAGUGUACCCAUAUACACACUGGAAGGAAAAUUGUAGGGGCAACAAGUCAGCGCUUCUUCCUAUGUGACGUUUUCCUUUUUACAAACCUCUCUUCGUUGUGUCAACUGGGUGGCUGCCCUUAACCCAUUAACUGCAGGUUUAUAUUGUGAUACUGACAAUCCCACAUGGAACUUUAACCUUGAAUAUAUACGCAGCCGUCCCCUUUUUUUUUUUUCUUACCUAGAGUAUGGAGAGAAUUGUCCUAUGUAACCGGUUGAGAAUCAGGGAAGGUUACUUGUGACAUAUAUUAAUAGUUUUGCUGCUGGGGGAGCCUUUUUUAAUGAUUGCAGAGCAUUAUGUGAAGGUACAUAUCGCAACAAAAAAGGCUUGAAUUCCUUGUAUCUGUACCUAGGUGAGCUAAAUUAUAGGAGAUGGGGCACAGCUUUCUUCCCCCAACCUUUUAUGUAUUUCAGGGCUGGGCGCUUGCUGAUGACCUCAUUUUUAUUAGAAUGUUUAAUCCCUAAUUUAUGAUUUGUGAUACUGUUUUUACUAUUUUGUAACUACUUUGUAAUAAUGAAAGAUUAGAAUAUGAGGAACCCCACUUUACCGCAAAAGCUACAAAGGGGGAUGGGUAUGAAUGUUUAGUUUAUUUGUAGGCUGUAUGUGUUAAAUUAUGACAAAAUUAGGUGGGAUUUUGUUUUGUUUGUUUGUUUGUUUUUUUGGAGAAGGGAACUGUUUAUAUGAGAAAAUUAAAAGAAAAUUGUGGCAAGUGCUAUUUUUUAUAGUGUCCUAAUUAAUGUUAUAUCAAUGUGUUCCUUUAUAGUUUUUCAUAGUUUUUCUUGAAAAGAAAAAACAAAACAAAGAACAGAAAAACAUAUAUGUAAUAUAUGUCUCUGACAUGGAGAUAAAGAGCAGGCAUAUGUAAGAGGAUUCUUAAUACAAGUUUUGAAAUUUGAUUGUAGAUACAAUAAUCAAUUCAUUAAAAAAAUAGUUUUUUGUUUGUUUUUUUAAAAACCCUGCUUAAAAAUCAAAAGUGAUACAUGCCAAGAGAUUGUAAUAAUCUUGUGAUAAGAUAGAGAGACACAAAAACAUUUGAAAUGAUUGUGGUUAAAGGAACAUUCCCAGCAUCCUUUUAGCACAGUUUAACAUUGACCAUCAGGGUCCCAUGCUGAAUCCGGUAUCCUCAGAACUAGAGAAGACAGAUGCUGAGAACCCAUUGACUAAGAGCUUUAUCUCUGCGUUCACCCAAUGAAUGAGAUACUCAAUCUCUGAUAAGAUUGAUUGUAGUGCAGAAGUCUUGCACAGGUAGUUGUCAAUCCAUGCUAAAUUAGUUUGACAGAUCACACUGGGUUGGCACUACAGGACUCCAGGUACCUUAAGCAAUACAGUUGGCCAUAUUAGUUAUGGUGUUCCAUUAAAAAGAAAAGCAACAAGUUAAAGAAUGCCAUGUUCUUGUGCUCUUAUAAUGGGUAGCACGAGGCUAAAAAUCCACUCUGUUCUGUACUGUGUGAGGCUACAUAUUUAUAUAUUGAUAGUAUUUAUUUUAUAUGGCUGUAUAUCUUUAUAUUGUGGAUAAAUGUAUGCUUAUACAGUACAGUAUGUUUACAACUUGCAGCAAAAAGUUCUGCAAAGUCACUGCAAGUUAACAAAACUGACGGGGUUACUGGUACUGGCUCCCUCAAUGUACCCCCACCAGUAGGCAUUAUGUGAGGGCUUACUUUCUCUAACAGGGAUGAAAAGUCACUAUCUACCCCUCUGCCCCUACAUUUGCCCACAGGUUGGUGACAUUAGAACAAAACAUGGGGGACUAUUGUCCACCUCAGUCCCCACCCAUAGGCAAACCUCCCACUUCCCCAAAACCCACACAAAUGAGCAGUGAGUGUGACUACUUUUAUAUACUAAGGGAGGGACACGCAAGUGUUCCCUACACCCAUGGGCAGCUGGUAGUGAUUAUUACUUAAUUCAGGGAAGGUGAACAUGCUACGGUCCCCCCCACCUAUCCCCCACCUAUAGGCUUCAGGUGGGUGGUAAUAAUACAAAAAAGGGGGAACGGAUAUGCUAUUGUACUUCCCUAUGUAAUUUGCCUGGUAUUAUCUUCCAUGGAGAAAUGAGAGUUACCUAUCAGAGCAUUCUGAUUAGUUGGCUUCCAAUAAUAGAAUUUAAUCCUCCCCUUAUUGUAUUAAUGACCUCACCAUAAAUCCAUGAGUUGGGGGGUUGUAAGACUAUUUAGUAAUUCUAUGGUUUGGGGGGGAUGGAGGCAGGGGGUCAAUAUAAUUGUAUAUAAUAGAAGCCCCCAGAUGCUGCCCACAGGGGGCUGUGUGUGGCUGUGGCAGGUGCGUGGAGGGAUUUCCUGGGUAAAUUGUGUUAGUGUUGGUGUACCAGAUAACCAAUGUGGAUAGUCCCAUGACAACUUUGGGGAUAGGGAUAACAAAACCCUGUGUACACUCUGCCUAAAUGUGCCCUCAAACCCUAAAAGUGUCAUUAAUGUAAGCUCGUUUGAGCAGGGUCCUCUUCAACAUAUUGUUCCUGUAAGUUUUCUUGUAAUUGUCCUAUUUAUAGUUAAAGCGCUGCGGAAUCUGUUGGCGCUAUAUAAAUGGCAAUAAUAAUAAUAAUAAAGGGACACUGAAAGCACCACAAACACUACAGUGUGCUAUGGCACCAGGAAUACCAUGGCUCUGUGGAGGGCUUGAUUCAUUGGCUGUGAGAUAGGUUCCUAGCAGGAGCUCCUCUCUCUGAAUACAGGCUACAAAGAGUCAGAGAGCCUUUAUGCAACAGAACUAAAACAUUACAUUUCUGAUUGUAAAAAAUUAAAAGUGAAUGGAAAAUUUUCAGAUAAAAUCGCCAAACUGAAAAAAAAAAAAACUCAGAGAAAUCGGCUAAACUUUGUCAUUUUGAUUCUAAAUUCGCUACAAUUCAGAGUUUAGAGAAUUAACUUCCACAUCUUCAUACUGUAUUCACUAGAUGCUACAUAUUACAUUAAAACUAUUGUUUGAUAAAGUAUGAGGUGUUUGGCUUUCAGAGUGAAUUUCAAUUUUUUUUUAUAGGGACACUAGUCACCAAAACAACUUUAGCUUAAUGAAACAGUUUUGGUGUAUAGAUCAUGUCCCAUGCAGUCUCACUGCUCAGUUCCCUGCCAUUUAGGAGUUAAAUAACUUUGUUUAUGCUGCCCUAGUCACAUCUCCCUGCAUGUGACUCACACAUCCUUCCUAAACACUUCCUGUAAAGUCAUCUAAUGUUUACACUUCCUUUAUUGCAAAUUCUGUUUAAUUUAGAAUUUCUUUACCCAAUAGAUUGCCUAAAUAGAGAUGACUCAUUCUUUAUACACAUAAAACCCUCAACUCACUAAUGAGUUAGAUACUAAUGUCUAAUGUCUGUUAGACACUGUAUGAUUAUAUGUGCUGUCAAUUUCUAUGCUUUUUAUUUUUAUGUGUCACUUUCUGUAUUACUUGAGUUCACCCUCUCACACCAGUGGGUUGGGUAAAAAUAAAGAAUUAUAAAAAAGAA